GUUCCGGGUCCGGACGCAAACAAAACUACUCGCCAUCCAGGGCCGGUAGUUUUGUUUUAGGGGAUUUUCGACUUGUUGGAGGAGCGUCAAGUGAAGGAAUUAAAGCAAGACAAGGACAUCCCGAGACCCCUGUCCCCCCACCCCCCAACAUCCCAGCCGGCACCCUUGUGCUAACAAGGAGCCGAGCGAGCCACCAUGUCGACACAAGCGCCGACUUUCACUCAACCGCUGCAGAGCGUCGUGGCACUAGAGGGUAGUGCCGCCUCGUUCCAGGCGCAAGUGAGCGGUGCUCCGGUUCCUGAGGUGUCCUGGUUCCGCGAUGGCCAGGUCCUCUCGGCCGUCGCGUUGCCUGGCGUUCAGAUCUCAUUCAGCGAUGGCCGCGCUGUUCUGAGCAUCGACGCCGUCACGCCCGCGCACAGCGGGAGAUUUUCCGUACGGGCCACCAACGGAGCUGGACAAGCCACCAGCACCGCAGAACUCCUCGUAACAGCGGAGACGGCGCCCCCCAACUUCCUUCAAAGACUUCAGAGCUCGACGGUGCGCCAGGGCAGCCAGGUGCGCCUCAGCGUCCAGGUGACGGGCAUCCCGCCACCCGCCAUCAAGUUCUACCGCGAAGGAGCUGAGAUCCAGAGCUCGGCCGACUUCAAAAUCGUCCAGGACGGCGACCGCUACAGUCUGCUGAUCGCCGAGGCCUUCCCGGAGGACUCCGGGACGUACUCGGUGACGGCCAGCAACAGCAGCGGCCGAGCCACGUCCACCGCUGAGCUUCUGGUUCAGGGAGAAGAAGCCGUCCCUGCCAAGAAAACCAAGACCCUUGUCUCCGCAUCCCAGACUGGAAUCCGCAAGAUGGAGACCAGCUUCCAGAGCACCAUGAUGGAAAUGCACGUGGAAGGCGGAAUGAUGACUCAACAUUUAGCUCACAGGACCCCCCCGAGGGUUCCCCCGAAACCCACCUCCAGAUCGCCGCCCUCCUAUUUGACCAAGGUGACCGGCGGACGCCAGCAGUCGCCGUCGCCUGUCCGACACGUUAAAGGGCCGACGCCCGCGCCCGUCAGAUCCGUGUCACCCUCCACCCGACUGUCUGUCUCCCCCAUCCGACCCGUCAAGUCGCCCCUCGUCACCCGCAAGCAGGUGUUGGUGUCGUCUGAGGUCCUUCCACCCUGGAAGCGGGGCGACUACGCGGCUGAAGCCAGCUACACCAGCGUCACCAGCAUCAGCGGCGCCACCACCAGGCUGCAGGUGGACAAACAGUGGGAGCAGCAGGUCACCACCGUCAGAGAGGCCGAGCAAGCCUCCCAGGCCGGUCGCAGUGUUGCCGUGGCGACCGUGGUGGCCGCCGUGGAUCAGGCCCGAGUCCGCCGUGGGCCGCCUAACGCCGACGCCGCCGUGUCAGCUGAACAGGGUGGUGAGCAAUUACAAAUGGCUGCAACAGAGGUGGUUCACAUAGUGGAGGCACCCAAGCGGGACGCUGUAGUGGUGGAGGUGAAGAAGCAAGUGGCCAUGGAGAAACAUUUGAAAAUGAUGCCGCCCGACACUGUCCCCACCACAACCACUGCUGCAGCCACCACUGUCGUCGCUGCAGCCGCCACUGUCACCUCCGCCAUUGCAGUCGCUGCCGCUACCGCAGUCACAGAGACCACAAAGAUUUCGAGGACCCGACUGGACACCGGUGCCCCCUCGGCCCCACUUCCACAUUUCACUGUGGCAAAGGUUUCUGUUCCCAAAGCUGAGGCCAGUCAAGAGGUGUCCGUCGCGGGCUCGGCCAUGGCCACCCUGCACAAAGAGCUGUCGUCCCCCUCCAUGCCCAGAAAGGUCAUCAAGCCUGUCCAUUCCCCCAGUCCUGUCCGCAGGGCGGCAGUGGCGGCGGCACCGGAGGCCCGUGUGGCACCGCCCUUUAAGGUGUCGACGUAUCAAAGUCAGGUUGAGUUGCAGGGGGUCGGGCUUUAUGCCAAGGAGGAGUUUGAGGACUGGGAGGCUGAGGAGGUGGUUGCAGUCUCCACCAGUGCCCAGGAGACCCUCGUGCCACCCACUAUCGUUGCAGGCCUGAAGAACUUGACCGUGACCGAAGGCGAGUCGGUGACCCUGGAGUGUCAGAUCCGCGGCCACCCCGCCCCCAUGGUCAUGUGGUUCCGAGAAGAUUACAAGAUGGAGAGCUCCAUCGACUUUCAGAUCAGCUACGAGGACGGCCACAGCUGGCUGCUGAUCCGCGAGGCCUUCGCCGAGGACAGCGGCCGCUUCACAUGCACUGCCACCAGCAAGGCCGGAACUGUCAGCACUUCCUGCUACCUUCUCGUCAAAGUUUCAGAAGAAGUGGAGAGCAGAGAGGAGACAAUGGCUGUCACGCAAGUAGAAAUGACUCAAGACAAAACUGUUGCCAUGGAGACAAAAGAGUUGGUGUCGAUGGAGGUGAGUGCAGGAGAGGCUGCUUCCCCGUUCUUCAUCUCCAAGCCGAGGGUCCAGAAGCUGGUGGAGGGCGCCAGCGUGGCCUUUGAGUGCCAAGUGGGUGGAAACCCCAAACCUCACGUCCUGUGGAAGAAGAACGGCGUCGUUCUCACCACCGGAUACAGAUAUAAAGUGACCUACAAGAAAGAGACUGGAGAAUGCAAACUGGAGAUCUCCAUGACGUUCGCCGACGAUGCUGGAGAAUAUUCCGUCUUUGCCAAGAAUUCACACGGAGAAGCCUCAGCCUCCAUCAGCUUGCUGGAGGAAGAGGAAUACGAAGCCUACAUGAAGCUGCAUGACAUGACAUAUAAAACAGAAGUGACAACUACGACUAUGAUGACGACGACGGUCGAGGAGCCAUCUGUGCUUGUGAGCGGGUACCAGGCGCAAGUUGCACAACGCAAGAGAGUAACAACCCCAAUGAGCUUUGUCUCAGAUACGGAAUUCCUCAUUUCAGCCUUUGAAGAGCGCAUCAUCCAGGAGAUUGAGAUCCGCAUCCUGAGGAUUAGUUACACAGAAUUGGUGGCAGAGGACGGGGAGCAGAUGGCGAGCGCAGCAGACGACGAGGCCAUGGCGCCCACCUUUGACACGCUGGUGAAAAACUACCGCAUAAUGGAGGGGAUGGGCGUUACGUUCCACUGCAAGAUGGCUGGAGUGCCGCUGCCCAAGAUUGCUUGGUACAAAGAUGGUCAGCGUAUCAGGGCCGGUGGACACUACCAGGUGGAGGUUCUUCAGGACGGACAUGCCAGCCUGCGACUGCCCGUGGUUCUGCCCGAGGACGAGGGCGUGUACAGCGCCUUGGGCAGCAACAUGAAGGGCAACACCGUAAGCUCUGGGAAGCUCUACGUAGAACCUUCUGGAAGUGUGUCGCCUCAGAGAUACACACCACAGCCAGCCAUGCAGAGGAUCCAGUCUGAAUCCCCUCGCUCGCUGAGCCGCUCACCGGGCCGUUCUUCCAGUCGUUCUCCCAGUCGUUCUCCUGGACGUUCUCCUGCCCGAAGGCUCGAUGACACAGAUGAGGCUCAGCUGGAGAGACUCUACAAGCCCGUCUUUGUAAUGAAGCCCACUUCGCUCAAAUGCUCUGAAGGGCAAACUGCCAGAUUUGACCUGAAGGUGGUUGGCAGACCCAUGCCGGACACAUACUGGUUCCACAAUGGACAACAAGUAAUCAAUGACUACACCCACAAGAUAGUAAUUAAGGAGGAUGGCGUUCAGUCCAUGAUUAUCGUCCCUGCGAUGCCCCAGGACUGUGGAGAGUGGACAGUUGUUGCUCACAACCGAGCUGGGCGCACCACCAUCACAGUGACUCUGACUGUUGAAGCGCGAGAAAGCCUGACGCGUCCACAUUUCGUGGAUAAGCUGAAGAACAUUACAGUCAAACAGGGAACUCUGGUGGAGUUGGCUGUUAGGGCUAUUGGAAACCCGGUGCCUGACAUUGUGUGGCUGAAGAACAGUGACAUCGUCAGCCCGCACAAGCACCCACAAAUCAAGAUUGAGGGCACUAAGGGUGCGGCCAAAUUUCAGAUCCCGUCUGCUUCGGGUUCAGACAGCGCGUGGUACACAGCCACGGCCAUCAACAGAGCUGGCAGGGACACCACCCGCUGCAGAGUCAAUGUGGAAAUGGACUUUGCUGCUCCACAAAUUGAGAGGAAGCUCAUCAUCACCAAAGGAACCUACAAGGCCAAAGAGAUUGCUGCCCCAGAGCUGGAACCCCUGCAUCUCCGCUAUGGCCAAGAGCAGUGGGAGGAGGGAGACCUUUAUGACAAAGAGAAGCAGCAGAAACCACAAUUUAAAAAGAAGCUGACCUCCAUUCGAAUGAAAAAGUUUGGUCCCGCUCACUUUGAGUGCAGACUGACCCCUAUCGGUGACCCCACCAUGGUAGUUGAGUGGCUCCAUGACGGCAAACCCCUGGAGGCCGCUAACCGGCUGCGCAUGGUCAAUGAAUUUGGCUACUGCAGUCUGGACUACGAGGUAGCGUACGCUCGAGACAGCGGUGUCAUCACCUGCAGAGCCACCAACAAGUUUGGAGUGGACCAGAACUCGGCCACUCUGAUUGUUAAGGACGAGAAGGGUCUGGUUGAAGAGUCCCAGCUGCCAGAGGGAAGAAAGGGAUCGCACAGGAUUGAGGAGAUGGAGCGCAUGGCUCAUGAGGGAGCACCUGCAGGAGUGGGCACUGACGAGGAGACCGAAAAGACCAAACCUGAAAUUGUCCUGCUUCCUGAGCCGGCUCGUGUGUUGGAAGGUGACAUUGCUCGAUUCCGCUGCAGAGUGACCGGUUACCCAGCACCCAAGGUCAACUGGUACCUCAAUGGACAACUUAUCCGCAAAAGCAAAAGAUAUAGACUACGUUACGAUGGGAUUUACUACCUGGAGAUCGUUGACAUCAAGUCUUACGACACAGGGGAAGUCAGAUUGGUGGCAGAUAAUCCUUUGGGUACAACAGAGCAUGUUGUCAAGCUGGAAGUCACACAGAGAGAGGACUUCAGGUCUGUCCUACGCCGCGCUCCAGAACAGAAGGCAGCAGAGCCCCCACAUGAGUCUGGGAGAGUGGGGUUCGGUGUUGUAAAGGUGGACCAACCUACAGAGGGUGCGCAAGACAAAGAGAUUGUGAAACUCAGGAAGACACAGAGGAUCGUUCACGAGAAAACUUCAGAGGAGUCAGAAGAACUGAAGAGCAAGUUCAAGCGUAGGACGGAAGAAGGCUUUUAUGAGUCCAUCUCUGCGGUGGAAUUCAAGUCUCGCAGGAGGGACGACUCCUAUGAGGAUUUGUUGAAGAAGACCAAGGAUGAGCUGCUCCAUCACCUCAAAGAGAAAGAGGAGGCUGAGAGGAAGAAGCUGGAAGAACAGGGCAAAGUCACCAUCCCCACAAUCAAACCUGAGAGGGUCCAGUUAUCCCCUAGCAUGGAAGCUCCCAAGAUCCUGGAACGCAUCACAAGCAAGACAGUGGCCCCGAUGGACGAGGUUCGCUUCCGACUCAGAGUUGUGGGCCGGCCCGAGCCCGAGUGCCAGUGGUUCAAGAACGGCAUUGAACUGGAGAAGUCAGACCGCAUCUACUGGUACUGGCCAGAAGACCAUUUAUGUGAGCUUGUGAUCCUAGAUGUCACCCCUGAAGAUUCGGCCAGCAUCAUGGUCAAGGCGAUUAACAUCGCUGGGGAAGCCUCUAGCCAUGCCUUCUUGCUGGUGCAAGCUAAAGCCGCUGUUAGCUUUACCCAAAAUCUGGAAGACGCUACCGCCCAAGAGAAGGAUACCAUGGUGACCUUCGAGUGUGAAACCAGUGAACCUUUUGUCAAAGUCAAAUGGCUGAAGGACAACAUGGAGAUCUUCUCUGGAGACAAAUACAGAAUGCACUCGGACAGGAAGGUCCACUUCCUGUCUGUGCUGAUGAUCAAUGUGAGAGACGAAGCAGAGUACACUUGCAUCAUCGCAGACGACGACAGCGUCCGGACAAGUGCAAAGCUUUAUGUCGAAGGUGCUGCGCUGGAGCUCAUCAAACCUCUGGAAAACACUGAGGUUCCCGAGACCUACUCCGGAGAGUUUGAGGUCGAAUUGUCUCGUGAGGACGUUGAGGGAAGCUGGUUCUUCGGUGAAAAGCAGCUGUCUCACAGUAGUAAGCAUGUCCUGUCCUCUCGGCGGGGAAGACACACCCUGACUGUGAAGGACGUCAAUAAGGAGGACCAGGGGAAGUACACCUUUGUAUGUGGAGACCUGAAGACCAGUGCCUCACUGAGGAUGAAAUUGCGUCCAGUGACCCUGAUUCAGCCUCUGGCCGAUCUGACUGUCUGUGAGGGUGACAUAGCUCAGCUGGAGGUCAGGUUCUCUCAGGAGAACGUGGAGGGAACCUGGAUGAAGGGCGGCCAGGCCGUCUCCGCCUCGGACCGCGUCCACAUGGUCAUCGACAAAGCCGUCCACAAGCUCCUGCUGGAGAACGCUGGUUCUGAAGACGCCGCUUUAUAUUCCUUCGAAGUUCCCAGCCACUACAUCACCACUUCCUGCAAACUCAACGUUCAAACCAUUGAGAUCGUGGCACCGCUGAAAGACGUGACUUCCGUUGAAGGCACAAAGGCGGUUUUGGAAGCCAAGAUCUCUGCUCAGAACGUGGGCUCAGUCAAAUGGUACCACGACGACAAGCCUGUGACAGCCAGUGAGCGGGUCCAGGUUGUGGCCAAGGGAGCCAAGCAGAGACUUGUCUUCAGCCGAACCUUCGCCUCAGACAAAGGAAACUACAAGCUGGUGGUAGGGAAGGUCUCCACCAGCUGCACCCUCACCGUGGAAUCCGUUCAAAUUGUCAAACACAUGGAGGACAAAGUGUGCUCCGAGUCCCAAAACGUCACUUUCCAAGUUCAAUUGUCGCACGCCGGUAUCGACCCGGUCUGGACCUUCAGGAACCAGGACCUUAAACCUGGUCCCAAGUACAAGAUGGAGUCAAAAGACAAGACCCACUCUCUAACUGUCAUCGACACCAUGAAGGACGAGGAGGGACAGUACGGUUUCCAUGCUGGACAGAAGACGUCCAGUGCAAAGCUCACGGUCUCUGGCGGCGCCAUCAUCCGUCCUCUGACGGAUGUGACAGUGGUCGAGUCUCAGACGGCCGAACUGGAGUGCCAAGUGGCCAACGCCGACGCCGAGGGCAAGUGGCUGAAGGACGGCAAGCCGCUGGACUUCAACGACAACGUGAAGAGCGUGACAAAGGAAGCCGUCCGACGCCUUGUCAUCGUCAUCACUCGCCCACAGGAUGUGGCUGAGUAUACAUACCAAGUGGCCAACUCCAAAACUUCAGCCAACCUCCGGGUGGAGGCGGUGAAGAUCAAGAAGACUCUGCGAAACCAGACUGUGACGGAAACCCAGGAGGCGCUCUUCACACUGGAGUUGACACACGAUGAUGUCAAAGGCGCUCAGUGGGUCCGAAACGGCGUGGAACUACAGGACGAUGACAAGUACUGCAUCACGUCUGAUGGCGCAGUCCACACGCUCAAGAUCAAAAACUGCAGCGCGCCAGAUGAGAACAUUUACUCUUUCAAACUGGGAAAGCUGACAGCGAGCGCUCGGCUCAACGUGGAGACCAUCAAGAUCGUGAAGAAGAUGAAGGAUGUGACAUCUCUGGUGGGCGGCACGGCAUCCUUCGAGAUGAGCCUGUCCCACGACGACAUCCCGGUCCGCUGGAUGUUCAAUGGCACCGAGCUGAAGCCCAGCGACUCGUGCAAGAUCCUGGCGGAGCGCAAGGCCCACAAACUGGUUCUGCAGAACGUGGAGAGCGGCAGCCAAGGAGAGUACAUGGCUGUGGUGGGACACCUCCAGUGCAGCGCCAACCUCACCGUACAAGCUCUUCGCGUGACGAAACCCCUGAAGAGCCUGACGGUGGCCGAGACCCAGUUGGCCACCUUCGAGUGUGAAGUGUCCCACUUCAACGUGCCGUCCACCUGGCUGAAAAACGGCGUGGAGAUUGAAAUGAGCGAGAAGUUCCGCAUCGUGGUGCAGGGCAAACUCCACCAGCUGAAGAUCAUGAACACCAGCAGGGUCGACUCAGCCGAGUACACCUUUGUGUGCGGGAAUGACCGUGUGUCCGCCACGCUCACUGUCAGCCCCGUCCUUGUCACCUCCAUGCUGAAAGACCUGAACGCUCAGGAGCGGGACACCAUCACCUUCGAGGUCACCGUCAACUAUGAGGGCAUCACCUACAAGUGGCUGAAGAACGGCGUGGAGAUCAAGUCUUCUGAGAGAUGCCAGGUCCGAAGCCGGCAGCUGACUCAUUCGCUGACCAUCCGGAACGUUCACUUCGGAGAUGGAGGAGAGUACCAGUUUGUGGCUGGAUCUGCAGCCAGCGCCGCAAACCUGUUUGUCGAAGCUCGUGUCAUCGAGUUCACCAAGAAAAUCAAAGACAUCAAGAUCACUGAGAAGAAGAAGGCCAUAUUUGAGUGUGAGGUGUCCGAGCCCAACAUCCAGGUCAUGUGGAUGAAGGACGGCCUGGAGCUCGACAUGUCCGAGGAGAGGUUUGUGGUGACGGCUGAGAAGUACGUCCACCGCCUCAUGAUCCAGACCGUGCGCAUGUCUGACGCCGGAGAGUUUUCUGUGGUGGCCGGCUCCAGCGUGUCCAAGGCCCGACUCACUGUGGAAGGACGAGACAUCCGCAUCUCAGAGCCGGCUCAGCGACACAUCACGGUUCUGGAAAAACACAGGGCAACAUUUGAGUUUGAGGUUAACGAGGACGACGUAGAAGGCCGUUGGCUGAGAAACGGCGUGGAGAUGCAGUUCUCGGUGGAGGAGCGCUUCAGCUACGCCAUUAUCAGGAGGCUCCACCGGCUCACCAUCUCAGAAACCUUCAGGAGUGAUGCCGGCGAUUACACCUUUAUUGCCGGAAAGAACAGAAGCACCAUGAGCCUGAGAGUUAACAUCCCAGAACCGCCUCAAAUCCUCCAUCACAUGGAGGGUCAGUCUGUGGAGGCUGGCAAGCCUGCUCGCUUUUCUGUGGUCGUGAGCGGCCUCCCUCAGCCUCAGGUCUUUUGGUACAAGGACUCGCAGCCUCUGUCACCGGGCUUCAAGUGCAAGUUCCUGCAUGACGCCCAAGAGCACACCCUGCUGCUCAUUGAAGUUUUCCCAGAGGAUGCCGCCAUCUAUAGUUGUCAGGCCAAAAACGACUUCGGCGUCGCCAACAGCACCGCGACGCUCAAUGUGGAAGUGUCGGAGGCGGCUUCUCCAGACUUGGCUGCUUUUGUUGCGCCACCUACUGUCAUCUCACCCAUGGACAGCACCUCUACCUUUGAGGGAGAACCAGCUCGCUUCCAGUGCAGAAUUCGCGGAGACGAUGUGAAGAUCAGCUGGUUCCACAAGAACAAGGAGAUCAAGCAGUCAGAAUUUUUCAGGAUGUCUCAGUUUGACGACAACUGUCAGCUCGAGCUCUCCAAAGUUUACCCGGAGGACGAGGGCGAAUAUGCCUGUGUGGCCACCAACACCGGUGGAACCGCAUCCUGCUCUGCCACUCUAACACUGGAUGGUCAAAAAUCAAUAGACACUCCCGCCGAGUGGCAAGUCUCCACCACGCUCAGCAGUCGAAAGAAAGCCACCCCUAGCCAGAAACCUGUUUUCCUGCGGCCCAUCACAAGCUGUUCAGUGCCGCACGGGGAGGUGGCCCGCUUUCACGCAUGUGUGUCCGGCACCCACAAGCCGGAGAUAAGCUGGUUCCACAACCAGCAGCCGGUGCAGCCCACCAAGAACGUUGUGUUCCAUUACGACGAAGUCACGAGUACCGCCACACUCAUCAUAGUUGACGCCUUCCUGGAGCACGCUGGCCAGUACACCUGCAGGGCAACCAGUCCUGCAGGAGAGGCCACCUGCUCGGCCAUGCUCGUCAUCACCAAAGUGUACCAGGAAGAAGAAGUGACUCAAGAGCAAGAGGAGAUCGAGGCCACCAUUGAGGAGGAGGUGAAAGAACGUUCUAGCACGACUGUCACAACUGUGGAGGAGCAAGAGGAGACCUACUACACUGGCAUCCAGUUGCCUCACAAAACAAAAACACUUGAACUCAUGCCAGAGUCCAAACGUUACUCUUCCACAAUAGAGAAGAAAAAGGAGAAGCCAGUGUUUCUCAGCCAGCUUUUUCCGGUGGCGGUGAGCUCCGGAGAAAGAGCCACCUUUAGCGUUAAGGUGUCGGGCACACCAAAACCCAUUGUUCAGUGGUCUCGUGAUGGGAAAGUGAUCAAAAGCUCUUCCGUGUACAAGCUGGUAGAAGAGAAGGAAGAGUUUAAAUUGAUUAUCACCCGUGUCACGUCCGAGUACGAGGGCGAGUAUUCCUGCACUGCCUCCAACAGGUUUGGCCAGACCACAUGUACUACGUACCUGGAAGUGAAAAAGGCGGACCUUAGCCAGGCAGAAAAGUGGGUCGAGAAAAUGUUUAAGUACACAGGUAAACCUCCGACGUUCAUAGAGCAGAUCCAACCUGUGAGUUGCUCACAAGGGGCAGAUAUUAAUUUUAAUUACAAAGUCAUUGGGGACCCAGUCCCCAAAGUCCAGUGGUUCAAGAGUGCGUUUGAGGUCCAGUCUAGUCCUAAGUGCAUCAUUACAUCUAAUCCAGAUGGGUCUGGCUUUAUCACCAUCAAGGGUGUCGUACAGGAAGACAGUGACAUGUACACAUGCAAAGCUUCAAACCAGUUUGGGGAGGCGUCUAGUGGUGCUGAGCUAGUUGUGGUAAGGGAAUCACCUUCUGUGUCUCACAAACAGCAAAUGGUGGUCCAGAAAAAAGGUUAUAAAGUUUCCAAAACAGAACAGGCUACGGAGUCUCGCUUAUACCAGGUCAGCCUCCCAGGCCAGGACAGGACCAGGUCAGACCAAAUGGUUUACACCAUAGGUACCGAAGACCGCCGGGUUAUCCCUAGUGAGCAAGUGGGCUCCCUUACGGAGCUGGAUAUCUCUUCCGCCACCAUUCACCGUGAGAAGGUGGCCCAUCAGGCAGCAGUGCUUCAGUGUCACGAGGUAGAGGAAAGAGUUUCGGAGGUGCCCACUCGGCCGGCGCAGGUUUCGGCUGUUUCUCAAACGCAGCUUCACAUGGCUGCAUUCACGUCAUCUGUUGAGGAGAGUCAGGACUUCAAGGAGCAGCACUGUGACCGCAUUCAAAGUCCCGAGGUAAUUGAGCUGCAGGCAAGGAGGGAGCAGAGGUCACAUGUGAUGUCUGCUGUAGCCGAGGAGCUUACCCCUCUCUCUAUAGCCAGCACUGAGCCGCUUGCCGACAGAAAGUCUGUGUCAGUAAAGACGAGCUCAGAACCCAAGCAUCUAGUUAGUGGGCAUCAGGUGGUGUCACAGAUGUCAGUCAUAAAAGAACAGUCCCAAGAGCUCUCCGGAGCACAGGAGGAGAAGGGUUACAAGGUCAAAGAGGGGGUGAAAAUCUUAUACUCCGCCCAGUCUACAGAGAAAUAUGCACUUCCAGAGGGUCACACUGCUGAGCUAGCGACAGCCGACUCAGCUGUGAAGACUUCUGUCAAACAAGAGCAACAUCGUUUAAUUCUGGCCUCUGUCAGCGAGUCCAAACACACUCUGGCCAAGGAGACCGACAUUUCUGUGCAGAGACCAGCAGAAGAGACAGCUCUCCUCUGUAAGGACCACCUGAUGAAUGCAAGUCUAACAGCAGAGGAAAGGUACCCGCUUCAGGCUGAGUCCUCUCAGCAGUUGCCAUCUCUGGACAACGCCAAAUCCAUUCAAUCCCAGUUAGAAGGGGAGCAGCUAUUGCACUUGCAGGUGAUCACUGACCAAGACCUGCUCCCCUCUGAAACCAGUUUCACUUGCAAGAAACCUGAGUCUGAGCAGGCGGGUACCAGGAAGAGUCCUACUGUGUUGCACUCAGUCAGCCAGGAUGAGCAGAGGACAGUCGUAUGUGAGGACACAUCGGCGUUUAAGGCGAGUGUGAGCACCUUUGCUGUUCAAACAAGUAAGGAGUCCCCUUCUCUGCUCCACCUCCAGUCAAGCCAGGCUGUUGAGGUGCUGCCCAAAGAAGGUAUUCUUGUAACUGAGAAGUCUGAACAGCAGACAGCGACACAGAAAGCCGAAAAGGCUCGUAUUCACGCGGCUAUCUCUGAGGAGAAACUACAGCUGACCGCAGAUCAGCACUCAGAGCUUAAUUUGUCUGUGACUGGAGUUCAAUCGCAGCUUCGAACUGAGCCCAGACCGCAGAACAUCCUUCAGCUGUCAUUCCAGCCCAUGCAACUGCCGAAGGAGACGCCAGUUACUUCUGAUGUUAAGCAGCAGCGAGCGUUGGUGCAGAAGGAGGAUCGCUGGAAUGUGAUGCACCUCACUAGUGUGGCUGAGAGUCAGGCGUUAGAUGCGGGACACACUGAGAGUCUGGCAGCUGUGGACAAAGUCACCUGCAAGACCGCCAUAGAGCCAAAGGUUCCCACGGAGCCGGUUCAGGUCGAGGAGAAGGAGAUCUGCACUGAGAGCAGUGAAGUUCUCAAGGCUGCAGAGCAGGACUUUGCAGUGCAGAUUCAGGAAGGCCAAUCAGUCAGGCAGUCGAUAGUGAUGGAUGAGAAGCAAGUACUGACAGGAGAGCUUUCUCAGGAGAUCACCAAGUCAGAUUCCACUAAAGUCACUGCUACGAAGCAAGCCCAGCUGUCCCUGCUCGCAUCAGAAUCCAAAGAUAGUGCGACUCUUCCCAAAGAGAUGAUGUUUGUCCUUCAGAUGCCAAAAGAAUCCAGUGUGAGUGUAUGUCAUCAGCUGAGAAAUGCUCUUCAGUCUGCGGUAGCGAGCGAGCAACCCUUGUUGCUGGCAGAUGUUGUAGGAGGGCUUCAGGCUGCACAGAUACAGGAAAUCAAAGUCCAGAGGGAACCCAGGCACACAAUGUUUACAUACCUGAUCACAUCAACAGGCACACCUUUGGAAAUCACUCUGGCUUUCCAAGGUGAAUAUCCUCGCACAGCUGACCUCAGAAGUGAACUGCAGGCAGCUUUCCACUCCAUUGUACACCAGGAGGCUAAUGUUCUGACUUCAGAUCAGCCAGGCACGAUGCAGCUAGACAAACCUCAGAGGGCGCAGGUCUCUUCAGCCCGCUCAAAGCAAGUCAGUUCCUCCGUUGUGCAGACAGUGAGUGUGGCAGAGAGCACGGUGGACUUCACUGGUGUUGAAUCUCAAGCAGCGGGCCUCAGGACUGAGUCCAAAAUGGCGGUAGCAUUUGCCUCGGCUCAGGAGCAGGUUGUAGUCCAGGAAUCCAGGGAAUCGAGGGUGGCACAGUCCAUCUCAUCACAGGUCCAAGUUUCCGCCGAGGUCCACAUGGCCUUUGAGGAGUCGGUGGUGGUGUCCAAACAGGAGGUGAGGUCCACAAUAAAGAGCCAAAGCAAGGCUGAAGGGACCGUGCUGCUUACCACCACCCUGCCUCCCACCACCACCCCCUCGGAACAGGCUCAGGGUGUUAGCAUCCUGGAGGAAAGCAUGGAUGAGGUUUUCAAAGAGGAGAUAUCGGUCUCCAGGCCAGAACAGAGAGAAUGUCCACUCGUAGUCAUCUCUCUGGAAGACAUCACCGUCGAGGAAGAUGCUGAAAUAACAUUUAGAACCAGCAUUAAGUAUGUCACCCAGGUAAACUGGUUUUUCAAUGGCAAAUUGGUGCAAUCUGGCAAUGAGUUCAAGUGUUUCACAGAGCUCGACACACACACGCUGGUUAUCAGAAAAGUUGUCAAGGAGAAACAUGAAGGAGAAUAUGUUUGUGAGGCUGAGAAUGAAGCUGGCAAAACUACAACAUCUUCCAGACUUACAGUGUUCUCAAGAGCGCCGCCAAUAUUUAGGCAGAGAAUUGUGCCUCUGGAGAUAAACGUCGGCAGCCACGCCAAGUUCGAGUGCGAGAUUGAGGAGGACCCUAGCGUGACCUUCAAGUGGUACAGGUCCGGUAUGGAGAUGAAGCAAAGCGAGAAGUACCGCAUCAUCAGCGGACACACUGGAUCCUUCCUGGAGGUCUUGAACCCAGUCAAAGCAGACAGCGGCGAAUACAGCUGCAAGGCCACAAACCAGUAUGGUGCUGCCAGCUGUGGUGCCUCUCUAGCCGUCACUGAAAUGUACCCACCACUAUUUGUAUCGAAACCAGAGCCAAUGAUGUCCUAUGUGGGAAAAACAGCUGUGUUCCAGUGCUCGCUCACUGGAUCGGCGCCCAUAGAGGUUGUCUGGCACAAAGACAACAUAGCCAUCUCACCCUCAGACCACUAUGCCAUGAGGUGCGACAAAAACAAGUAUUCCCUGCACAUUUUUAAUCUUGAGCCCAGCGAUCAGGGAGUGUACUUGUGCAAGGCGUCCAACAAUGUUGGCGCCGCUACUUUUAGCACAGAGCUCAAAGUUAUCAACAAGCCCAACUUCAUUAAGAGCUUUGAGCCAGUAUCCACUGCCGUCAACCAGAUACUGAGGCUGGAAUGCCAAUUAGAUGAGGACACUUGUGUGACAGUCACCUGGACCCGGGAUGGUAAGAAGGUCCACCAGAGCCUGGAGUGUAAGCAUUCCUUUGAGGACAAGAUAGCGGUUCUGGAAAUCGCAAAGUCCAAAGUGAAGGACUCUGGCUUGUAUGUCUGCACUGCCUCCAACGAGGCCGGGACCGCCUCCUGCGAGGCUCUGGUGACAGUUCAAGAGCCUCCUACUUUUGUCAAGAAAAUGGAUCCAAGCAUCACGUGGAAGCAAGGAAUAGCCGCUCGCUUGCAUUGCACCAUUAAAGGUUCCCCAGAGCUCCACAUCCAGUGGUUCUGGAAUGAGCGAGAGCUGAGCUCUGGAGACAAACAUAAAAUGUCUUUCACAAAUGGCAUGGCCACUUUGGAGAUCAUGAACCUUCUUGUCACUGACAGCGGCCGCUACACCUGCGAGGUGUCAAACAAUGCCGGCAGCGAAAGCUGCAGUGUGGCGGUGGCUGUCAAAGAGCCACCAUCCAUUAAGAAAGAUUUGCAGAUGGUGGAAGCAGUGAAGGGCACCAGCGUCCAGCUGGAAUGUGAAGUUGCGGGAAGUGCUCCCUUUGAGAUCACUUGGUCCAAAAAUAAGAGGACCAUCAGUAGUGAUCACAAAUACAAAAUCAUCUCCCAAGAGCCCGUGUUGAGGCUGGAGAUCAAGCCAUUUGAAAGUGCAGAUGUGGGAGAUUAUCAAUGUGUCAUAGCCAACGAUGUGGGCAAAGUCACUAUCAAGGGCUUAGCUAAACUUAAAGAGCCACCAAGCUUCACAAAGAGGGUUGAAAGUGUGACGGCAGUGUUGGGUAAUGCGUUGAAGCUGCAGGGAACCGUGAAGGGUUCUGCCCCCAUCACAGUCAAGUGGAUGAAAGACUGUGAAAUACUGAGAGAUGAUGAUCCAAACAUCACCAUGGCAUUUGAGAACAAUGUGGCAAGCUUGUCGAUAGCAGUCGUGGCCAUCAGCCACGCCGGUAAAUACUUGUGCCACGCCGAGAACGAAGCCGGGCAACAGAAAUGUGAAGCCGCACUGACAGUCCAGGAACCCGCUAGAAUUGUAGAACCAGCAGAAUCCAUCAGUGUGACAGCAGGUGAUCCGGCCACACUGGAGUGCACCAUCUCCGGAAGCCCAGAUCUUAAAAUCAAGUGGUUCAGGGAUGGCAAGGAGAUGAUCAGUGGGCGCAAAUAUAAGAUGAGCCAGAAGGACAAUGUGGUCUCGCUGAAGAUUCUCAAAGCAGAGAAAGCAGACUCUUCCGUGUACAAGAUGGAGGUUUCCAAUAAAGUCGGGAAAGACCAGUGCACAUGCUCCGUGACAGUUCUAGACCGUAUAAUGCCGCCAGCUUUCACCAAGUUCCUAAAAAGGGUCGACGGUAACAUUGGCAGCGACAUAUCGCUGGAGUGUAAGGUGUCCGGGUCCCAACCCAUCACCAUCGCUUGGGUCAAAGAUGAGCGGGAAAUUGAGUCCGGAGCCAAAUUCCGUCCAGACUUCAAGGAGAGCUCCGCCACAUUGACCAUCAGCCAGCUGGAAAAAGCUGACUCAGGAGUUUAUAAAUGCACAGCCACCAACUCAGCCGGCGUGAAAGAAACCAGCGGCAUACUUUAUGUCAAAGAGCCACCAGUAUUCACAGUGACACCCCACGACCAGGAUGUUAUACCCGGAACUACUGCUUGCCUUCAGGCCACAUUCACCGGAACCCUUCCUCUGUCUGUGAAAUGGUUCAGAGAGGACAGGGAGAUGAUCAGCGGAGGCUCUUGUUUCAUCAAGAAAGAAGCCUCAAUGAGCUCACUGGAGCUUCCCUCUGUCAAGCCUGGUGACUCCGCUAAAUAUACGUGCCAGGUCUCCAAUGACGCUGGCAAGGUGGACUGCACCGCAAUCCUUUUUGUAAAAGAACCUCCCAUCUUUGUGAUGAAGCCUGAGGCCACCAGGCUGGCCGUCAGUGGCAAACCAGUCAAGCUGCAGUGCAAAGUGACAGGGAGUCCUGUCAUAGGUUUCAGGUGGCUGAAGGACAGCAUGGAGAUUAGCCACAGUCCACAGUAUGCAAUGACCUCAGGGGACUCUGUGGCCUCUCUGGAAAUAGCCAAGUGCACUGUUGCGGACAGUGGAGAUUACACGUGCGUAGCUUCCAGCGAGGCCGGCAGUGACUGUUGCAGCAGUACGAUCACAAUCAAAGAACCCCCGUUGUUUUCUCGUUUCUUGGAGUCCAAAGAUGUGGUGAAGGGUUCUGAGAUGAUGCUGGAGGCCCAAGUGUCUGGUUCUGUCCCGUUCACUGUGUCGUUUUACAAAAAUACAAAGCUGGUGAGGAACGAUAAGAGACACAGGAUCACGGUGAAGGAGGAUAUGGUGGCCCUUCAAGUGCUUGCGGUGGAGGUUGGAGACGUGGGCUUGUACCAGUGUGCGGUGGAGAAUGAAGUGGGGAGGGCUACUUGUGAAUGUCAAGUCACUCUUAAAGAACCUCCAUCGUUUGUGCGGAAGUUGGAUAACGUCAGUGCCUUGGUCGGCAGCGAGGUGUCCUUGCAGUGCACCCUAAAGGGCUCGGAGCCCAUGACCGUCAGCUGGCUCAAAGACAACUAUGAACUCAAGGAGGCUGAAAAUAUUCAGAUUACGUACAAGGACCAGACAGCCCUUCUGCACAUCACCAAGCUUCACAGCAAUUAUGGCGGCAAAUACUCAUGUCACGCCCAGAAUCUGGCAGGGAGUCAGACCUGCUCUGCCAUUCUGACUGUCAAAGAACCUGCUAAGGUCACCGAGGAAGCAAAGUCCAUCAGUGUGACUCAGGGAGAUCUGGCCACCUUGGCGGCCAGGUUCUCGGGCACCAAACCGCUGAAGGUACGCUGGCUUAAGGCCGGCAAGGAGCUGGUCUCUGGCCAGAGGUACAAAGUACAAAGCACAGACUCCAGCUCUGUGCUCAAAAUCAAUAAAACAGAUAAAAGUGAUGGUGGCGACUACACCUUUGAGGUUUCAAACGAUGUUGGUAGCAGUUCUUGCAUGGCGACGCUCACCAUUUUGGAUCAAAUCAUUGCGCCGGCAUUCACUAGGAAGCUGAAGCAAAGCGAAGGUAUCAAAGGCUCCUUUGCUCAUCUGGAGUGUGUUGUGUCAGGCUCGCUCCCACUCAGUAUCCAGUGGUACAAGGAUGAGAUCCAGAUCCAGACGGGCGACAAACACAAGUGCACCUUCUUUGAGAAUGUGGCUUUCCUAGAAAUCUCCGAUCUGGACAGCAAAGACAGUGGAAGCUACGCCUGCAUCGCUAAGAACAAGGCGGGAAGUGCUCAGUGCUCUGGCACCUUGUUUGUCAAAGAGCCUCCCUGCAUUAUUGAACCACCAGAAUCUAUGAAAGUCCUUCCCGGCUCAAAGGUCCAUUUCAGUGCCUUGAUCUCGGGCACGCCGCCGCUUACCAUCAAAUGGUUUAAGAACCAAAAAGAGAUAUUGUCCAGCGCCGACUGCCUGGUAAUAAAGGACAACGCGUCCACUUCUCUGGAGCUGUUCUUUGUCAAAACCUCAGAUUCCGGCGACUAUGUCUGUGAGGUUCUCAACGACGUCGGCACCAUCUCCUGCCAGGCCACACUCUUUGUCAAAGAACCGCCGAAGUUCACACGAACACCGGCGCGCUUGUCUGUGCUCCGACCAGGUCAGAGUCAAAUGUUUGAGUGCCAAGUGAGCGGCACGCCAGAGAUAGAUAUCUACUGGUUCAGGGAGGGUUCCGAGAUCAGCCCCGACAGUCGUCAUAAGAUGGCCUUCAUCAACUCCGUGGCCACCCUAGAGCUGUGCGGGGCCGACGUCAAAGACAGCGGGAUGUACUUCUGCGAAGCUCGCAAUGAAGCGGGAAGCGAGAGCUGCAGCCUGGAAGUAAAAGUCAAAGAGCCGCCUGUAUUUCUACGAGAGCUGACGCCAGCUAGCGUUGUGAUGGGCUGCGGUGCCUGGCUGAAUUGUCAACUGGCCGGCACUGCUCCUUUUGAGAUCACGUGGCACAAAGACGCCAAGGAACUGAAAGUCAGUGCUAAACACGGCCUCUCCUUAGUCAAUGACACGGUGGGCCUGGAAGUGAACAGAUGUGACACAGGCGACGUUGGUGAAUACCAGUGUACUGUGGCCAAUGAGGUGGGAAGCUGUAGUUGUAAGACCACACUGAGACUCAAAGAACCGCCAACAUUUAUCAAGAGAAUGGAAAAUGCCAUCUGUGUUCUGGGUGAGAAGGUGGUCUUUGAGUGUGUGGUGGCUGGCUCUCCAACCCUUUCUGUGCAAUGGCAAAAGGAUGGGAACUGGAUUUUGGAAGAUCCAAAGAUUGAGAGAGCAUUCGAGAACAAUGUGGCCAUGCUCAGGAUCCCUACUUGUGAAGCAUGUCACAGUGGGUCUUACACUUGCCAGGCCAUAAACGACGCGGGCCAGGACAAGUGUGUCGCCACCCUGGUGGUCCAAGAACCUCCUCAGAUCUCUGAGAAACCGGAGUUGGUAAAGGUCACGGCUGGAGAUCCAGUCAGUCUGGACUGUAAGGUAAAAGGCUCGCCAGAGCUGAAAGUGCAUUGGCUGAAAGAGGGCAAGGAGUUGCAGUCCAUCAGGCAGCACAAGCUCAGCUUUGAGAAUAACAUCAGCAGCCUGAAGAUUCAGUCGGCGCAGAGAGAGGACGAAGGCGACUACGUCUUUGAGGUGUCCAACCACAUCAGUAGCUGUAGCUGCACCGUCAAAUUGGUCGUGUCAGAACAAGUCAUCCCGCCGAGCUUCAUUAAACCCCUUGGAGACAUGCAAGAGAUUCUGGGCUCUUUUGUUCAAAUCGUCUGCACGAUUUCAGGGUCCAUUCCCAUCUCGGUAGAAUGGCAGAAAGACGGCAGGAAGAUCUCCAGUGGUGUUAAACACAAAUUGAUUCAGCAGGACAAUUCCGUGUGCUUGGAGAUUGAGCACUUAGAGAUGUCAGAUGCAGGUUCCUACUCCUGCAAACUCAGCAAUGCAGCAGGAAGCUGCCAAUGCUCUGGAACCCUGAAAGUCAAAGAACCUCCCAGCUUUGUCACAUCGCCUGAGUCCCAGGCGACCGUACCCAAUGCAACAGUGCGCUUCAAAGGGACGUUCAAGGGGACGCCGCCCUUCAGUGUCAAGUGGUUCAAGGAUGACACGGAGCUGAUGACAGGACCCACUUGUCUCAUGGCGCUGGAGGGGCUCUCCUGCCUCUUGGAGCUCUACUCGGUGGGCAUCACCCAGAGCGGUGUCUACUCCUGCCAAGUCAGCAACGACGCCGGCUCCGUGCGCGCCAGUGCAGACUUGACAGUAAAAGAACCACCCGAGUUUGUGCUGAAACUCCCUGCCACUAAAUGUGUGAAGCAGGGCGAGGCGCUCCGACUAGAGUGCAGGGUCACGGGUACCGAACCCAUCAUGGUGACCUGGUACAAGCAGGACACCAUGCUGAUGGACAGAGGCAGCUGUAACACAUCAUUUGUUGGCUCGGUGGCGGUACUCGAGCUGCACACCGCUGACUUUGAUGAUGACGGAGUUUAUACGUGCGAAGCUCACAGCGAUGCCGGUAGUGUCAGCUGUAGCACCACUCUUACUGUGAAAGAACCGCCGUCAUUCAGUAGAGUACCUGAACCGGUAGAAGGGCUGAAGGGGAAGGAUGUGAGUCUCUACUGCGAGAUGAAUGGGACCACCCCCUUCCAGACCACCUGGUUCAAGGAGGGCAAGCCGCUGAUGGAGAGCAGGAAGUACAAGAUGUUGAGCGAGGGCAGCUCGGCCACGCUGCACAUCAUCGGGAUCGAACACACCGACGCCGGCCGCUACGAGUGCAAGGCAUCAAACCCCGUAGGCAGUGACACCUGCCAGGCGUCAGUUAAACUCAGAGAGCCUCCAUCCUUUGUGGAGAAACUGUCCAAUGCCACAGUGGUUCUGGGACAGGAGGUGAGCCUCGUGGCCACCGUCAGAGGCUCAGAGCCUAUCGCUGUGUCCUGGGUUCAGGACAAGGACCACAUUCUCAGGGACGGUGACAACAGAAAAAUCAGCUUUGAAAACCAGCAGGUGUCUCUCAAAGUGUUUGAGGCUGAUGCAGCGGCGGCGGGCCGGUACACCUGCCAACUGCGCAAUGAUGCCGGAAGUACUGAGUGUUUCGCGAACUUGACUGUACUAGAACCCGCCAAGAUCGUGGAUAAGCCCGACGCUCUGAGCGUGACGGCUGGCGACAUUGCCGCUCUGGAAGUCAAAGUGUGCGGCACCCCUGACCUGGUGCCCAAGUGGUUCAAGGACGGCGUGGAGUUGGCCUCUGGCAGGAAAUACAAAGUCUCCUUCUCUCGGAUGAUCUCCAGCCUGAAUGUGUUGGUGGCGGAGAAACUGGACUCUGGAGAAUACACCUUUCAGGUCAUGAACGACGUCGGAAAGGACCUGAGCAAAAUUAAUCUCACCGUUUUAGACAAAAUCAUCCCGCCUUCCUUCACGAGGAAACUGAAGGACUGCAACACGGUGGUGGGCAAAGCCGGCGAGAUGGAGUGUAAGGUGUCCGGCUCACCCCCUUUUACCAUUUCCUGGUACCGCGACGGCGAGGAACUGCACAGUGGACCCAGCUACGACAUCUCGUUCAGUGACAACAGCUGUACCCUUAGAGUACCCACCCUCAAGCUGUCCGACUCGGGACACUACAGGUGUAAGGCGGUCAAUGAGGCAGGAUCCAGUGAGACAAGCGCCACCUUGGACGUCAAAGAGCCGCCAUCCUUCGCAGUUCUGCCUCAGCCGGCUGAGGCCACACCGGGGUCGGACGUCAGCUUCUCGGCCCUCGUGAAAGGCAGCCCGCCCCUCAGGCUGAAGUGGUUCAGGGGGGCCAAGGAGCUGGAGGCUGGACGGGGCUGUGACUUCUCCCUGAAGGACAACCAGGUCCUCCUGCAGCUCUAUCGGGUGGAUAGGAGUCACGCCGGAGAGUACACCUGCCAGGUCAUCAACGAUGUGGGCAAGGAAAGCUGCCCUGUCAACCUUAUGCUCAAAGAGCCAGCUUUGUUUGUGAAAAAGCUGAAGGACGUGUCGGUGGAGAAAGGCCAACCUCUGAGGCUAGAGUGUUCAUACGCUGGAACGCCCAAGAUCUCGGUGAGCUGGUUCAAGGAGGAGCAGCCGGUGUUUGCAUCGUACAAAUACAACCUGAGCACCACGGAGAGCACCUGCAUCCUGGAGUGUCUGAGCACAGACGACAAGGACGCCGCCGGAAAGUACACCUGCUGCGUGGCCAACGACGCUGGCAAGGAUGAAUGCAAGGCUACUGUCACCAUCUUGGAGCCGCCAUACUUCCUUGAGCCCCUGGAGCCCAUGGAGGUGACGUCUGGGGACGCUGUCUGCCUCAAGUGUCACGUGGCGGGCACCCCCGAGAUCAAAGUGUCGUGGUUCAAGGGUGACGGCAAGGUGCGCUCCAGCGCCACUUGUAGGCUGGAGUACGGCAAAGGUGUGGCCUGCCUCAAACUCAGCAAGGCCACCAAGGCUGACGUGGGCGAGUACACCUGCAAGGCCGAGAACAAGAUCGGAACCGCCGCCUCCACGUGUCGCCUCAACGUGCAAGAGGCCAAGACUCCGCCGAGCUUUCCGAAGAAGAUCAUGAGCCUUCAGCAGACCUUGGGUUCCGCAGUCCGCUUUGAGUGCCGUGUGGCUGGCUCGUCUCCCCUGAACGUUUCCUGGCUGAAGGAUGGCGAGCCGGUGCAGGACGGGGACGAAUUCUCAGCGCUCUACCAUGACAACACAGCCAAGCUGACAAUUAACCGCAGCGAGAUGAGGCAUGCCGGGGAAUACGCCUGUGUUGCCACCAACAGCGUCGGGUCCACAUCGUGCAGAGCCAAGCUCACCCUGCUAGAGCCCCGUUACCCACCAGUCUUUGACAGGAAGUUGUUGGCAGCACAUUCGGUGACGGUGGGUGACAGCAUGGAGCUGGAGUGUCACCUGACUGGUUCGGCCCCGAUGAAGGUGACCUGGUCCAAGGAUCACAAGGAUAUCCGCAGCGGCGGGAACUACAAGAUCCGCAUGGAGGACAACACAGCCCAGCUCAGCAUCAUCAAGGCAGACAAAGGCGACACGGGAAUAUACUCCUGCCAGGUCGCUAACGAUGUUGGGAAGGACUCCUGCUCCUGUGAUGUCACAGUCAAAGAGCGCAAGAACCCUCCGAUAUUCACCAAAAAGCCAUCUGAGGAGUUGGAGGAUGCCGAGGGCCGCCUGGUGAAGAUGGAGGCCCGGGUGUCCGGGUCCCAGCCCAUGUCCGUUCUCUGGCUGAAGGACGGCGCCGACAUCUCGAGCUCUGACGAUUAUGACCUAAGCUUCAAGAGUAACUUGGCCGUGCUUUGUAUCAAGAGCAGCCGGCGCGAGCACAGUGGACGAUAUAGCUGCCAAGCGACCAAUGAGGCAGGAAAGGCCGAGUGUGACAUCAGCCUCAAAAUCUCCGAGGCCAAGACUCCGCCGAGCUUUCUGAAGAAGAUCAUGAGUCUUCAGCAGACGUUGGGCUCCGCGGUCUGCUUUGAGUGCCGUGUGGCUGGCUCGUCUCCCCUGGACGUUUCCUGGUUGAAGGAUGGCGAGCCGGUGCAGGAUGGGGACGAAUUCUCAGCGGUCUACCGUGACAACACAGCCAUGCUGACAAUUAACCGCAGCGAGAUGAUGCACGCCGGGGAAUACGCCUGUGUUGCCACCAACAGCGUCGGGUCCGCAUCGUGCAGAGCCAAGCUCACCCUGCUAGAGCCCCGUUACCCACCAGUCUUUGACAGGAAGUUGUUGGCAGCACAUUCGGUAACGGUGGGUGACAGCAUGGAGCUGGAGUGUCACCUGACUGGUUCGGCCCCGAUGAAGGUGACCUGGUCCAAGGACCACAAGGAUAUCCGGAGCGGCGGGAACUACAAGAUCCGCAUGGAGGACAACACAGCCCAGCUCAGCAUUGUCAAGGCAGACAAAGGCGACACGGGAAUAUACUCCUGCCAGGUCGCUAACGAUGUUGGGAAGGACUCCUGCUCCUGUGAUGUCACAGUCAAAGAGCGCAAGAACCCUCCGGUAUUCACCAAAAAGCCAUCUGAGCAGUUGGAGGACGCCGAGGGCCGCCUGGUGAAGAUGGAGGCCCGGGUGUCCGGGUCCCAGCCCAUGUCCAUUCUCUGGCUGAAGGACGGCGCCGACAUCUCGAGCUCUGACGAUUAUGACCUAAGUUUCAAAAGUAACUUGGCCGUACUUUGUAUCAAGAGCAGCCGGCGCGAGCACAGUGGACGAUAUAGCUGCCAAGCGACCAAUGAGGCUGGAAAGACCGAGUGUGACAUCAUCCUCAAAAUCUCCGAGGCUCAGUCGCAUCCAGUGUUCGACGUCCCUCUGAAAGCGACAUCUGUGACCGUGGGCGAGCGUCUGAGUCUGCGCUGCCACGUCCGCGGCUCACCUCCUCUCAUGAUCCAGUGGAUGAAAGAUCGAAAAGAGCUGAUGCCAUCCGCAACCUCCGCCAUCAGCUUCUCUGACGGGACGGCCUGCCUGGAGAUCGGCGCGGCGACCCGUCACGAUGCCGGCGACUACAUCUGCAAGGCGACCAACAAUGCUGGAAGCGAGCUGUGCCGCGCUAAAGUCACUGUCAAAGAAAAAGAAGCUGCACCUUCCGACGUUGCCGGAGAGACCGUUCCAGCCAAGAAGCUGGACCAGCUUUUCUUCUUAGAGGAGCCCAAGAGCAUACAUGUCACCGAGAAGGGUGCUGCCACCUUCAUUGCCAAGGUGGGUGGCGAGCCCAUCCCUAGCGUCAAGUGGAUGAAGGGCAAGUGGCGACAGCUGACCCAAGGUGGACGCGUCUCUAUAGAGCAGAUGGGCCAGGAAUCCAAACUGGAGAUCAGGGAGGUAACCAAGUCGGACUCGGGCCAGUACCGCUGCGUGGCCUCCAACAAGCAUGGCGAGAUUGAAUGCGCUGCAGACCUCCAUGUAGAUGAGAAAAAGGCGGCCGCCCAGCUUGAAGGAGACCUGAGAGCCAAGCUUAAGAAGACACCAUCCAAGCAGAAGAGUCCCGAGGCAGAGAAGGAUAUUGACAUCGUAGAGCUGCUGAGAAACGUGGACCCCAAGGAAUACGAGAAGUACGCCCGCAUGUAUGGCAUCACUGACUACCGGGGCCUCCUGCAGGCCAUUGAGCAGCUCAAGCAGGAGAAGGGGGAGGAAACUGGAAGACCAGAACUGGAACGUACACCCAGAGAGGUGGAUGAGGACAUGGCCAGGCUGGUGGCUGACCUGCAGAAGAGGAUGGAGCGGACAGAGCCCGUAACCGUGCUAAAGGACAUCUGCGACCAGUCCGUCCUGGUUGAUGAGGAGGCUUUGUUUGAGUGUGAGGUGAAGAUCAACUACCCUGAGAUCAUCCUGUCCUGGUACAAGGGCACCCAGAAACUGGACACUAGCCCCAAGUACCACAUCAGUGUUAGUGGAGAGCGCCACCUACUGAGUGUUAAGGGGUGCCAACUCGCAGACCAGGGCAACUACCGGGUGGUGUGCGGACCUCACAUCUCCAGCGCCAAGCUCACCGUCACUGAGGUUGUGGUGGAGACACACCUUCAGGACACAUCUGGUAAGGAAGGACAGUCAUGUACUUUGACUUGUCAGUUGUCCAUCCCCAACGCGGAGGCACAGUGGUUUAAGAAUGGUCAGCAGUUAGAUACCAUGGGGGGCAGGUUCAAGUCUGAGGUCAAACACAAGCUCCAGAAGCUUCAUAUCAAGGACCUGAAGCCUGAAGACAAGGGCCGCUAUACCUGCAGGUACCUGCACCUACAGUCCUCGGCGGACCUCUGGGUGGAAGCCGAGCAAAUUCAUUUCACCAAGCGCAUCCACAACGUGGAGGUGAACGAGCGUCAGGCAGCCACCUUUGAGUGUGAGGUGUCCUUCGACAACGCAGUGGUAUCCUGGUACAAGGAUACAUGGGAGCUGAGGGAAAGCCCAAAAUACAACUUCCGCAGCGAGGGCCGGAGACAUUUCAUGGUCAUCCGAAACGUGAGCGUGGACGAUGAAGGGGUGUACUCGGUGAUUGUGAGGUUGGAGCCCCGUGGAGAAGCUAAGAGCAGUGCGGAGCUAUAUUUGUCUGGCAAAGAGAUCCAAUUAGCCACGGUUCCCUUUGAUGUAAAAGACGCUCCCGUGGAGAGGCCUGAAGCACCUUCGUCAGUGGACAUUCAAGAAUCUGCUGAGUUUGAUCAUUAUGAGGAAGAAAUUGAGCAUACAGUUACCGUUGAGGAGACAGUGGAAAGACAGGAAAUGGAAGUGAGGGAAGAAGUGCUUUCCAGAGUGGCCAAACCCCAAGAGGAACAGGAAGUGGAGCCGGCAGAAGAAGAGGUACAAGUGGCACCCCCAAAAGUAACCAAAGUGGCAGAGGAGGUUCCCGUGGAGAAGAAGACAGUUGCCCCGGUUAAAGAACCCGAGGAUGUCCCAAAGCCGCCACCACCGCAGGACCUGAAAAAAGACGAGCCGAAAUCUCGAGUACCGGCAGAGCCCAAAAAACCUCCACCUGAAGUCAAGCUGGUGGUGCAGCCUGAGCCGGAGCCCGAAGUUAAGCUGGUGGUGAAGCCUGAGCUGGAGCCCAAAGUUAAGCUGGUGGAGAAGCCAGAGCUCGAGCUGGAGCCCAAAGUUAAGCCGGUGGAGAAGCCAGAGCCCGAGCAGGCGCUCAAAGUCAAGCCGGUAGCGAAGCCCAAGCCAGAGCCUGAGCCAACGCCUGAGCCAGCUCCCAAACUCAAGCCGGUGGCAAAGCCCAAGCCAGAGCCUGAGCAGGCGCCUGAGUCGAUGCCCAAACUAAAGCCGGUCACGAAGCCCAAGCCAGAGCCCAAGCCAGAGCCCAAGCCAGAGCCCAAGCCAGAGUCCGAGCCAGCUCCCAAACUCAAACCAGUGGCUAAACCCGACCCAGAGCCCAAAGUCAAGCCGGUGGUGAAGCCCGAGCCGGAAGUUGAAGUGCCAUUGAAGAAGCCAACUGCACCGCUCAAAGUCUCCAAAGAACCAAAACCAGAACCUGUUAAGAUCAAGCCCAAACCUGAAGUGCCAAAGGCAGAGCCUGUGGUGGAACCCAAACCUGAACAUGUGGUGGUACCCAAACCGGAACCUGUGGAGGCACCCAAACGAGAGCCUGUGGAUGCACCCAAACCGGAGCCUGUGGUGGAACCCAAACCACCCAAACUGGAGCCUGUGGUGGGACCCAAACCAGAGCCCGUGGAGGUACCCACACCACCCAAACCAGAGCCUGUCGAGAUACCCAAACCAGAGCCUGUGGAGGCACCCAAACCGGAGUCUGUGGUGAAAAAAGCUGAAGUAGCAGAGCCCAGGGUGCCCAAAGUAGAACCACCAAAGGCCGAAGAACCAAAGGAACCUGCCCUGAAAGUGCCAGAGAAACCAGUCAAGAAGGAGGCUGCUGUAGAAAUGCAGAAGCCGCACAGAGAAGAAGAAACACCACUGAAGAAACCAGUGGUCACCAAAGUUCCUGCAGCAGAGGAGAUAGCAGAAGAACCGAAACGAGCCAAGAAAGCUGAACCUGUUAUGCUUCCUACUAAACAAGAGCCAGGAGAACCACAAAGAGCUUCAGUGGAGGAGGCGCGACCGCUAGUCAAGGAACCGGCAGCCAAGCCCGCUGUUCCUCCUGAAGAGCGCGAAGCACCUGCACCAGUUGAAGUAAAAAAGUCAGACGAUGGUGAACAGCUGGAAAAAACAAUGACCAAGCAAGCAGUCAAGCUUGUUGUAAAGGCUGAAGAGCCAACCAAGAUCGUUGUGGAAGAAGAAAAACCUGUGAAAGUGGCUUCUGUGACAGAUGAAACGAAAGGACCAGUUCAAGCACCAGCAGGAGUCCAGAAAGAACCAGCUGUGCUUAAAAAAGGUAAAGUUCCUACGGAAGAGGCAGGGACGUUUGAGCUUCCGACUCUGAGGAAAACCACUCCGAUCACGAGGGAAGAAGUGGAGCAAGAGCUGGAAAAGGUCCAACUCAAGAAGAUUCCAUCAGUAUCACCUAAAGAGGCUGAGAAUGAGCAGAAACUUCGGGAGGCCACCAGGACAACGCAAGUUGACAUUAUCGAGAUGGUGCAUGAAGAACACACAGCUGAGAUGAUGGUUACAACCAGGAGGUCUGUAGAGGAGAGGACACCAAGUGACAAAGCAAAGGUGGAGAAAAAGCAGGAUAUUCCAAAACAGAAAGAAGAGGAAGAAAAAGCAGAUACCAAGCCUAAAUGGAGCCGUCAGAAAGGAACUCCAAAAGCUGAUAAACCAGAGGAAACCAUUUCGUGGAAGAAAACUCCCAAAGCUCCAAAGGAGGAGGAACCAGCCCCUCCUACUACCACCUUGAAAAAAGUGAAAAAACUGCCUUCCGAUAAAGAAGAACCUGAACCUGUCAAAUUAAAACCCUUUGACAAGCCAGUUAAAGCUACUGAGGAGCCAAAGAAAGUUAAAGAUGAUGCACCAGACAGGGACACUGAAGCUCUCCAGAAGGGAGAGAGGAUCCCCAGAGAAACAACGGUCAUGGAAGCCCCAAAGAAACCAGAGAAAGUUCCAGAAGAGGAAAAGGGGCCCCCUGCAAAAGUGCUAAAGCCAGUACCCAAGGAAAAACCUGAGGAAGAAAAACCUAAAGCACCAGCAAAGUUGAAGAAAACGCCAAUAGUACAGCCAGAGCCAGAACCAGAAAAGGUAAAGCUCAAGCCUUUUUCUCACCCUUCUAAAGAAGCUGUUGAACCCGAGAAGAAGCCAUCAGAGGUUGAAGAGAAGAAGCCAUCAGAGGUUGAAGAGAACAAACCAACAGAAGACCUGUUCCAGCAAUGCGUUUCUCCAGACGACAAACCAGGGGAGAAAGUGUCGGAUGCUACACCAGAGAAACUUGUGACCCCUAGAGCAGAGGAGAAAAAGUCUCAGAAGCUGAAGGAGCCUGAGCCAGUUCCAGCAAAAAAGAUUCCUUCCCAUGUGCCAUCUCCUUCAAAGAAAGCGGAUCAAGUUCCAGAGGAGCCUAAACCAGUGAAGCUAAGAAAGGGAGUCACACCCAAAGACCAAAGAGAGGUGGCUUUGACACCUUUAGAGGAGAUCAAGAAAAUUCAGUUGAAAAAGACACCAUCACCAAAAGUUGAGAAGACUAAAGAAGAUGAAAAGAUUCCUGGUGCCGAUAAACUUAAAAAGACUCCGAAAACAGUUUCACCUAAAGACUCCCCAGAAGCGGUCACUCUAAAAAAACUACCCAAGAUGCCCUCGCUAGAAGAUCUAGAAGUGGCAAAGCCUCCAAAAGAAAAGAUUCCCGUAGUGAUGGAAAUUUCUCCUGGAGCGGUCGAGAUGAAAAAAGUCGCCACCCAGCCAGAGGAAGAGGUCUUUGAGGAGGACUUUAGGUUGGAUGACGAGGCAGAGCCGGAGGAGGAAGAGGCCUGGGGCUGGGAACUGGUUCCUGAUGAAGACUGGGAAGGUGAAGGGGAGGAGGGUGCUCUGGAGAUGCCGGGGGCGACCAGGAGAGAGGGACAACCAGCAGAGGAAGCAGGAAGAGGAAGAGCCCUCAAACCCAAGCUGACGCCGUCGCCCGGUGAAGGCAGAGGACGUGGCCUCAGACCUGCCGGAAGAGGCACUCCUCCACCUCCAGAGGAGCCUUUUGGAGGGUACAAGCUCAAAGCCGUGCCACUCAAGUUCAUCAAGAAGCUGGAGGACAUAGUGCUGCAGGAGGCCGAGUCCAUCGGUUCUUCGGCUGUGUUUGAGUGCCAGGUGUCGCCAUCCACUGCUGUCACAUCGUGGAUGAAAGACAGUAGCAACCUGCGCGAGAGCCCUAAGCACAAGUUCACCUCUGACGGCAAAGAUCGUAAGUUGAUGGUCAAAGACGUGCAGCUGUCGGACACCGGAGAGUACACCUGUGUUGCCAAGAACGCUGGCAAGGAAAUCAACUGUACCGCCAAGCUCAUUGUUGAAGAGCUCCCUGUAAAAUGGACCAAGGAGUUGGAGCCGGAGAUGUCGGCCGUGAAGGGUCAGCCGCUCUACCUGACCUGUGAGCUAAACAAGGAGAGGGACGUGGUAUGGAAGAAGAACGGCGAGGUCCUGAAGAAACAGGAAAACAAGUUCCAGAUCAAUAUCAUCGGCCUGGUGCACGCCGUGACCAUCCAGAACACCAGUGACGGGGAUGCUGGUUGCUACUCAUGUGAAGUGGCGAACCAAAAUGAGUUGAAGACAUUGACAAAUGUGAAAGUGACGGAGGUAAUUAAGGAUUGGAUUGUAAAGCCUCUGAGGGACCAGCACGUGAAACCGAAGGCAAGUGCCACAUUUAAGUGCGAGCUGUUUAAGGACACACCCAACUGGAAGUGGCUGAAAGGAGACAAGGAAUUGACCCCCUCCGACAAGGUGGAGAUCAACAAGGACGAGAAGGACCUGACGCUGACCAUCAAGAACUGUCAGCCUGAUGACGUGUCAGAUUACUCCAUGGAGGUGGAGGGACGCGUCUACUCCGCCAAACUUACGCUUGGAGAGCGUGAGGCGGAGAUCUUGAAGCCCCUGGCCAGUGUGGAGGUGUUUGAGAAGGAAGAUGCUGCGUUUGAGACAGAAAUAUCUGAAGACGACAUUCCAGGGCAGUGGAAGCUCAAAGGGGAGCCUCUGACGAGAUCCCCGACCUGCGACAUCCAAAUGGAACGUGGCGUGCGCCGACUCAAGCUUCAAAAGUGUCAACUGGACCAGGCGGGCGAGGUGUCAUACCAGGCGCUGAAUGCUGUUACAAGUGCAAUGCUCACCGUGAAAGAAAUCCCAAUGGACUUUGUUGUACCGCUGAAGGACAUUAGCGUGCCCGAAAAGAAACAGGCCAAAUUUGAAUGUGCCAUUACCAGAGACGUCCCCAAGGUCAUGUGGUACAGGGGCAGGGACAUCAUUACGCCAGAUGCCAAAUAUGACAUCAUCAACGAUUGUAAGAAGCACAUGCUGGUCAUCAACUGCUGCGAGUUUGACGAUGAGGACGAGUACAGGAUUGAGGUUUUGGGCAAAGAGUCCAAGGCGAGACUCACAGUGGAGGGUAUCAGGCUCAAACUGAUUUCACCGCUCAAGGACCAAACGGUGAAGGAGGGCAGCACAGUUCGCUUUGAGCUGGAGCUCUCACAUGAAAAUAUUCCCCUCACCUGGUACAGGAACGAUGAUAAAAUCCACCUGAGCCGAACGGUCCUCAAGCAUGUGGAUGGAAAGCGACACGUGCUGGAGAUCAAGGACGUGACUCUGGACGAUACUUGCCAGAUCAAGGCUGAGGCCAAAGGAGUCUCCUCCAUGGCCAACUUGACUGUCAUAGAGGGAGAUGCAUACUUCACGGUCAAGCUGCAGGAUUACACGGCAGUGGAGAAGGACAAGGUGGUCCUAGAAUGUGAGCUCAACAAAGAUGUCAAGGUAGUUUGGUACCACAACGAAGAAGAGGUGAAGGCCUCUAAGGUGGUUGCCAUCAAGUCAGAGGGCAAACGCAGAAUGCUGAUCAUCAGGAAAGUUGUGGACAUGGACAAGGGACAGUACGUUUGCGACUGCGGAACGGACAAGACGACAGCAACCCUUCACAUUGAAGCCCGCCACAUCCGAGUGCUGCGACCGGUGUACGGCGUGGAGGUGUUUGAGGGCGAGACAGCUCGCUUUGAGGUGGAGCUGAGUGAGGACGACGUGCAUAGCAAGUGGAAACUCAAAGGCCAAGUCCUGAGUCCAUCUCCCGACGUGGAGAUGGUGGAGGACGGCGCCAAGCACACUCUCGUGCUGUAUAACUGCAAGGUGCCGCAGACCGGCGAGGUUUCAUUUAGCGCCGCAGACGCCAAGUGCUCUGCAAACCUGAAAGUAAAGGAGAUUCCUGUUUCUUUUAUCACGCCACUGGCCGACGUGCGCGUCUUUGAAAAGGACGAUGCAAAGUUUGAGCUGGAGGUGUCCAGAGAACCCAAAAGCUUCCGUUGGCUCAAAGGCUCUCAAACACUGUCGAGUGACGACAAAUAUCAGCUGCUGCAAGACGCAAACAAACAUACUCUUAUCGUCAAAUCUGCCAGAUAUGAAGAUGAAGUGAAGUACCUGUUUGAGGCCGAAGACAAGAGAACAUCAGGGAGGCUGAUUAUUCAAGGUAUACGCCUCGAGUUUCUCAAACCCAUUAAGGAUGUGACGGUGAAGGAGCGCGAAACGGCCGAGUUCAGCGUAGAACUCUCCCACGAAAAGAUCCCGGUGGUUUGGUACAAAAAUGGCGUACGCCUGCACCCCAGCAAGGUGGUGCACAUGUCAGAGGAUGGUAGAUUCCACACACUGGCCUUCAAGGAGGUCUCUAUCGAUGAUACAUCCAUGAUCAAGGUGGAGGCCAUGGACAAGAUGGCUGAGGCCAUGCUCACCGUGCUGGAGGGCGACCUCUACUUCACGCUCAAGCUCCAAAACUACACCGCUAUCGAAAAGGACGAGGUGGUGCUUUCCUGUGAGCUGAGCAAGGCCACCGGCGAGGUCCAAUGGUUUAAAGACGGUAACGAAAUCUUUGCCUCCAAGAACAUUCUCUUGCAGUCCAACGGCAGGAAGCGCAUCCUCGUCAUCCGCAAGGCGGCCAAGAAUGACGUGGGAGCCUUCACAUGUGACUGUGGCACCGACAGAACCACAGCCCAGCUCAACAUCGAAGAGCGCAACAUCAAGGUGAUGCGUCCGCUCUACAGUGUGGAAGUCACCGAGACAGAGAUGGCCAAGUUUGAGACAGAGAUCUCCGAGGAGGACCUCCACGCCACCUGGAAGCUGAAGGGCGAGAACCUUCACCCGUCUGCCGACGUGGAGAUCAAGGAGGAAGGUGUAAAGCACACCUUGAUCCUCUUCAAUUGUCGCAAGGACAUGGCGGGAGGCGUGGACUUCGCCGCUGCGAAUGCCAAGUCGUCUGCUCAGCUCCGUGUCAAAGCCCGAAUGGUGGGACUGACGAGACCGCUCAGCGAUGUGAUGGUGACAGCUGGCGAGACAGCCACUUUCGAGUGCGAGCUAUCCUACGAGGAUGUCCCCGUGGAGUGGUUCCUGGAGGGUGUCAAGGUGGAGCCUGGCGACCGGGUGGUACUGAAGUCGGAGGGUAAAGUCCACAGCGUGACCCUGCGGGACGUCCAGCUAAAUGAAGCGGGCAAAGUCCGACUCACGACUAAAGACUGCCAGACUGAAGCCAGACUCAUCGUCAAAGAGCCGCCAGUGGAGUUCACCAAGCCGCUGGAGGACCAGACGGUGGAGGAGGAGGCCACCGUCACCCUGGAGUGUGAAGUCUCACAGGACAACGCCGAGGUGCAGUGGUUCAAAGAUGGACAAGAGAUGCACAAGAACAAAAAGUAUAAGGUUCUUGUAGAUGGACGCAAGAGGAUGCUGCUCAUCCAUGGAUGCACCCUGGAUGACUCUAGAACCUACUCUUGUGUUGCCAAAGAAUUCAAGACUUCCUGCUUCCUCAAUGUUGAACCUCUCCAGGUUGAGUUCUCCAAGCCACUCCAUGAUGUGGAGGUGCAAGAGAAGGAAUCUGCUAGGUUCGAGUGUGAAGUGUCCAGAGAGAAUGUCAAGGUCUCCUGGUUUAAGGACGGAAGUGAAAUCCGAAAAGGGAAGAAGUAUGAAAUUAUCGCUCAGGGACGCCAACACGUCCUCGUUGUCCACAGGUCAGUGUUGGACGAUGAGGCCGAGUACGAGUGUGAUGCCAAGACCUCCAAGACCUCUGGCAUGCUUACUGUCAUUGAGGAGGAGGCCAGGUUCACCAAGAACCUGUCCAACGUGGAAGGAACUGAGACAGACAGCGUGAAGCUCAUCUGUGAAGUCUCCAAACCUGACGCCGAUGUCACCUGGUACAAGGGCGACGAGGAGUUGCCGGAGGGCGGCCGCUACGAGCACAUCUUGGAUGGCAGAAGGAGAAUCCUCCUCAUUCAGGACCUGAAGAUGCCCGACGCCGGAGAGUACAACUGCAGGCUCAGUCCCAGGGUCAGAACCUCCGGAAACCUCAGGAUUAACGAACUGGCAGCUGAGUUCCUGUCCAGGCCUCGCAGCGUGGAGGUGGUAGAGGGUGAAAAGGCCGAGUUCACCUGCACCGUGUCCAAGGACACCUUUGAGGUCAAAUGGCUGAAAGAUGACAAGGAGCUGGAGGCCGAGGACAAGUACCAGUUGAUCAGUGACGGAAAGAGAAGGAUGUUGGUCAUCAAGAAUUGUGAGCUCAGUGACGAGUGCAAGUACGUGGUAAUGAUCAGAGCCACCAGAGCCAGCGCCCAGCUCACUGUACUUGAGAAACUGAAGAUCAUCACACCACUGAAAGACACAGAUGCCGGCGAAAGCCAGGAAGUAGUCCUGAAUUGCGAGGUGAAUAACGAGGGCGCCAAGGCCAAGUGGCUGAAGAACGACGAGACCAUUUUCGAGAGCAGCAAGUAUGUAAUGUUCCAGCGAGACAAUAUCUUCUCACUGAGGAUCAGAGACGCGCAGCAGGGGGACCAAGCCAAAUACAGCGUUCACCUGAGCAAUCACAGAGGAGAGCAGGCCACGAGCUCCUGCGGCCUUGUCGUGAAAGAGGAGCGUUUGAGGAUUGUUGUUCCUCUGGAGGAUGUGGACACUCAGGAGAAGAAGACAGUCAGCUUCUCGUGCAAGGUCAACCGCCACAACGUAACUCUGAAGUGGAUCAAGGCCGGCGAGGAGGUUGUCUUCAACAAGCACCAUGUCUACCGGGUGGACAAAGACAAGCACACACUGACUAUCAAGGACUGUACGCUGGUGGACGAGGGCGAGUACACCGUGGUGGCCGGUGACGACAAGUCCACGGCCGAGCUGAUCAUCAGCGAGGUGCCCACUGACUUUGCCAUGCACCUGAAGGACCAGACCAUCACUGAGUUCGAGGAUGCUGAGUUCACCUGCAAGCUGACCAAAGAGAAAGCCGAGGUCAAUUGGUACAGGGACGGACGCGAGAUCAGAGAAGGAGCCAGAUACUCAUUUGAAAAAGAUGGAAAUAUGUGCUACUUACGUAUCAAAGAGUGCCGGCCAGAUGACGAGUGCGAGUAUGCAUGCGGCACUGAAGACAAGCGAUCCAGAGCCAGGCUCUUUGUUGAAGAAACCCCGGUGGAGAUCAUCAGGCCGCCACAGGACGUGUUUGAGCCGCCCGGCUCAGAUGUGGUAUUCGAGGUGGAGCUAAACAAGGACAGAGUGGAAGUGAAGUGGUUGAGGAACAACAUGACCGUUGUGCAGGGUGACAAAUACCAGAUGAUGAGUGAAGGUAAAGUUCACAGGCUGCAGGUCUGCGAGAUCCGCCCUCGAGACCAGGGCGAGUACAGAGUCAUCGUCAAGGGCAAAGAUGCCAAGGCCAAACUGGAGCUGGCGGCGAUGCCCCAGAUAAAGACCACAGACCAAAACUACGUCACAGAUGCAGGGAAGCCCCUGGUCAUGGCAGUUCCUUACAGCGCCUACCCUCAAGCUAAGGCCGACUGGCUGUACGACAACUUAAGUCUGCCCCAGGAUAGCGUCUACACCUCUCCCGACUGCACAGAGUACCGCAUGAAGGACCCCAGAAAGUCUGACGAGGGUCGCUACAAGGUUAUCAUAAAGAACAAACACGGAGAGGGUGAAGCCUUCAUCAACCUGGAUGUCAUUGAUGUCCCAGGGCCUGUGAAGAACCUACAGGUGGUUGACACCUCUGACGGCGAAGUGAGCUUGGCAUGGGAGGAACCGGAAAAUGAUGGCGGAAGCAAAGUCAUCGAGUAUGUGGUGGACAGACGAGACGUGAAACGCAAGACCUGGACGCUGGCCACGCAGCACGCUGAGAGUCCAGAGUACACCGUGACCGGACUCCAGAAGGACUCUAUGUACCUCUUCAGAGUCUGCGCCCGAAACCGAGUUGGCAGCGGUCCCCUCGUAGAGACGGACAAACCCGUCCAGGCCAAGAACAAGUUUGACGUUCCUGAUGCUCCUCUCAACGUGAUCGUGGGGAACAUCUCCAAGUUUGGUUGCACCGUAUCCUGGGAGCCGCCCGAGUCAGAUGGUGGCUCCCCCAUCACCUCUUAUAUCAUCGAGCUACGUGACAGGACGUCUGUAAAGUGGUCGCCGGUCCAGGUGACAAAAGCCGACGAGCUGAGUGCUGUCAUCAAUGACGUCAUUGAGAACAAAGAGUACAUCUUCAGAGUCAAGGCAGAGAACAAAGCCGGCGUCGGAAAGCCGAGUGCCGCAACACAACCAAUCAAGAUCAUGGAUGCUAUCGAGCGUCCCAGCCCGCCUCAGAACCUGGUCUGGCAGAACCAGAACAAGAAUUCUGUGCAGCUGAGCUGGGAGACUCCGCUGAGUAAUGGCGGCAGCAUGAUUACCGGAUACAUCCUUGAGCGCUGUGAGGACGGAACUGAUAAGUGGCUCCGUUGCAACACCCGUCUCUGCCCCGACCUCGUCUAUAAUGUGUCUGGACUCAAAUAUGGAACAAAUUACAAUUAUCGAGCAUUUGCAGAAAAUGCAGCUGGAAUCUCAGACCCAUCCAACGUCAUUGGACCUCUGCUGGCCGAUGACCCGCACAUCGGACCUACCAUGGACCUGAGCGGGUUCAAAGACGGCCUGGAGGUGAUCGUCCCAAAUCCCCUCACCAUCAGAGUCCCCAUCACUGGAUAUCCCCUCCCUGUCGCCAAGUGGACGUUCGGGGAGAAAGAGCUGACCGAUGCGGAUGACCGCAUCACGGUGACCACCAGGUCUACGUUUGCGGAGCUGGUGGUUACUCCGAGCGUCCGUCCAGACAAAGGCACCUACACCCUACAGCUGGAGAAUGAUGUCUCAUCUGUCUCCGGAGAGAUUGAAGUCAAUGUCAUUGCUGCACCCAGUGCACCAAAGGACUUCAAGGUUCCGGAAGUGACCCGCGAGCACGUUCAACUGAGCUGGGACCCUCCAGAGCACGACGGAGGAAGUCCUCUGACUGGCUACCAAGUGGAAAAACGAGAGGUUUCCCGCAAGACAUGGGUCAAGGUGGCCUCAGGCAUCCAAGAUUUGGAGACGACUGUCACUGACGUAAUUGAAGGCAAAGAGUAUCUGUUCAAGGUUACAGCAUGCAACAAGUGUGGACCUGGAGAACCAGCAUACAUCGACGAGCCUGUCAAUGUCUCCUCUCCCGCCACUGUCCCCGACCCUCCAGAGAACCUGAGAUGGAGAGACAAGUCGGCUAGUAGCAUCUUCCUGACCUGGGAGCCUCCGAAGUAUGAUGGUGGCAGUGGCAUCCGUGGCUACAAUGUCGACCGCUGCCAGAGAGGAACCGAACGGUGGGAGCCCUGCGGGGAUCUUGUCCCGGAGCUCAAAUGCCAAGUCACGGGUUUGAUUGAGGGCAAGUGGUACUCCUAUCGAGUCCGAGCCCUGAACCGACUUGGAGCCAGCCGGCCUUGCAAGGCCACAGAUGAGAUUCAGGCUGUAGAUCCCAAAGAGCCACCAGAGAUCCAGCUGGACGCAAAGCUACUUGCUGGUCUGACUGCCAAAGCCGGUAGCAAGAUUGAACUGCCCGCUGAGGUGACGGGAAAACCUGAGCCCCGGGUCAAGUGGACCAAGGCCGACCAGGUCCUCAAAGCAGACGACAGAGUCAAUAUUGACACCAAGCACGGACACUCCACCGUCACAAUCUCCAAGACCAAGCGUGACGACAGCUCUACCUAUAUCAUCGAGGCCACCAAUAGCUGUGGCCGAGCCACCGCAACUGUUGAUGUCAACAUUCUCGAUAAACCCGGCCCCCCUGCUGCCUUUGACAUUUCUGAAAUUACCAAUGAAUCCUGCUUCCUGGCCUGGAACCCGCCACGGGACGACGGCGGUUCCAGAGUCACCAACUACAUCAUCGAGCGCCGCGCUGCCGACAGUGAGAUUUGGCACAGGCUCUCAUCCACCGUCAAACAGACCACCUACAGAGCGGUGGGCAUGGUCAAGUUCAAGGAAUACAUUUUCAGGGUCUUUGCUGAGAACCAGUUUGGUGUGGGUCCACCAGCCGAACAUCCAUCCAUUAUCGCCAGAUACCCCUUCGACACCCCAGGGCCUCCCUACAAGCUGGAGCCGUCGGACAUCGCCAAGGACUCGCUGACUCUGAGCUGGUACGAGCCGGAUGAGGAUGGAGGAAGCCCAAUCACCGGGUACUGGGUGGAGCGAUACGAGCCUGACCACGACAGGUGGAUCCGAUGCAACAAACUGCCCAUCAAAGACACAAACUACAGGCUCAAAGGUCUUCCCACCAGGAAGAAGUACAAGUUCAGAGUCCUGGCUGAAAAUCUGGCUGGAACUGGAAAACCAAGCAAGGAAACUGAACCAAUCCUUGUGAAAGAUCCGAUUGAUCCUCCAUGGCCUCCUGGCAAACCGACAGUGAAGGACGUGGCCAAGACCUCCUGCUUCCUGAUGUGGACCAAGCCAGAACAUGAUGGGGGAGCAAAGAUUGAUGGCUACGUCAUCGAGAUGCUCAAGAGCGGCACCACAGAUUGGAUCCGCGUGGCGGAGGGCGUCAACAUGACCGAGUACUUCCUGAGGGGCCUGAUGGAGAAGCAGGAGUACUCGUUCAGGGUGCGAGCUGUCAACGUGGCUGGGGAGAGUGAACCCAGCGAGCCCAGCGACCCGGUCCUCUGCAAGGAGAGACUCAACCCACCUUCAGCCCCUCGCUGGCUGGAUGUCACCGGCAUUAGUAAGAACAGUGCCGGGUUGAAGUGGACUGUUCCUGAGCGCGACGGAGGCUCACCUAUCACCAACUACGUGGUGGAGAAACGGGAUGUCCGACGUAAAGGCUGGCAGGCCGUGGACACCACUGUCAAGGAGCUCAAGUACACGGUGAUGCCCCUCAAUGAAGGUUCACUCUACGUGUUCCGUGUGGCGGCUGAGAACGCUGUUGGCGUCGGGCCAUUUUGCGAGCUGGAAGACUCCGUGCUGGCCAAGGACACUUUCACCACUCCCGGGCCACCGUACGCCCUCGCCGUUGACGCCGUGACCAAAAGAUAUGUGGACCUCCAGUGGGAGGCACCUAAAAAUGAUGGUGGCAGACCCAUCCUCAGGUAUUCUAUCGAGAAGAAGGAGAAGCUCGGAACUCGCUGGGUGAAGUGUGGAAAGACUUCCGGGCCGGACUGCAAAUACAGAGUGACAGACGUGAUUGAGGGAACAGAGGUUCAAUUCCAGGUCCGCGCCGAGAACGAGGCGGGAGUCGGACAUCCAAGUGAACCCACCGAGAUCCUGACGAUUGAAGACCCAACAGGUGCCCCGUCUCCUCCCAUCGAGCUUCAUGUGACUACUGCCAGCCGGAACUUCCUGUCCAUCCGCUGGAAGCCCCCGCAAAGGGAUGGUGGCUCUCCCAUCACUGGCUACCACAUUGAGAUGUGCGAGCCUGGGACGGAGAAAUGGAUGAGGGUCAACUCUCGUCCUGUCAAGGAGCUGAAGUACACCGUAGAGGAAGGCAUCAUUCCCGAGAAGGAGUACAUCUUGAGAGUGAGAGCCAUCAACUCUGUGGGAGUUAGUGAGCCCUCCGAUAUCUCUGAGAACGUCGUUGCCAAAGACUCUGACUGCAACCCAACGCUGGAAUUCCAGACUCUGGACCUGGUCGUUGUGGAGAAAGAGAAACUGCAUAUCCCAGUUCCCUUCAGAGCUGUGCCCUCACCCAAGAUCACUUGGCACAAAAAUGGCAAAGAGCUGAAGGCUGACGACCGUCUUGGCUUAAGGAAAGAGUAUACUUCCUGUCACCUGGAGGUGGACAGUAGCCUUCACUCUGAUGCAGGCCAGUACAAAGUGACUCUGGAGAAUAAACUUGGAGCCGCCAGUGCCACCAUCAAUGUCAAAGUCAUCGGUCUUCCAGGCCCGUGCAAGGAAAUUGUGGCCUCUGAGAUCACUAAGAGCUCCUGCAAGGUCUCCUGGGAUCCUCCUGACUACGAUGGGGGAACCCCAAUCCUUCACUACGUCCUGCAGCGGCGUGAGGCCGGCAGGAGGACGUAUGUCAACAUGAUGUCUGGAGAAAAUAAAGUGAGCUGGAACGUCAAAGACCUAAUCCCCAACGGAGAGUACUACUUUAGAGUCCAGGCCGUAAACAAGAUUGGAGGAGGGGAGUUUGUCGAGCUGCGCAACCCCGUCAUCGCUGAGGAUCAGAAACAUCCUCCUGACCCACCUGUGGACGUGGAGACCCACAAUCCUACAUCAGGCACCAUCACACUGACCUGGAAGCCUCCCAUGUAUGACGGAGGUGCCAAGAUAAUGGGCUACAUCCUGGAGCGGCAGCUCAAGGGUGAGGACAAGUGGGAGAGGUGCAAUGACUUCCUGGUUCCGGUGCUUUCCUACACCGUCAGAGGACUGAUGGAGGCAAAGAGCUACGCCUUCAGAGUCCGAGCGGAAAAUUCAGCCGGUGUCAGCGAUCCAUCUCGUAGCACUCUGUUUGUCAAGGCCUUGGAGGCAGCUGAUGCUCCCAAGGUCUUCCUGAGUGGCAGCCUUCAGUCAGGCCUGAACGUGAAGCGAGGCAGUGAGAUCCGCCUGGACGCCAAUAUCUCUGGCUCCCCGUACCCUGAGAUCACCUGGUACUGGAACAACCAGGUUAUCCGGCCCGAGGUGCUCCGCAGGAGGCCAGAGAGACCACUGAAAAAGAAGGUAGAGAAGAAGGAAGAGGAAAAGAAGGAGGAGAGUGAGGGAGAGAAAAAAGAGCUGGAAGAGGGAACAGUGACGGAUGCAGAGGAAAAGAAGGAGGAGGUGGCCAAGCCGGAGGAGGAGGAGACAGACUACCCGACUAUUGGUGAGCGGUUGACUAUCAACAACAGCCGAAGGGGCGAAUCCACCGCAGUUAUUAAGGACUCACUCCGUGUUGACCACGGCGUCUACAUGGUGAAGGUGGAGAACGACCACGGCAUCGCUUCAGCCACCUGCGAGGUCGACGUCCUUGACACUCCUGGACCUCCAAUCAACUUUUGCUUUGAAGAGGUAAGGAAAAACUCUGUAAUCUGCAAGUGGGAUCCCCCUAAAGACGACGGCGGCAGUGAGAUCCUCAACUACACGCUGGAGAAGAAGGAUAACUCCAAGAUAGAGCUCGGAUACAGCUCUGUAACCUCCACACUGAGAGGAUGUCGCUAUCUGGUGCCCAAACUCAUUGAGAAGAAGGAGUACAUCUUCAGAGUUGUCGCUGAGAACAAGUAUGGUGCUGGUCCGCCCUGCAUCUCCAAACCUCUUGUUGCUAAGAACCCCUUCGAACCUCCCGAGGCUCCAGAGAAGCCAGAGAUCGAAGAUGUCACAGCCCACAGCAUGCUGGUCAUCUGGAAUGAGCCAAAUGACAAUGGCAGUCCUAUCCUGGGAUACUGGGUGGAGCGUCGUGAGAUCAGCAGCUCCCACUGGGCUAGGGUCAACAGAAACAUGGUCUCCUCCACCGAGCUGAAUGUGGAAGGACUUGUUGAGGGUUUAACUUACAUCUUCAGAGUGGCAGCCGAAAAUCAGGCGGGCCCCGGAAAGUUCAGCGUUCCUUCAGAUCCUAAAACAGCACAAGCUCCGAUUCUGCCUCCCGGCCCACCAGUCCCCCGAGUGGUGGCAACCACGGAUCACUCUAUUGAUGUUGAGUGGGAUGCACCUGCCGACAAUGGAGGAGGCGAGAUCCUGGGAUACCACGUGGAUAAGACUAUUGCUGGUACCAAAGACUGGUCCAGGUCUACAGAACGUCCAUGGAAGACGCGGGCAUUUACCGUUUAUGGAGUCCGUGAGGGAGCCAAGUACCUGGUCAGAGUCAUUGCCUGCAAUGCUGCAGGAGAAGGAACUCCAGGUUUCACUGAGUCGGUGUUUGUCAGGAAUCCUGCAGAAAUGCCUGUGGUCGAGCUGGAUGUAUUAGUCAAAAAUGGUGUGGUCAUCAGAGCUGGUGAGACGCUUCGUGUUCCGGCAUUGGUCACUGGUAAACCCUAUCCAACCAUCACUUGGACCGUGGAAGAUGUCAAACCUGACAAAGACCGUGUGGACAUCCUCACCGAAGGCAACAACAGCAUUGUGUUCAUUAAAAGCGCGCAGAGGAAGGACUGUGGCAAAUACUUAGUCUCUGCGUGUAACCCGAGUGGUACGAGGUCUGCCUUCACCCGGGUCGAUGUCAUGGAUGUUCCAGGACCAGUCACUGACCUAAAACCAGUAGUGGUGACCAGGAAGAUGAUAUUCCUGAACUGGGACGACCCCAUGGACGACGGCGGAAGUGACGUAACUGGCUUCCUCGUGGAGCGCAAAGAUGCCAAAAUGCACACGUGGAGGCAGCCCAUCGAAACAGCCUCCUCCAAAUGCGAGUGCAUUGGGAUCAUGGAGGGACAAGAGUACAUGUUCCGGGUCACUGCCAAGAACAAGUACGGCAUGGGCCCGCCUGUCGAGCUAGGACCCAUCAAGGCUGUGGACCCACAAGGACCACCGUCGCCCCCAGAGAAAUUCCAUUACACGGAGCGCACCAAGGAUUCCAUCACACUAGCCUGGAAGCCACCUCGCAAUGACGGAGGCAGUCCUGUUGUUGGCUACUUUGUGGAGAAGAAGCGUCAAGACAAGCAGGCCUUUGAGCCUUGCAACACGGAGAUCUGCCCCAACAUGACCAUGACGGUAGAGGGACUGGAGGAGGCUUGGAUGUACGAGUUUAGGAUCAAAUGCGCAAACCUGAUUGGAGAAAGUGACCCAUCCUUCCCGCUGACCGUGGUCAUCCAGGACGAUGAAGUGGCUCCUGAGAUCCACAUGCUGAAAGUAUUCAAGGCUGACAGUAUCACGGUGAAAAAGGGCGAGCCCAUCGAGAUCCCCGCCGACAUCCUGGGCCUCCCCAUCCCCAAAGUGGAGUGGUCCAAAGAUGACUUAGUGCUGGAGAAGCCCACAGAAAGUCUGCUUAUGGAGACGGCGGUGACCGGCAGGAUGAACUGCAAGUCCACUCUGUCUAUCCCCACGGCCAACCGGAAGGACCAAGGCAGCUACACCAUAUCUGCCUCCAACAACAUGGGUUCUGCCAAGCACACAAUCUCCGUCAUGGUGCUAGACCGGCCGCUUCCUCCCAGGAACGUGUCGGUGUCCAACAUCAAGGCGGAGUCCUGCCAGCUACAGUGGGAUGCGCCCCUGGAUGAUGGUGGCAGCGAGCUAACUAACUAUAUCGUUGAUAAGAAGGAAGUGAUCACAGAGGAACAGGAGGAAAAGGGACAGGAAGCUGAACCUCAGUGGGUGGAGCUCACCAACACCAUAAUUGACAAGAAGUAUCGGGUGUGGAACCUGGAUACCAACAAAUCCUACCUGUUCCGUGUGAGAGCUGAGAACCGCUACGGCAAGUCUGACCCUUGCACGACGGAGGAAGUUCAGAUCACAGACCCCUUCGGGCUCCCCGGCCCUCCGGAGAAACCGACCAUCACAGAGUAUUCCAAGACCUCCAUGACCCUGACCUGGGAGCCACCAAGGGACAACGGUGGCUCCAUGAUCAUUGGCUACUGGCUGGAGAAGAAAGAAAGAGGUAGCGCCUACUGGGCCAGAGUCAACAAGAUGCCGGUCACCAAACGAGGCAUGAAAGGGUGGGAGUACCAGGUGACUCGCUUGUUUGAAGGAAGUGAGUAUGAGUUCAGGGUUGCUGCCUUCAAUUUAGCCGGAACUGGCCCGUUUAGUGCAGCAUCCAACCCAGCUUUUGCCGUCGACCCUCUGACUCCUCCCAGUAUGCCCGCUGCUCCCGUGGUGGCUGACAAGACCAAACACAGUGUCACACUGACCUGGAAGCCACCGGAGAAGGAUGGCGGUAGCCCCAUUAAGGGCUACAUCAUCCAGAUCCAGGAUGAGGGCAAAUCCAAUUGGGUGAGGGUGAAUGAAGAACUGCACCCCACCACUGAGUUCACUGUGCCGAGCCUCCGCGAGCUCAAGCGUUACCGCUUCAGAAUUAUUGCGGUCAACGACAUUGGCGAAUCAGACCCCAGCCCCCGCACCAGUGAGGUCUUGAUUGAAGAAGUCCAGCUCCCGCCGUCCAUUACUAUUGACGUCGUGGUGGAUGACCUGCUCUACGUCCGUGCCGGAGAUCCAAUCAGGAUCCCUGCCACCAUCAAGGGCCGUCCUGUGCCGAAGGUGACGUGGGACUUUGACGGCAAAGCCAAGUCUCACAAGAAGAACAAGCUGCACACACUUCCCGUGGACUCGGAGGUUGAGUCCACAGACACCACGUCCGUUGUGACCAUCCCCGUUAGUUUGAGGACCCACUCUGGACGCUACACUAUCACAGCCAAGAACAAGUCUGGACAGAAACAUGUCAACGUCAGAGUCAAUGUCCUCGAUGUUCCUGGACCGCCGAAAGAUCUGAAAGUGACGGACAUCACCCGAUCAACCAUGAGGCUGAUCUGGAAGCUGCCCGACAACGACGGCGGAGAGAGAAUCAAAAGCUACUUCAUUGAGAAGAAAUGUGUUACUGACAAGGCCUGGACGAAGGUGAACGCGGCCUGCGCCAGUCAAGCCUUUGUGGUCCCGGGCCUCCUAGAGGGACAGGACUACAUGUUCAGAGUGCGAGCUGAGAACCGGCUGGGAUUUGGUCCGUUUGCUAUCACCAGUGAUCCCGCCCAGGCCAGAGACCCCAUUUAUCCACCGGACCCCCCUACCAAGCUGAAGGUCAACCUGGUGACCAAGAACACAGUGACUCUGAGCUGGGAGCCUCCCAAAAACGAUGGCGGCUCUCCCAUCAAACAUUACAUUGUGGAGCGCUUGAGCUGGGACACCAGCGGCAAGGAAAAGGAAACCUGGAAGCAAUGCAACAAGAGGGACGUGGAGGAGCUCAGCUUUGUGGUUGAAGACCUGAACGAGGGCGGAGAGUACGAGUUCCGAGUGAAAGCUGUGAACGCAGCCGGACAGAGUAGACCCUCGACCACCGCCGGACCGCUCGUCAUCAAGGACCAGACGUGUCCCCCCGCCAUCGAGCUGCGGGAGGUGAUGGAGGGCGAGGAGGGCUGCGACAUCAGCAUGGUGGCCAAGGUCAGCGGCUGCCCUUUCCCGACUCUUACGUGGCACAAGGCCGACCUGGCGGCCCCUGAGAAGAAGGCGGCCGUGCAGUACGACCAGCACGUCAACAAACUGGUGACGCACAACAAGUGCACGCUGCUGGUGCAGCAGGCCACCCGCCAGGACAGCGCCCUGUACAGCCUGACGGCCAGCAACAGCCUGGGCACCGUCACCAAGGACAUCAAACUCUUCGUGUUCGGACCUCCUGGCCCCCCCGUGGGACCCAUGAAGUUUACCGAGGUGUUUGCGGAGAGGAUCGGCUUGGCCUGGAACCCGCCGGUGGACGACGGCGGCUCCAAGAUCACCAACUAUGUGGUAGAAAAGCGCGAGGAUAACCGCAAGUCGUGGGUGCACGUGUCCAACGACCCCAAGGACUGCUCCUACCUGGUGACCCGGCUCACUGAGAACCACGUGUACGAGUUCCGUGUCAUGGCGCAGAACAAGUUAGGAGUCGGGCCACCGCUACUCAGCGAGCCGGAGAAGGCCAGGAACCUCUUCACUGUUCCCGGCCAGUGUGAGAAGCCCACCGUGACCGACGUGUGUCUGGAGUCCAUGACAGUGAACUGGGAGGAGCCCAAAUACGAUGGGGGUUCCCCGGUCACCGGCUACUUCAUAGAGAAGAAGGAGACCACCAGCAAACGCUGGAAUCGUGUCAACCGCGAGCCCAUCCGGGCUCUGCCCCUGGGCAACAACUGGGACGUCACCGGCCUGCUAGAGGGCGUCAUGUACCAGUUCCGGGUCAGCGCUGUCAAUGCUGCCGGAAGUGGACUACCCAGCGUUCCCUCAGACCCCGUUCUCUGUAGGGACCCCAUCAAGCCUCCUGGCCCACCCACUCCGAAGGUGACAGACUGGACCAGGUCAACGGUGGAGCUAGAAUGGAUUCCUCCCCUGGUGGACGGAGGCUCCAAGGUGACUGGCUACAUUGUGGAAUUCAAGGAGGUGAACAAGGAGGAGGAGGAGAAGAAGGCUCAGAGGAGGUUGCUUCUACUGAGCAGUGCCGAUGAGGAGAAGGAACCUGAGGCCCCAGAGAGCUGGGAGAAGGCCAAGGACACAGAGAUCAGAGGAACCAAGUUUGUGGUGGCCGGUCUCAAAGAAGGUGGUUUAUACCGCUUCAGAGUCCGAGCCAUAAACGCCGCUGGAGUUGGUGAACCGGGUCUUGUUUCCGAGCUGAUCGAAGCCAAAGACAGGACAAUUGCACCUGAGAUGGACCUGGAUGCCUCCGUGAAGGAGAAGAUUGUGGUCCACGCUGGCGGGACUAUCCGAAUCAUCGCCUACGUGUCCGGCAAACCAGCCCCGAAGAUCAGCUGGAGCCGUGAUGACGGCGAGGUGCCCAAGGAGGCCAGAGUGGAGACCACAGGCAUAUCCAACUCGCUGAUCAUCAAGAACUGUAAACGCCAGCACCAGGGCAUCUACACGCUCUGCGCUAAGAACGAGGGUGGUGAGAGAAGGAAGGCGGUCAUCGUGGAGGUCCUGGAUGUCCCUGGACCAGUUGGCCUCCCCUUCGCUGGUGAGAACCUGACUAAUGACUCCUGCAAGCUGACCUGGUAUUCUCCAGAAGAUGACGGCGGCUCAGCCAUCACCAACUAUAUAAUUGAGAAGCGGGAGUCGGACCGCAUGGGCUGGACUUCAGUGUCCUACACGGUGACCAGAAACAACGCCGUGGUGCAGGGACUGCUGGAUGGUAAAGGGUAUUUCUUCAGGAUUGCUGCCGAGAACAUCAUCGGCAUGGGACCCUUUAUCGAGACGGACAAAGUCGUGCUCAUCAAAGACCCCAUCUCUGUACCCGAGCGUCCAGAGGACCUGAUCAUCACUGCCGUCACUAAGGACUCCAUCUCGGUUGCCUGGAGGCCACCCAAGUAUGACGGUGGCGCGGAGGUGACCCAGUACAUCCUUGAGUCUCGCAUGAUCGGCCGGGACAACUAUAUUCGCCUGGGUGGUCAAGACAAGCUGAUGGACAGGAAGUUCACACUGAGCGGACUGAAGGAUGGCUCCAGCCACGAGUUCAGAGUGUCUGCCGUUAACAUGGUUGGACAAGGCAAAUUUUCUUUUGCCACCAAACCCGUCCAGUGCAAAGAUGAGCUGGAACCACCAAACCUGGAUCUGGACUUCCGAGACAAGAUGAUGGUGAAGGUGGGAGACAACUGUACGCUGUCCGGACGCUACAGUGGCAAACCAGCUCCAACCAUCAUGUGGACAAAGAACGACGAGGAGCUGAAGCUGGACGAAGAUGUCAGCGUCCACAGCACAGCCAGAAACCUCAGUCUCAACUUUAGCAAGGCAAAGCGAGAGCACAGUGGACGCUAUUGCGUCAGCGUCGACAAUUCGGCCGGAACUCGAACUGGAAUCUGCGCCAUCACUGUGGUCGACCGACCUCAGCCUCCUGAGGGCCCCGUGGUUUUUGACGAGGUUUACAGAGACCACAUGCUCAUUUCCUGGAAACCUCCUCUGGAUGACGGCGGCUGCGCCAUCUCCAACUACAUCAUUGAAAAGAGAGACACCAACCGAGACCUCUGGAUGCCCGUCACCACGUCCUGCACCAGGACCACCUGCAGGGUGCCAAAACUGAUUGAAGGUCGUGAAUACAUAAUCAGGAUCAUGGCCCAAAACAUCUACGGCAUCAGCGACCCGCUGCUGUCCGUGGAGACCAAGGCCAGAGAUAUGUUCAAGGUGCCUGAUGCUCCCAAACAGCCCACCGUUAAGGAAGUGUACCACGACUGUGCCCUCAUACGCUGGGAACCUCCAGCUGAUGGAGGAAAGCCAAUCACAGGCUACAUCGUGGAGAGGAAGGAGACCAUGGCCAAUAGGUGGGUCCGGUGCAACACAGAAAAGAUCCAUCCUAAGGUGGAAUACUUGGUCCUGGACCUGCUCAAAGGCUGUGAAUACGAGUUCAGAGUGAGCGCAGAGAAUGUGGUCGGUGUUGGUGACCCCAGCCCACCGUCCAAGCCUGUCUUUGCCAAAGAUCCCAUUGUGAAGCCAAGCCCACCACAAAAUCUCAAGGGCGUGGACCACACCAAGGAGUCGGUGACCCUGUCCUGGGAGCCACCCGCUGACAUUGGUCGAGGGAAGAUCUUUGGCUACCUGCUGGAGUUCCAGAAGGCUGGCGAGGAAGAAUGGCAGAAGGUGAAUCAUACUCCAGAUUCUUGCCAGGGGACCAAGUUCAAGGUGGUCGGCCUGGAGGAUGGCACGCUCUAUCGCUUCAGAGUGAAGGCCGUCAAUGCAGCUGGAGAAUCCGACCCCGCUAAUAUCAAAGAACCAGUCAGAGUGAAGGACCGACUCGAAGCGCCAGAGUUGAUUCUGGAUGCUGGUAUGACUCGGGAAGUGAAAGCCUUGGCUGGCACCCACAUCACUCUCAUUGCCGCCAUCAAAGGAAUCCCCUUCCCCUCUGUGGCCUGGAAAAAGAACGAUGGCGAUGUGCCCACCAGGGCCGACAUUGAGACCAGCCAAGUAGGUACCAAACUGGAGAUGAGGUUCUGCAACCGCAGCGACUGUGGAGACUACACGCUCACCGUUGAAAACCCUGCCGGCUCCAAGACCGUCACCUGCACAGUGCUGGUCUUUGACAAACCUGGUCCUAUCCAGCACCUUCGGGUGUCAGACGUCAGGAGCGACUCAGCCUACCUGUCCUGGAAAGACCCAGAGGACAAUGGAGGCACUCGAAUCACCAACUUUGUGGUAGAGAAGAAAGACACAGGUUCCACUCAGUGGGUUCCCGUGUGCUCCACGUCCAAAAAACGCAGCAUGAUGCUGAAGCACCUGACGGAGGGACUAGCCUACACCUUCAGAGUUGCGGCUGAGAACCAAUAUGGCCGCAGCGAAUACGUGGAGACACCAAAGGCCAUCAAAGCCAUGAAUCCACUCUUCCCGCCCGGUCCUCCCAAAGACCUUCAUCAUGUUGACGUGGACAAAACGGAGGUGUGGCUUGUCUGGAAUUGGCCCGACCGAAACGGUGGAAGUGAGAUUACGGGCUUCCUAGUGGAGUACCAAGAAGAAGGAGCGAAGGACUGGGAUGAGUGGCAGACGGUCAGCAUCCCAGAGAGUCACGUGACAGGUUUGGAGGAAGGCAAGACCUAUCGCUUCCGAGUGAGAGCGGAGAAUGCCAUUGGCCUCAGUAGACCCGACACCACCGUUCCCAUCCUCUGCCAGGAGAAACUUGUGCCUCCAAUCCUUGAGGUCGAUGUCAAGCUGAUGGAAGGCAUCGUCGUGAAGGCAGGCACCACCAUCAGGCUGCCCGCUAUCAUGAGAGGAAUGCCAAUCCCAACCGCCAAAUGGUCCAUUGAAGGAGAGGAGAUCAACAGUGGAGGCAACAUAAAGAUUGACACGGACAACUUCUCAACCGUCCUCAGCAUCAAUGAGUGCACCAGGAACCACACCGGCACCUACCUGCUCACUGUAUCCAACCUCGCCGGCACAAAGACAGCGGCCCUGAAUGUCACUGUCCUGGAUGUCCCAGCGGCACCUAUCGGACCCGUCAACAUCCUGGAAAUAACUCCUGACUCCAUGACAAUCGAGUGGCGCCCUCCCAAAGACGAUGGCGGCAGCCCCAUCACGAAUUACAUUGUGGAGAAGAGAGAUUCCAAUAAGGAGACCUGGGGAGGGGUUAGCUCUGGCAGCCUGGCUACCAAGCUCAGGAUUGUGCGGCUGCAGAAGGGUGUCGAGUACGUGGUCCGCAUUCGCGCUGAGAACAAGAUGGGCAUCGGGGCGCCGCUGGAGAGCAAGCCCACGGUUGCCGAACAUGCCUUCCUGCCACCCAGUCCGCCCGGUAAGCCGCUGCCCCACGACGUCUCAGAAGACGCCGUCACGGUUGGAUGGACCAUGCCCUUGUCUGACGGUGGUAGUCAGAUCACCGGUUAUAUCAUCGAGCGCAGACACAAAGGAGGAAAGUGGAUCCGUGUGAACAAGACACCCUGCAAAGACCUCCGCUACAGAGUCCAGGGCUUGUUUGUGGGCAAUGAGUAUGAAUUCAGAGUAUUUGCUGAGAAUAGCGCUGGCUACAGUGGCCCCUCACCAAUCUCUGACCUCUGCAAGCCCUGCAGGCAGGUCACAGUCCCGAGCCCCCCAGUCAACCCCAAAGUCAAAGAUUACAGCAAAUCAACGGCUGACUUGGUGUGGACCAAACCCAACAAAGAUGGAGGCAGUCCCAUUCUGGGCUAUACAGUAGAAUUGAAGAAGGCUGACGAAGACUGGAAGAAAGUCAACAUGGACGACUUCAUCAAGCUGUGUGCCUACACGGUGAAGGGGCUUGAGCAGGGUGGUACCUACAGAUUCAGAGUGUUUGCCUCAAAUAUGAUUGGUGACGGCGAGUCCAGAGAAAUUCCAGAGUCUGUCACAGCUCAAGACAUCCUGAUACCUCCGGAGAUCGAAAUGGGUGCCACGUGUCGCGAGCGCAUCACCGUGCGCGUCGGACACAAUAUCAACAUCAUCGGCUACAUAAAGGCCCGUCCCGAGCCUGAAGUGCUGUGGUCCAAGGGGGAGACUAUUCUGGAGAACAGCAAACGUGUAACUAUGAUCCAUAACCUUCCUGUGGUCCAGCUUAGGAUCAAGGAGGCCACCAGAGCUGACCACGGUAAAUACACACUGAAGGCUUCCAAUGAGGGCGGAGAAGCCUCCUGCUGCAUCACUGUCAAUGUUCUGGACCGGCCCAGCCACUGUCAGAACCUCCACACCACCUAUGUCACCAAGGACUCCUGCAUGAUCAACUGGGAGGCCCCGAAAGACAACGGUGGCUCUGAAAUCACCAACUACAUUGUGGAGUGCCGAGAACCCAGCAUUAGCAUGUGGUCUAUGAUCUCUUCCCAUUGCACCAACCGCAAGAUCAAGACCAAGCUGAUGGAGGGCCACCAGUACCUGUUCCGUGUCUGUGCAGAAAACAAGAUUGGACCCGGGCCCUGUGUGGAGACCAAGGUCCCCGUGCUGGCUAUCGACCCCAUUGAAAAACCGGGUGAGCCUGAAAACUUCAGAGCGACUGAUAUUGGCAAGAACUACGUCUACCUGAGAUGGAGGAGGCCAGAUUAUGAUGGCGGCAGCCCCAACCUCUCCUACAACCUGGAGUGCAAAGCCAAAGAUGGGCAGGAAUGGGAAAAACUCAAUACCGGCAUCUUAACUAGCACCUUCUUUUUGGCGGACAAGUGUGUUGAAAACCACACUUACACUUUCAGGGUGCAAAGCAUCAAUGAAGGAGGAGAGAGCGGCUGGGUGAAACUGGCCGAUAUUCUGGUGCGAGAGGAGAUCCAGAAGCCAGUCCUCGACCUGAAGCUUUCUGGAACGCUGACAGUGAAGGCCGGGGAGUCGGUCAGGAUGGAAGCAGCCUUGAGAGGAAAGCCUCAGCCUGAAGUCAAGUGGACCAAGGACAAAGCGGUCGGAGACAACCCCAGAAUCAGCUACGAGACGGGUUCUGACUACUCCAAAUUCCUUUUGACCAAGUCCAGACGCACUGACUCUGGGAAGUAUGUCAUCACUGCCACCAACUCGGCCGGAACCUUUACAGCGUAUGCCAACGUGAACGUCCUGGACGUCCCCGGAGCCGUCAGGAACCUCAGAGUCAUGGGCAUCGGAGCAGACAAAUGCCGAGCGGUUUGGGACGCACCGGAGGACGACGGUGGUUGUGAGGUGGACAGCUACAUACUGGAAAAGUGCGAGACCAGAAGAAUGGUGUGGUCUACCUAUUCCGCCUCGGUGGUCACGGCGUACUGCAAUGUGAUGCGUCUGGUGGAGGGCAACGAGUACAUUUUUAGAGUCCGGGCCGAGAACAAGAUGGGAACUGGUCCAGCCAUGGAGAGCAAGCCUGUCACAGUCAGGACUCAGUUCAACAGACCUGGGCCACCUGAUGCCCCGGAGGUCACUAAGAUAAGCAAAGAGGAGAUGACAGUGGUCUGGGCUCCUCCUGAGAACAACGGAGGAAAGUCCAUCACGGGCUACAUCCUGGAGAGGAAGGAAAAGCGAGCGGUGCGCUGGGUGCCAUGCACUAAGAGUCCAAUCCCUGAGAGACGCAUGAAAGUGACCAACCUUAUCCCCAACCACGAGUAUCAGUUCAGAGUUAAAGCUGAGAAUGAGGUCGGCCUGGGAGAUCCCAGCAAACCUUGCAGACCCGUCACGGCCAAAGAUCCCAUCGAGCCUCCUGGGCCGCCCGCAGGCCUGAAGGUGGCUGACAGCACCAAAACCUCCAUCACCCUUUCCUGGUCUAAACCUGUGUAUGACGGGGGUGCGCCAAUCAUUGGCUACAGCCUGGACAUGAGACUGAAGAGUGAGGCGGACCCCGAGAAGCCCACAGAAGGCUGGAAGAGGAUCGACACCAAUGGGCCCUUGGUUCUCAAAGAGUUCACCAUAGGACAGCUGGAUGAGAAACAGGAGUACGAGUUCAAGGUCUCUGCCCAAAACCAGGUGGGCUGGGGACGUCACGCCUACUUGAAGGAAGCCGUCUUCCCCAAGGAGAUCCUGGAGGCUCCCGAGAUUGACCUGGACGCAAGUUUAAGGAAAGGUCUGUCCGUCCGAGCCGGUUGUCCGAUCCGACUUUUUGCUAUUACCAGAGGACGCCCCGCUCCCAAGGUUACCUGGAAGCGCAUGGGUGUGGACAAUGUUGUUCGUAGAGGUCACGUGGACCAAGUGGACACGAUGUCCUUCCUGGUAAUCCCUGAAAGCACCAGAGAAGAUUCUGGAAAAUACUCACUGACUCUUUCCAACUCGGCUGGAGAGAAGGCCGUCUUUGUUCGUGUUAAGGUCCUCGAUACUCCCGGUCCCGUCGGUGGUCUGGAGGCUACUGAGGUCACCAAAACUACAGCACAGCUGUCCUGGUUACCGCCAGAGAAUGACGGUGGAAGCCCCAUCCUCAACUACAUUGUGGAAAAACGUGAGGUGGACAGGAAGACCUGGACCAAGUGCAUAGAGGACCUGAAGAAGACUAGCUUCAAGGUGACAAACAUGACACCUGGGAUUGAGUACUACUUCCGCGUGAUGGCGUGCAACAAGUACGGAAUCGGAGUUCCUCAAGACUCGGCCAAGUCUUACCUCGCUAAGGACCCCAUCAGUGAGCCAGAUCCGCCCAAGAAGAUGGAUAUUUUGGAGAUCACCAGGAACAGCGCCACACUGGGCUGGCUGAAGCCACUCAGAGAUGGAGGAGCCAAGAUCAACGGUUAUGUGGUGGACUACCAGGAGGAGGCCGCGCCGGAGGACAAGUGGACACCCUACUCGGUGGUCAAAGACUUAACCAUCGUGGUCGUUGGCCUGAAGGAAGGCAAGAAGUACAAGUUCAGGGUGGCGGCCAGGAACUCGGUUGGCGUCAGUCUUCCUCGGGAGGCUGAGGGAGUCUUUGAGGUCAAGGAGCAGCUCAUGGCUCCAAAGAUCAUCAUGCCCGACACGGUGACAGUCAGAGCGGGACACAAAAUGGUGAUUGAGGCCCUGGUGGCAGGGAAACCGGCUCCCUUCUGCAAGUGGAAGCAGGGCAACGAGGACGUCCUCACAUCUGAUCGCCUCUCGGUGGUCAAGACGCUUACAAGCUGCACGCUCAUCAUCAAGAACGUCAGCCGCUUGGACAGUGGCUACUACAGUCUAUCGGCGGAGAACAGCACGGCCAAGAUCAACCAGAUCCUCAAAGUCAUCGUUAUGGACAUUCCGGGAGCCCCUGAAGCUCCUGUGGAGAUCACAGAGCAGGACAUCGAUGCCUGCACUCUGCUCUGGAACCCUCCUCAGGAGGACGGCGGCAGCAACAUCACAAACUACAUUGUGGAGAAGUGCGAUGUGAGCCAGGGCGACUGGCUCACCUUGUCUUCUUCCUGCACCAAAACCAGCUUCAGGGUGACCAAACUGAUUACCGGUACUGAGUACACCUUCCGGGUCCGGGCCGAAAACAGGUUCGGCAUCUCUGAGCCCACCUACUCUGAGAAAAUGAUUGCCAGAUAUCCGUUUGAUCCUCCCAGUGAGCCCAGAAACCUUCUGGUUAACAAGAUCAACAAAGACUUUGUCAUCCUCUCUUGGGAGCGUCCCAGCAGCGACGGCGGAAGCCCAAUUAUGGGAUACUACAUUGAAAAGAAGGAGAGGAACAGUAUUCUGUGGGUCAGGGCUAACGAGUCUGUGGUCAAAUCCACCCAGUACACCUGCGGCAGUCUCAUUGAAGGCCUGGAGUACACCUUCAGGGUGUCUGCCAUAAACCUUGCCGGACAGGGAAAACCCUGCAAACAGACUGAAUUCAUCACGGCCAGGACGGCUGUCGACCCUCCAGGUAAACCCGAGCCCAUGGAUGUGACCAGGAGCUCCGUCUCGCUGGUGUGGACCCGACCCAAGCACGACGGUGGCAGCAAGCUUAUUGGCUACUUUGUGGAGCACUGCAAGCUCCCUGAGGAGAAGUGGACCCGUUGCAACAGCAACUGCAUGAGCAUCCAGACCGAGAACUACGUGGUGCGUGGUCUGGAAGAGGGCCAGCAAUAUGUGUUUCGAGUCAUCGCCAAGACGGCCGUGAACACCAGCCUGCCCUCGGAGCUGUCUGACCCAAUUGCUGUCAUCGCAGAGAAUGUUCCUCCUCGUGUGGAGCUGGGGGUCAACAUGAAGAACCUGAUUGUGGUGAAAGCUGGAGAAAAUGUCUGCCUGGAUGCAGAGGUGUUUGGGAAGCCUCUGCCCAAGGUGAGCUGGAAGAGAGAUGGUGCUCCUCUCCAUCUGGCAGAGGGAAUGAAGAUGACCCAGAAGAAACACGUCCACCUUUUGGAGCUCUACUCCGUCACCAGGAAGGAAUCUGGUGACUACACUAUUCUCGCUGAGAACGUCAGUGGCAGCAAGUAUGCCAACAUUAAAGUAAAAGUGCUCGACAAACCAGGUCCUCCAGCUUCAGUGAAAACCACCAAAGUGUUUGCAGACCGCGUCAAGCUACGGUGGGAUCCCCCGUUGGCAGAUGGCGGUUCUGAAAUCACAAACUACAUCAUAGAGAAGCGCGAAACCAGCAGGGCCAAUUGGGCACUGGUCACCGCCAACAUUCACGGACACAUCACCGACUGCUCCAUAGAGAAACUCAUAGAGGGCCAUGAGUACCAGUUCCGAGUCAGUGCUGAGAACCAGUACGGCGUGGGAGACGCUGUCAUGACUGACCCGGUCAUGGUCAAGAACCCCUAUGAUGUUCCCGGCCCUUGUGAGCCACCCGUCAUCACCAACAUCACCAAAAACUCCAUGACGGUCAGCUGGAAGGCGCCAGCCAACGAUGGUAGAGCCACCAUCCUCGGCUACAUGUUAGAGAAGCGUGAGGCCACAGAGUUGACCUGGGCCAAGGUCAAUCGCCGGCCAGUGAUCGACAGAACCAUCAAGGCGGGUCAGCUAACGGAGGGCUCGGAGUACGAGUUCAGGGUUAUUGCCAUGAACAAAGCCGGUCUGGGAAAACCAAGUGACGCGUCCAGUGCAGCUCUGGCUGUCGAUCCCGUCUACCCCCCUGGCCCACCCGCCUUCCCCAAGGUGGUGGAUUCCACCAGGAGCUCCAUCAGCCUGAGCUGGACCAAGCCAGCGUACGACGGUGGUUGCGAGAUCAUCGGCUACCUGGUGGAGUGCAAACUGGCCACUGCGGAAAACUGGACCAAAUGCAAUGUCCCCAAGAAGCUCCAGGCCACCAAGUUCUUGGUGACAGGCCUGAUGGAAGGCACAGAGUACCAGUUCCGAGUCUUUGCUGUCAACAAGAUUGGCUACAGCGAGCCGAGCGAAGUCCCUGGGAACCACACGGCCAAGGACAUCCUCAUCCCUCCGGAAGCCGAGCUGGAUGCCGACCUGAGGAAAGCGCUGGUUCUCCGCGCGGGUGUCACCAUGAGGCUCUACGUCCCUCUAAGAGGGCGCCCGGCACCCAAAGUGAUGUGGAGCAAGGUGGACUGCAACCUGAAGGAGAGAACCGGCGUCCUGAUCAAGACAUCCGAGUGGGACACCCUGCUCAUGGUUGAAGACAUUAACAGAUACGACGCUGGCAAAUAUGUUCUGACGCUGGAGAACAGCAGCGGUUCCAAGAGUUACACCAUCGUGGUCAAGGUCCUCGAUUCUCCUGGACCUCCUCAGAACCUGACUGUAAAGGAGACCUCCUUAAACCACGCCUGCAUCACCUGGGAUGCCCCACUGAUCGAUGGCGGCAGUCCAGUCAAGAGCUACAUUGUAGAAAAGCGCCUGGCAGAGAGGAAGGCCUGGACCUGUGUGUCGACUGAGUGUCACAAGAACUCGUACAGAAUUCCCAACCUGGAGGCGGGACAGGCCUACUGCUUCAGAGUUCUGGCCGAGAACGCUUAUGGGAUUGGAGAAGGUUGUGAGACUGCCGGCAGUGUCCGAGCUUCAGAGCAACCUGGCCCAGUGAUGGACUUGAAGGCCAAGAAGACCACCAAGGAUUCUAUCACUCUGGCCUGGAAAAAGCCCGUCAGUGAUGGCGGCAGUCACAUCAGUGCCUACAUCGUGGACCAGAACGAAGGCGAGCUAUGGAAGCAGAUCUCCAAGGACAGAAACACCUCACUGACAGUUGGUGAGCUCACAGAGAGCAAGGAGUACUUGUUCAGAGUCAAGGCACUAAAUGAAUCUGGAGAAGGGCCACCCACUGAGAUCACGGCUGUUGCCAAGGACCAGUUUGUGCUUCCUGACUGCAACCUGAGCUGUCUCCAUGAUGGUUGCUACGUGGUGAAGGAGGGCUCUACCGUCCGCAUCAACAUUCCCAUCAGCGGUGUGCCGUAUCCCACUGCCACGUGGAAGAAAGGCGACGUGGCGCUCGGCGACACCGGACGGAUGUGCGUUGAGGCGUCCCAGGGCAUCACCACUCUCCUGAUCAGAGACUGCCAGAGAGGAGAUGCUGAUGCCUACACCAUCAAUGUCAAGAACAGCUUGGGCUCCAAGGACUGUAAGUUGCAGCUCAAGGUUGUGGGAAAACCAGGUAUCUGCACUGGACCCAUCAAGUUUGAUGAGAUCACAGCCGAUGGCAUCACCCUGGAAUGGGGGCCACCCAAAGAUGAUGGUGGUGCAGAGGUGUCCAACUACAUUGUAGAGAAAAGGAGGACAACAGACAACAAGUGGGCCACGGUGGCUUCUGCAAUCCAGAAAACCACCAUGAGAGUCAUACGUCUCCACGAUGGAGUGGAGUACAUUUUCAGAGUGUUCGCUGAGAACAAAUACGGAAUUGGAGAGCACCUGAGGUCAAAUGCGGUCAUUGCACAGCAUCCUUUCAAUGUCCCAGAGGCACCUGCACCUCCAGAGAUAAUGAGCAUCCGCCACGAGUCAGCCAUCCUAACCUGGGCUGAUCCAAAAGACACGGGCGGCUCCCCAAUUACAGGCUAUCAUGUGGAGUUUAAGGAAAGGAACAGUCUGAUGUGGAAGCGAGCCAGCAAGACUCCUCUGAGAGUGAGGGAGUGCAGGGUCACAGGUCUGAUUGAGGGACUAGAAUAUGAGUUCAGGGUGAUGGCCAUGAACAUGGCCGGUCUUGGGAAGGCCAGCAGAGCUACUGAGGCUGUUGUUGCUCUGGAUCCCAUUGAUCCACCCGGCAAGCCUGAUGUCAUUAAUGUCACCAGGACUUCAGUCACACUGAUUUGGACUCCACCCAAAUAUGACGGCGGCUACAAAUUGACUGGCUAUAUGGUAGAGAAGCUAAAGGCUGGAGGUAAGGCCUGGAUGAAGGCGAACCACGUCAACAUUCAAGGAUGCGCCUUCACCGUCACAGACUUGACAGAGGGAGCCCAGUAUCAGUUCCAAGUCAGGGCCAAGAACUCUGCUGGUGCUAUUAGUGUUCCCUCAGAGAAGACCGAUCUGCUAACUUGCAAGGAUGAGUAUGAACCCCCAAGCAUCACCAUUGACCCAAACAUGAAAGAUGGCGUAUCAGUCCGGGCAGGAGACACAAUCGUGGUCUCCGCUUCCAAGAUUGUCGGCAAACCUCCCCCUACUGCUGUUUGGUCAAAGGCCGGCCGUGAGCUCAAGAACUCAGACAUUGUCACAAUAACCAGCACUCCAACCUCCUCCACCGUGGCCAUCAAGUACGCCAGCAGGAAGAACACCGGCGAGUACACCAUCACUGCCAGCAACCCGUUCGGAAUCAAAGAAGAACACGUCAAAGUGAAGGUUCUAGAUGUUCCCGGACCGCCGGGCCCAAUUGCGGCCAGUAAUAUUUCUGCUGAAAAGUGCACCCUUACCUGGCUUCCACCAGAGGAGGAUGGAGGCUGCGCCAUCAAGUCUUACAUCCUUGAGAAGCGAGAGACCAGUCGCCUGCAGUGGACCAAGCUGGCUGAAAAUGUCAUGGAUUGCAGAUGUGUCAGCACCAAAUUGAUCAAAGGGAACGAGUACAUCUUCAGGGUGUCUGCUGUCAACCAGUAUGGCAUUGGAGACUCAAGUCUGUCUGCUCCAGUCAAACUGGUCGACAGUUACCGUCCACCAGGCCCACCCUCAACCCCAGAAAUUGAUAACGUCAGUAGGAACUCUGUUACCAUUUCAUGGAAUAGACCAGUGCAGGAUGGUGGCAGUGACAUUAGGGGAUACCUCGUAGAAAGGAAAGAGAAGCGAGGAAUGAGGUGGGUCAGGGCUUCUAAAAGAACGGUCCCAGACCUACGCUUCAAGGUGCAAGGCCUGAGUGAAGGGGUCGAGUAUGAAUUCAGAGUAACUGCUGAGAACAAGGCUGGGUUUGGAGAACCCAGUGAGCCUUCGCAUCCUGCAAUGACCAAGGACACCGUGUAUCCACCAGGUCCUCCUUCCAAUCCUAGAGUUACAGAUACCACUAAAAUGUCUGCCACCUUUACCUGGGGACGACCCCACUAUGAUGGUGGUCUGGAAGUGGAUGGAUACAUUGUGGAAUAUAAAAAGGAAGGGCAUGACGACUGGGAGACAGAAACAGAGUACCACCUGAAGGCUACCGUAUAUGUUAUCGGAAAACUGCAGAAGGGAGGCAGAUACCAUUUCAGAGUCCGAGCUGUGAACUCUGAAGGAAUUGGUGAACCUGCAGAGGUUGAAAAAGUAACCGAACUUGUGGACCAGGAGUCUGUUCCAGACUUUGAGCUGGACGCCGAACUCCGGAAAUCCCUGGUAGUCAGGGCUCGUACUUCAAUCCGUAUGUUUGUUCCCAUCCGAGGCCGUCCUGUUCCAGAUGUCACCUGGAGCAAAGAUGAUGUCAAUCUGAAAAUGCGUGCACAUAUUGACACUACCGAGUCCUACACACUGCUGGUCAUUCCUGACUGCACCAGAUAUGAUGCCGGAAAGUACAACCUCUGCCUGGCGAACGUCGCCGGAAAGAAGACAGGCUUCGUAAAUGUGAAGGUUCUGGACACGCCAGGGCCGCCAGUUAAUCUCAAACCCAGAGAGAUCGCUAAAACAAGCAUAACCCUUCAGUGGGAGAUCCCCAUCAUUGACGGUGGCUCCAAGAUUCACAACUACAUUAUUGAAAAGAGAGAGGCCACAAAGAAGGCCUACACUGUCCUGAGCACUACGUGGCAGAAGUGCUCUUUCAAAAUCUCUGAUCUGGAGGAGGGAGCUUACUACUACUUUCGAAUCUCUGCUGAGAAUGACCUGGGCAUCGGCGAGCCUGCUGAAACCCCCGAACCAAUCAGGGCAUCUCAGGCCCCUUCACCACCAGAAAACCUGUACAUCACUGAUGUUACAGCUGACAGCGCCAGCUUGGUGUGGACCAAGCCUCUUCAUGAUGGCGGUAGCUUGAUUACAGGUUAUGUCAUUGAGGCCCAGAAGAAGGACACUGAGCACUGGCUCCAUGUUUCUGCCAUCAAGGCUCUGGACUACACUGUGACAAAUCUGAUAGAGGGUGCAGAAUAUACUUUCCGCAUCAUGGCAGUUAAUGCUUCGGGUCGAAGCGAUCCAUGUGAGAGCAGACCGGCAAUUAUCAAAGAGCAAACAUCAAGCCCGUCAUUUGACCUACGUGGAGUCUACCAGAAGACGGUCAUUGCCAAGGCUGGGGACCGUGUUAAGAUGGAGAUUCCAGUACUUGGAAAACCCAGACCUGUUGUUUCUUGGAAAAAAGGAGACACGAUUCUAAAAGAGACACAAAGAAUUAACACAGAAGCUACAGCAACAUCAACCAUCCUCAACAUUGGCGAGAUCAAAAGGGCUGAUGGAGGACAGUAUUCAAUGACAGGAAAGAACAUGCUAGGCACAGUGACCGAAAUAAUCACAGUAUUAGUCCAUGAUAUUCCAGGUCCACCCACUGGUCCCAUUAAGAUGGAAGAGGUCUCGUCCGAUUAUAUCCUUAUGUCCUGGGAGGCCCCAGAGAAUGAUGGGGGUGUUCCCAUCAACAAUUAUAUUGUUGAAAUGCGUGAGACCACUGGUACUUCCUGGGUGGAGUUAGCAGCCACUGUCAUACGUACCACAUUCAAGGCAGCCCGGCUUAUCACUGGAACUGGAUAUCAGUUCCGUGUCAAGGCCCAGAAUCGAUACGGCAUCGGACCAUCCAUCGUCUCUGAGCCAGUGGUGGCUACCUAUCCGUUUGAUGUCCCAGGCCAGCCAGGGCCCCCUGCAGUCACAUCCUUCAAUAAGGAUGCAAUGACUCUCAGUUGGAAUGAACCAUCCUCGGAUGGAGGCAGUGCCAUCCUGGGUUACCAUGUGGAACGAAAAGAGAGGAACAGCAUUCUGUGGCAGAGGAUCAGCAAAGCUCUUGUGGUAGGAAAUAUCUUCAAAUCAACUGGCCUGGUUGACGGAAUUGAAUAUGAGCACCGUGUUAUUGCUGAAAACUUGGCUGGUCUCAGCAAACCCAGCAAACCCUCUGACCCGUUGUAUGCUUUGGACCCAGUAGACCCACCAGGUAGACCUUUGGCACUGAACAUCACCAGACAUGAGGUGACUGUGUCAUGGACCAAACCAGAGGCAGACGGAGGAUUUUCCAUCACCGGAUACACUGUGGAGAGGAGAGAAUUGCCAAACGGGCGGUGGCUCAAAGCCAACUUCAACAACAUCCUCGAGACGGUCUACACAGUCAGCGGUCUGAUCGAAGACACUGUUUAUGAAUUCCGUGUGUUGGCUCGCAACUCGGCAGGCGCAGUGAGUGCACCUUCUCAGCCCUCAGAAGCCAUCACAUGCAGGGAUGACAUCGAAGAGCCCCGGCUCAACAUUGACUCCCUUUACAGUAGCAAUGUUGUCGUCAUGGCCGGAGAGAUGUUUACACUGGAGGCCAAUGUGACGGGUCGGCCCAUUCCCUCACUUGUGUGGACCAAGGACGGGAAGGAGCUUGAAGAUACCGGCAAGUUGGAAAUCAAGAUGUCUGCUUUCCACACAACUCUGAUCAACAAAGACUCUUUGAGAAGAGAUGGCGGCGCAAUCACCCUGACUGCCAGUAACCCUGGCGGCUUUGCUAAAUUCAUAUUCAACGUCAAGGUCCUCGAUAGACCCGGACCACCCGAUUCCUUAACGGUUACAGACAUUGCUGCUGAGAAAUGCGUCCUCAACUGGCUGCAUCCAACACACGAUGGUGGAGCCAAGAUUGAAUACUUCAUCAUUCAGAAGCGUGAAACCAGCAGGUUGGCCUGGACAAACGUGGCCACGGAUCUCCAAGCAAACAGGUUCAAGGUCACGAAGCUUCUUAAAGGCAAUGAGUAUGUCUUCAGAGUAAUGGCCGUGAAUAAGUAUGGCAUUGGCGAGCCGCUGGAGUCCCAGCCUGUCAUCUGUGCCAAUCCCUACAUUCCCAGUGACCCGCCCACACAGCCUGAAGUUACGACCAUCACCAAGAACUCAAUGGUGGUCUGCUGGGAGCGCCCUGAACAUGAUGGGGGUAGCAGACUCAACACUUACAUUAUCGAGAGAAGGGAUAAGACUGGACUGCGCUGGGUCAAGUGCAACAGAAGGACUGUAACCGACCUUCGAUUCAAGGCCACUGGCCUCACACCGGGCCACGAGUAUGAAUUCAGAGUUUUUGCAGAGAACAAUGCUGGACUGAGCCAGCCAAGUCCCUCAAGUCCGUUCUACAAAGCCAUGGACACAAUCUUCCAGCCUGGACCUCCAGGGAACCCCAGAGUUCUAGACACAACCAAGUCUUCCAUCACCCUUGCUUGGAAUAAGCCUGUCUAUGAUGGUGGCUCUGAAAUCACUGGCUAUAUUGUGGAGACCUGCCUGCCCGAAGAGGAUGAAUGGACAAUUUGCACUCCUAAGAAGGGAUGGACAGCUACCUCAUUCACUAUCACUGGCCUGAAAGAGAACCAAGAUUACAAAAUCAACAUCUGUGCCACCAACUGCGAAGGUGUGGGAGAGCCUGCUGCUGUCCCAGGAACCCCAAAAGCUGAAGACAGGUUACUACCCCCUGAAAUCGAACUUGGAGCAGAUCUCCGUAAGGUCGUCUGCAUCAGAGCCUGUGGCACACUCAGACUCUUUGUACCCAUUAAAGGCAGACCGGCACCGGACGUCAAAUGGUCAAGAGAGCACGGAGAGUCCCUGGACAAAGCUAACAUUGAAGUCACAUCGUCAUUCACCACUCUUCAAGUUGAAAAUGUCGACAGGUUUGAUGGCGGUAAAUACAUGGUCACUGUGGAGAAUGCCUCUGGAACUAAGACGGCCUUUGUUAACAUCAGGGUACUAGACACGCCCGGAGCACCUCAGAACCUGAUCAUCAAGGAGGUUACCAAAGAUUCAGUCUCGCUCAUUUGGGAUGCACCUUUAAUUGAUGGUGGCUCCAGAGUCCGUAAUUACAUUGUGGAGAAGCGUGAGUCAACCAGAAAGGCCUACUCCACUGUCUGUGCCAACUGCCACAAAUCCAGCUGGAAAGUUGGAGAACUAGAAGAAGGAAAGAUGUACUUCUUCAGAAUCCUGGCUGAGAACGAAUAUGGCAUCGGCCUCCCAGUGGAAACGUUUGACCCCGUUAAGGUGUCAGAGAGGCCCCUGCCUCCAGGAAAGGUGUCCCUCCGUGAGGUGACUGGCACCAGUGUCACUCUCACCUGGGAGAAGCCCGACCAUGAUGGUGGAAGCAGAAUCACCAGCUACAUUGUUGAAAUGCAGGGUAGAGAAAGUGAAAAGUGGACCCAGGUCAUGGCAGUCAAGACCAACGAGGCUUUUGUAACUGGUUUAACACAGGGAGAGGAGUACAUGUUCCGUAUCUCGGCCACCAAUGAAAAGGGCGUUAGUGAGCCACGUGCUCUUAGCAUGCCCGUGGUGGCCAAAGAUCUGGUUAUCCUGCCAACUUUCAAAUUGGCUUUCAGCACGUUUAGUGUGCUAGCAGGAGAUGAUCUGAAGAUCGACGUACCUUAUGCUGCCUGUCCCAAAGCGACAGCAACCUGGUUCAAAGACGGCGUCACCCUCAAGGAGACAACUAGAGUUAACGCUGAAAGCACAGACGAGAACCUUCUCUUGGUCAUUAAGGAGGCCUGCAGAGAUGAUGUGGGUACAUAUUCCAUCAAACUGAUUAACACGGCUGGAGAGGCAACUACGGAGAUAAGCGUGAUGGUCCUAGACAAGCCAGGCCCUCCAACUGGCCCAGUCAAGCUGGAUGAAGUCACUGCAGACAGUCUGGUCUUGUCCUGGAAUCCCCCGGAGUACGAUGGUGGCUGUAGCAUCAACAAUUACGUUGUUGAGAAGAGAGACACGUCAACCACUAACUGGCAGAUCGUGUCAGCCACAGUGGCUAGAACCACUGUAAAAGCUGUACGUCUGAAGACAGGUUGUGAGUACCAAUUCAGGAUUGCUGCAGAGAAUCGAUAUGGCAAGUCCUCAGCGCUGCUCUCUGAAAGUAUUGUGGCUCAGUAUCCAUUCGAGGUUCCCGCUUCACCGCGUUCGGUCAUUGUACAGUCAGCCACCAAGGAGACCAUGCUGGUCGUAUGGGAUAAACCCAGCAGUGAUGGUGGAAGCAAAAUCCUGGGCUACCAUCUUGAGCUCAAAGAGAAAAACAGCAUUUUGUGGGUGAAGCAGAACAAACAGCUUAUCCCAGACUCCCGAUUCAAAGUGGUUGGCCUGGAAGAAGGUAUCGAAUAUGAGUUCAGAGUUUACGCUGAAAACAUUGUCGGCAUAAGCAAACCCAGUAUCGUGAGUGAAUUGCAGGUAGCCAGAGACCCUUGUGACAGACCAGGAAAGCCUGAGGCUGUCAUUGUAACAAGAAACCAGGUGACCCUCCGAUGGUCCAAACCUGAGUAUGAUGGUGGCAUAAAAAUCAUCGGGUAUGUGGUGGAGAAGAAGGAAGGAGCCGGGCGCUGGAUGAAGGCCAGUUUCACCAACAUCAUUGAUACCUCCUUUGUUGUCACGGGUCUCACUGAAGACCAGAUUUAUGAGUUCCGUGUCACUGCCAAAAAUGCAGCGGGUGUCAGCAGUCAACCCUCUGAUUCUACUGGAGCUAUCACUGCCAAGGAUGAGGUGGAUCCACCCCAAAUUGACCUUGAUGCCAAGUACUCCCAGGCUGUGGUUGUGAAUGCUGGAGAGUCAUUCAGGCUUGAGGCAGCUAUCUUCGGCAAACCUGUUCCCAUGGUACACUGGCUGAAGGAGGGCCAAGUCAUGAGUGAAGCAGCACGCCUGGAAGUCAAGAACACGGACUUUUUGGCCUGUAUUGUUGUCAAAGAAGCAAUUCGUGUUGAUGGAGGCCAGUAUACUUUGCUGGUGAAGAAUGUCGGCGGAGAGAAAUCUGUGAACAUUAAUGUCAAAGUUCUGGACAGGCCUGGUCCGCCUGAGGGCCCCAUUUCAAUCUACGGUGUCACGAGUGAGAAAUGCUCAAUUUCCUGGAAACCACCUUUGCAGGAUGGAGGUAGUGAUGUUUCCUAUUACAUUGUUGAAAGGAGAGAGACGAGCCGACUGGUUUGGACGGUAGUUGAACAGAAAGUUCAGACCCUGAACUUGAAGAUCACCAAGUUUCUUCCUGGGAAUGAGUACAUCUUUAGAGUGAUUCCAGUGAACAAAUAUGGAGUCGGUGAGCCUCUGGAAUCUGAGCCAAUGAUUGCCAGAAAUCCAUUUGUUACUCCCAACCCACCAACAGAGGUAGAGGUCUCCACAAUUACUAAAGACUCCAUGGUAGUGACCUGGGAGCGACCAAGUAACGAUGGUGGCAGUGCCAUCCAAGGCUAUGUUGUGGAGAAACGUGACAAGGACGGUGUUAGAUGGACCAGGUGCAACAAGCGUACCGUGAGCGAGCUCCGUUUCAGAGUUACCGGGCUCCUAGAAAACCACAGCUACGAAUUUAGGGUCUCUGCCGAGAAUGCUGCCGGUGUGGGAACACCCAGUCCCCCAACAACAUAUUUCAAAGCUUUGGAUCCUAUCUUCAAACCAGGCCCGCCAAACAAUCCCAAGGUGGUGGACUCAUCAAGGUCUACCGUUUCCUUGACCUGGGGUAAACCCAUCUAUGAUGGUGGCUGUGAGAUUCAGGCCUACAUUGUUGAGGCAUGCAAUACUGUGUCAGAUGAGUGGUUCAUGUGCACUCCUUCCUCUGGAAUCACAGACACACGGUUUACCGUGACAAAGCUCUUGGAGAAGCACGAGUAUCAGUUCAGAGUGUGUGCCAUCAACAAAAUCGGUGUUGGUGAGCACGCUGAUUGUCCAGGAAAAAUCACUUUGGAAGAGAAGCUCGAAGCACCAGAUCUGGACCUGGAUGCCAGUUUGAGGAAAAUGAUCAAUAUUAGAGCGGCAAGCACCCUCAGGCUCUUUGUUCCUGUAAGCGGUCGUCCAGCCCCUGAGGUAAAAUGGGGCAAGGCUGAUGGGGAGCUUAAGGAGACGGCCCAAAUUGAUAACACAGGUAGCUACGCGUCACUUGUGAUUGAGAACGUGGACCGAUUUGAUAGCGGCAAAUACACACUUACUGCCGAGAAUGCCAGCGGAGUCAAGUCUGUCUUCAUCAGCGUCAGAGUCCUGGACACCCCAAGCCCUCCAAAUAACCUCUUUGUCAAGGAGAUUACCAAGAAUUCUGUCACACUCACAUGGGAGCCUCCGCUUCUGGAUGGCGGCUCAAAGAUUAAGCAGUACAUCGUGGAGAAGCGGGAGAGCACUAGGAAGGUUUACUCUUCCAUCACCAUCUGCAAUAAGAUGACAUGGAAGGUAGAACCUCUCCCAGAGGGUGGAAUAUUUUUCUUUAGAGUGCUAGCUGAGAAUGAGUACGGUGUCGGUCUGCCUGUUAAAACCAUUGAACCAAUUAAGAUAUCUGAGAAGCCGCAGCCCCCUGGUAAAGUCAGCGUUGUUGAUGUUACACAUAGUACUGUCACCCUGACUUGGGAGAAGCCUGUACAUGAUGGCGGUAGUAGGAUAAGCCACUAUGAAGUCGAACUGGCUCCUAUAGACAGCGAAUCCUGGUCGGUUUGUGCUAGUGUGAAGGCAACCGAGGCCCUGGUGAGUAACCUGCUCAAGGGAGAAGAGUAUCAGUUCAGAGUGUUGGCUGUCAACGACAAGGGCAGGAGCGACCCCAGGCAACUGGCUCAUUUGGUGGUCGCAAAGGACCUUGUGAUUGAGCCUGCUGUUAGACCUAAAAUGAGCAGCUACAGUGUCCAAGUGGGAUAUGACCUCAAGAUCGAAGUGCCAAUCGCAGGCCAUCCAAAGCCGACCAUCUCUUGGUCCAAGGACGGAGCUGCCCUCAAGCAGACCACCAGAGUCAAUGUCACAGAUUCAGCACGUCAAACCACAGUUACUAUAAAGGAUGCCACCAGAGAGGACGGAGGCAUGUACAGUAUUACUGUAGCCAAUGAUCUAGGAUCUAAGGAAGCCACUGUUGAGGUUAUCACGUUAGAUAAGCCCGGACCACCUACAGGACCUGUCAAGUUAGAGGAUGUCAGUGCCGAGAGCAUCACACUUGCAUGGGAACCUCCUACUUAUACAGGUGGCUGCCAAAUAUCCAACUAUGUUGUCGAGAAACGAGAUACGACCACCACAAACUGGGUAGUGGUGUCUGCCACUGUGGCAAGAUCAACACUCAAAGUGGGCAAUCUGAAGACCGGCGCUGAAUAUCAAUUCAGAAUCUACGCUGAGAACAGAUACGGCAAAAGUUAUGCCAUUGAUUCUGACCCGGUUGUGGCACAGUAUCCAUUCCAAGAACCUGGGCCACCGGGUACACCUUUUGUAUCUUCAUACUCUAAAGACUACAUGGUAGUGGAGUGGCAUAAACCUCCAUCUGACGGAGGCAGUGCUAUCUUGGGCUAUCAUCUUGAAAGGAAAGAGAAGAACAGCAUCCUUUGGACCAAGAUUAACAAGACACUCAUCCAAGACUGCAGGUUCAAAUCCACUCCUCUGGAGGAAGGAAUUGAAUAUGAAUACAGAGUCUAUGCAGAGAACAUUGUUGGCAUUGGAAAGUGCAGUAAAGUCUCAGAGGUCUAUGUGGCCCGCGAUCCAUGUGAUCCUCCUGGCUGUCCGGUGCCACUGAUCGUGACCAGACACUCGGUGAAACUCAGGUGGACGGCCCCACAGUACAACGGCGGAAGUUCGAUUACUGGUUAUGUUGUGGAGAAGCGUGAUCUUCCUGAAGGAAAGUGGAUGAAGGCCAGCUUUGCAAACGUUUUGGACCUUGAAUUUACAGUGAUCGGCUUGACAGAAAACAGCAAAUAUGACUUUAGAGUCAUUGCAAGAAAUGCAGCCGGUGCUGUCAGCAAGCCCUCCGAGUGCACUGGAUCCAUCACAGCAAUAGAUGAAGUUGACCCACCCACGUGUGAGACAGAUGCCCUGUAUAACCAAACCCUUGUCAUCAAUGCUGGGGACACAUUCAAUCUGGAGGCCAAAGUGGACGGAAAGCCCAUUCCCAUGGCUCAGUGGUUUAAGGGCGAUGUUGAAGUGGAAAACUCUGCCAGAGCUGAGACAAAAAAUAUAGACUUUAAGGCUCUUCUUGUUGUAAAGGAUGCCAUCAGAGUGGAUGGCGGGCAGUACACACUGGUACUGACCAACGUGGCAGGCAGCAAGACUAUCCCAUUCAGUGUGAAGGUCCUGGACAGACCAGGUCCAUCAGAGGGACCACUUACUGUCAGCAAUGUCACUGAGGAGAAGUGCUCCCUGUCGUGGCUUCCACCAAGGCACGAUGGAGGCAGUGGCAUUUCUCACUACAUCAUCCAAAAGAGAGAGACAAGCCGCCUGGCUUGGACUGUGGUCUCUAGUGACUGUGGCGCUACCAUGUUCAAGGUCACAAAACUCUUGAAGGGUAACGAAUACAUCUUCAGAGUUAUGGCAGUCAACAAAUAUGGCGAGGGUGAGCCUCUGGAGUCAGCACCAGUUAUCAUGAGGAAUCCAUUCGUCCCCCCUGGCACACCUCAGGAGAUUGAGAUCACCAACAUUACCAGGGACUCCAUGACUGUCUGCUGGAAUCGCCCCGAGACAAAUGGAGGCAGUGAGAUUGUUGGCUACAUUGUGGAAAAGAGAGACCGGGCUGGCAUAAGGUGGACCAAAUGCAACAAACGCAGGGUAACAGACUUGCGUUUCCGGGUGACAGGACUAACUGAGGACCAUGAAUAUGAGUUCAGGGUUUCUGCUGAGAAUGCAGCUGGCGUGGGUCAGCCAGGUCCGGCCACACCUUACCUGAAGGCAUGCGACCCCACUUUUGAGCCUGGCAGCCCCACAACUGUUCAUGUGACAGACACCACCAUGGACUCCAUAAGUCUGGCAUGGCACAGGCCCAUAUAUGACGGUGGCUGUGAGAUUCAAGGUUACGCUGUUGAAAUCACAAAGGCUGAUGAGGAGGAGUGGACGAUUUGCACGCCACCCUCUGGAGUAAAUGCCACCAAGUUUACCAUUACCAAGUUGAUUGAGCACCAGGAAUACAAAGUGCGCGUCUGUGCCAUCAACAAGCAGGGCAUUGGGGAGCCAACCGAAGUUCAGGGCAUGGUUACGCCUGUGGCUAAAAUGAAUGCCCCAGAUAUGAUUCUGGAUGCAGAACUCCGAAAGGGAAUUGUUGUCCGUGCGGGUGCUCCAAUGAGAAUUGGCAUUCUAUUUAAGGGUCGUCCCACGCCAGAAAUUAGCUGGGCCAAGGAGGACGGUGAACUGCCCAGUAAAGUUCAACUUGAGACUGGUGAAGACUACACACAGCUCUCCAUUGACAUCUGUGACAGACAUGAUGCCGGAAAAUACAUCCUUAAUCUCCAAAACAGCGCUGGCACUAAAUCUGCAUUUGUUUCUGUCAAAGUUCUGGACACUCCAGGAGCGCCCGUAAACCUCACCGUCAAAGACAUUAAACGGGAAAGUGUCACCCUGAGUUGGGAGCCCCCUCUUAUUGACGGUGGUGCAAGAAUAAAAAAUUACCUGGUUGAAAAGCGCGAGUCCAACAGGAAGGUUUACGCUAAUAUUGACAACAAGUGCACAAAGACCAGCUACCGAGUUACUGGCCUCACAGAGGGAAGUAUCUACUACUUCCGAGUCCUUGCCGAGAAUGAGUUUGGUGUAGGACUGCCAGCAGAGACAACAGACUCGGUUAAGGCCUCUGAGCCUCCUUUGUCCGUAGGUAAAGUCAUUGUAACCGAAGUUAGUAAAACAACUGCCUCACUGUCAUGGGAGAAACCGGUCCACGACGGAGGCAGCAGGAUUAUCGGCUACUAUAUUGAAAUGAAAACUAUGGACUCAGAGGAAUGGGUGGUGGUCACCACAACCAAGACCUGUGAAGGCACUGUCACAGGCCUCAGUGCUGGACAUGAAUAUCUUUUCAGAGUCUCUGCCUUCAAUGACAAAGGUAAGAGUGACCCGAGGCCUCUCGCUGCACCGGUCAUAGCCAAGGAUUUGACUAUGAUUCCCGGAUUCAGGAUGAGCUACAACACUUACAGUUUGCAAACUGGUGAAGAUUUGAAGAUUGAGAUUCCUGUGAUUGGGCGUCCGAUCCCAAAAGUGGAGUGGAAGAAAGAAGGACAGGCUCUUAAAGAGACAACUAGGUUAAAUGUAUGUGAUACACCCACAUCUACAAAGCUGUGCAUCAAGGAUGCCAAGCGUGAAGAUUCAGGAAAAUAUAUCGUCACAGCCACCAGCAACAUCGGAACUGCAACUGAAGAGAUUACAGUUAUCAUUCUUGAUAAACCGGGCCCGCCCACAGGUCCUGUGAAGAUUGAAGAAGUGAGCUCCAAUUAUAUGACGCUCUCCUGGGAACCACCAAUGUAUACUGGCGGCUGUCAGAUUAACAACUACAUUGUGGAGAAGAGAGACACUACCACAACAGCUUGGCAGAUUGUGUCUGCGACCAUAGCCAGGACAACCAUCAAGGUCAGCAACCUGAAGACUGGUAUGGAAUAUCAGUUCAGAGUGUCUGCUGAGAACAGAUAUGGAAAGAGUUCUGCUAUUGUCUCACCCCAAGUCAUUGCUCACUAUCCAUUCAAUGUGCCUGAUGCGCCAGUGACACCCACUGUAACUGCUGCAACCAAGGACAGCAUGGUUGUUGAGUGGAAGCCCCCAGUAAGCAAUGGUGGCAGUCCCAUUCUUGGUUACCAUCUGGAAAGGAAGGAGAGGAACAGCCUCUUGUGGACUCAACUCAGUAAGCUUCUCAUCCCCGAUGCACAUUUCAAGACCACAGAACUGGAGGAGGGCAUUGAGUAUGAAUUCAGGGUGUAUGCAGAAAACAUUGCAGGACUGAGUCCGGUUAGCAAGAUCUCAGAAAGCACAGUGGCUCGGGAUCCCUGCGACCCACCUGGUACUCCCGAGGCAAUUGAAAUAACACGGAACCAUGUAACACUCCGGUGGACCACACCCCCGUAUGACGGAGGCAGCGUUAUUACCGGCUAUUUGAUUGAAAGGAGGAAACACCCUGAUACCCGCUGGAUGAAGGCCAGCUUUACCAACAUCCUUGAAACCCAGUUCACCCUCACUGGUCUCACUGAGGACUGCAUUUAUGAGUUCAGAGUUGUCGCCAAAAACGCAGCUGGCAUAUCAAGCCAUCCCUCUCCAAGCACAGGAGAAAUAACUGCCAAAGACGAAAUUGAGGCCCCAGAAGCAACCAUGGAUUCCAAAUUCAAGGAUCUAACUGUUGUUCAUGCUGGUGAGACUUUCGUCAUUGAUGCCGACUACACCGGCAAGCCUCUGCCUGAGGUCAUCUGGUUGAAGGAUGGAAAGGAGAUUGACAAGACUACGCCAAGAAUGGAGAUAAAGACCACACUCACACGCACCGUCUUGACAGUGAAGGACUGCAUCCGAACGGACGGUGGACAUUUUGUUCUCAAACUAGUUAAUGUUGGAGGAGUCAAGAUGAUCCCAGUUAACGUUAAGGUUCUGGAUAGACCCGGCCCUCCGGAUGGGCCACUAGAAAUCAAAGGUGUCACGGCUGAAAAGUGUUAUCUGCAUUGGAACCAUCCCUCGCAGGACGGUGGAGCAGGUAUUUUACACUAUAUCAUUGAGAAAAGAGAGACCAGCCGGUUGUCGUGGACUAUGGUGGAGCCCAAGAUUCAAGCGAUCAGCUACAAAGUCACCAAACUGCUGCCCGGAAAUGAGUACAUCUUCAGAGUCACGGCUGUCAACAAAUAUGGUGUUGGUGAGCCGCUAGAGUCUGAGCCAGUUGUUGCACGCAAUCCAUUCACCACCCCAAGUGCUCCCUCCAUGCCAGAGGCCGGUGCAAUCACCAGAGACUCCAUCGUGCUCACCUGGGAAAGGCCAGAAAGCAACGGGGGAGCUGAGAUUGAAGGCUAUAUCCUUGAAAAACGCGACAAGGUUGGCAUCCGAUGGAGCAAAUGCAACAAGAAGAGGCUAACUGACCUGAGGUUCCGAUGCACUGGUCUCAUCGAGGGCCAUUCUUAUGAAUUCCGGGUUUCUGCUGAAAAUGCAGCUGGCAUGGGCACACCCAGUGCACCAACUCAGUACAUCAAGGCAUGUGAUGCGAUUUACACACCAGGACCUCCAAACAACCCCAAGGUCAUUGACCAUUCCAGCACAACUGUCUCCUUGACCUGGACUAGGCCUAUAUAUGACGGCGGAGCGCCCGUCAACGGUUACAUUGUUGAAAUGAAGGAGGCUGCACUGGAUGAAUGGGUCAUUUGCACCCCAUACACAGGUGUGCAGGCUACGAACUACACCGUGAAAAAUCUGAAGGAGAAUGCAGAGUACAAUUUCCGGAUCUGCGCCGUUAACUGCGAGGGUGUGGGCGAGCAUGUAGACCUGCCUGGCUGCGUGAUCGCGGCUGAGAAGGUGGAAGCUCCUGAAAUUGAACUUGACUGUGAUCUAAGAAAGAUGGUCAACGUUCGGGCCACAGCCUCCUUGCGUCUGUUUGUCACAAUCCGCGGGAAGCCUGAGCCUGAGGUCAGGUGGUCAAAGGCAGAUGGCACUCUGAAUGAGCGUGCCCAGAUUGAGGUGACAAGCUCCUACACCAUGUUAGUGAUUGAGAAUGUCGACCGAUUUGAUACCGGCAAAUAUAUACUGACACUGGAGAACAUGAGUGGCUCAAAAUCGGCCUUCAUUAACGUCCGAGUUCUAGACUCGCCUAGUGCCCCGACGAACCUCGAAGUGAAAGAUGUGAAAAGAAAUUCGGUUUCUCUCGCCUGGGAGCCUCCUCUCAUUGACGGCGGGGCCAAGAUAUCUCACUACAUUGUGGAGAAGAGAGAGCAGAAGAGGAUGGCAUUCACCAGUGUCAGUACUAAUUGUGUGAGGAACUCUUAUAUGAUCUCUGAUCUGGAGGAGGGAAGACGGUAUUACUUCCGUGUGCUGGCAGUAAAUGAACUUGGUGUGGGUCUGCCUGCCUCCACGGAACAAGUCAAAGUUUCUGAGGCUCCUUUGCCUCCUGGUAGAGUUCAGCUGGUGGACGUGACUCGUCACACUGUCACACUGUCCUGGGAGAAACCUGACCAUGAUGGUGGCAGCAAGAUUACAGGCUACAGUGUGGAGAUGCAGCCCUACGGAGAUGAAAAAUGGAGUUUGUGCAGUGAAGUUAAAGCACUGGAGGCCACAAUUGGAGGUCUCACAACAGAUGAAGAGUACUUUUUCAGGGUUAUCGCAGUGAAUGACAAGGGUAGGAGUGACCCCAAACCUCUAGCUGACCCCGUGAUUGUAAAGGAUAUCACGGUGCAACCCAUCGUCAACCUGCUGUUCAAUACGUACAGUGUUAAAGCAGGAGAUGACCUGAAGAUUGACAUUCCCUUCAAAGGCAGACCGCAGCCUGACGUGUCCUGGAAGAAGGAUGGCGAGGUGCUGAAGCAGACGACUCGAGUCAAUGUUCUCACCUCCAAGACCUCAUCUAAAAUCUUCAUCAAGGAUGCCACCAGGGAGGACGUAGGAAAGUAUGAGAUCACCCUUACUAGCGCAGUGGGCACCACGACAGGUGAAAUCUCAGUUAUCAUCCUGGACAAACCGGGCCCGCCCAGUAACAUUAAACUGGAUGAGGUGAGCGCUGACUUCAUCUCUCUGUCUUGGGAUGCUCCAACCUAUGACGGCGGAUGCCAGAUUAAUAAUUAUGUGGUGGAAAAGAGAGACACGACCACAAUCAAUUGGCAGAUUGUGUCUGCCACAGUUGCCAGAACCUCAAUUAAAGUGUCCCGUCUCACUCAGGGAACAGAGUACCAGUUCCGUAUUGCAGCUGAAAACCGAUAUGGGAAGAGUCAUGCUGUUGAUUCUGCUCCUGUUGUUGCUCAGUAUCCAUUCGAGCCUCCGGGCUCUCCAGUCAACAUUCGUGUUUCUCAUGCCAACAAGACUGGCAUGCUUGUUGUUUGGGACUGUCCAACCAGGGAUGGCGGAAGCCCCGUUAUUGGUUAUCACAUUGAAUGCAAAGACCAAAGCAGCAUCCUUUGGACUAAGGUGAACAGAGGUCUUCUGGCUGAGAGCCAGUUUAAGAUGACUGGCAUUGAUGAAGGCUUGCUCUAUCAAUUUAGAGUCUAUGCAGAGAACAUCGCUGGGAUUGGUCCAGGCUCUAAAGCCAGUGAGCCAGUGGCCGCAAGGGAUCCAUGUGAACCUCCUCGCAACCUUAGAGUCACCAACAUCACUAGGACCUCGGUCUCACUCUUCUGGGAGACGCCAGAACAUGAUGGUGGAACGAAGAUUACCGGCUACAUUGUUGAACGCAAAGAGGUUCCAAAUGGCCGCUGGCUGAAGUGUAACUUCACCAACCUCCAGGACACUUACUUCGAUGUCACAGGCCUCACUGAAGACGUCCAGUAUGACUUCCAUGUUAUCACUAAGAAUUCUGUUGAAAUGUUAAGUGUUCCUUCUGAGAGUACUGGACCUGUAACAGUCAAGGAUGAUGUAGAUCCACCCACAAUCAUCUUGGAAGAAAAGUUCAGACAGGUGGUUGUCAUUAAAGCAGGAGAAAUUAUUCAAAUUGAUGCUGAAACAACUGGGCGACCACUCCCUGUGGUGUCGUGGUCUAAAGAUGGAAAGGAGAUCGAGGCCAAGGCUAGGUGUGAAAUCAGCACCACCAACUUCACAACUACCCUGGUUGUAAGAGAUGCUAUCAGGAGGGACUCUGGCCAGUAUGUCCUGACUCUGCACAAUGUGGCAGGAACCAGGUCUGUGGCUAUCAACUGCAAGGUUCUGGAUAGGCCUGGACCUUCUUCGGGACCCCUGGCUGUGUCUGGCCUGACAGCAGAAAAAUGCACCUUGACCUGGGGACCUCCCCGGGAGAAUGGUGGGGCUGAUAUUAUGCAUUACAUUGUCGAAAAACGGGAGACUAGCCGACUGGCGUGGACUCUUGUCCACGGUGACAUGAAGGCCACCACCUGCAAAGUCACCAAGCUGCUCAAAGGAAAUGAGUACAUUUUCAGAGUUAGAGGAGUCAACAAAUACGGGGACGGCGAGGCCCUUGAAAGUGAGCCAACAAAGGCCAUCGAUCCAUUCACAGUACCCGCUGCUCCCACUAACGUCCAGGUUACCUCUGUUACGAGCGAGGCAAUGACCAUCUGCUGGGAAAGACCAGUCUUUGAUGGUGGAAGCAGCAUCUCUGGCUAUGUCAUCGAAAAGAGAGAGAAGACCGGCCUUCGCUGGUGCCGUGUUAACAAGAAAGCGGUUUAUGACCUCAGAGUCAAAGCGUCACACCUUCGGGACGGCUGUGAGUAUGAAUACAGAGUGUUCGCAGAGAAUGCUGCCGGCCUCAGCGCUCCCAGCAUUGCCUGUCCACUCACCAAGGCGGAAGAUCCCCAGUUCUUGCCUUCACCACCCGCUAAGCCUAAGAUAAUUGACUCGACAAAGACCACCAUCACCCUGUCAUGGAACAAACCUCUAUUUGAUGGUGGUGCACCUGUGACCGGUUACAGAGUGGAAUACAGAAAUACUUUGGAUGACGAAUGGACAGUCGGGGUCCAGAACACCAAGAAUACAGAGUUCACAGUGGUGGGACUGACACCUGGUGCAGAGUACAUGUUUGUGGUCAAGUCCAUCAACAAGAUUGGAGUCAGCGAGUCCAGUCCGGAGUCGGAAAAACAACUGGCCAAGGAACGAGAGGAAGAGCCCGUUUUUGACAUUAGCAAUGACAUGAGAAAAACUCUGAUUGUGAAGGAUGGCAGCUCGUUCACCAUGACAGUGCCCUUCAGAGGCAAACCCAUCCCCAAUGUAACUUGGAGCAAGCCAGAUGUUGACCUAAGGGUCCGUGCUGUCAUUGACACCACGGAGACCUUCACCUCAAUCACCUUAGAGAAAGCAACUCGCAAUGACUCUGGAAAAUACACAAUCACCUUGUCCAGUGUGGCUGGUACUGCUUCAUUGACCCUCAAUGUCAGAGUCCUGGAUUCUCCUGGACCUCCGACUUGUGUCUUGGUCAAGGAUGUGACCAAGAACUCAGCGACUGUGACAUGGGACACUCCAGAGAACGAAGGAGGAGGACCCGUAAAAAACUAUCUAGUGGAUAUUCGUGAGGCCAGUAAGAAGGGCUGGACUCAGUUGACUGACACAUGCCAUAGGCUGACGUACAAGGUGUCAGACUUGGAGGAGGGUGGAGUGUACUACUUCAGAGUGACCGGUGAGAACGAGUAUGGCAUAGGAGUUCCUGGUGAGACCAAAGAAGGAACCAAGAUCUCAGAAAAACCAAGCCCACCAGCGAAACUUGGUGUGACUGAUGUGACAAAGGAGAGCGUAACCCUGGCCUGGGUCAAACCAGAGCAGACAGGAGGCAGCAGAAUCACUGGAUACUUGGUGGAAGCAUUGGAGAAAGGACAGGAGAACUGGGUCAAGUGCGCCGUAACCAAGUCCUUGCAAUACACAGUGUCUGGCCUAAGAGAGAACACAGAGUACUUCUUCAGAGCCCGAGCAGAGAACCACGCUGGAUUCAGUGAUGUCAAAGAAAUGGUCACCCCAGUGUUGGUCAAGGACCAGCAUGAAUCUCCUGAGGUCGUAAUGAAGGACUUCCCCAACAACACAGUCUAUGUCAGAGCUGGUUCCACCCUCAAAUGUGAGAUUCCGUUGAUUGGCAGGCCACUGCCUAAGGUGUCUCUGUCCAAGGACAGUGUGCUCCUUAAGUCAACGAUGAGGUUCAACUCCGAGGUCACUCCUGACAGCAUCAAGCUCACACUGCGUGAGAGUAUCGCUGGAGACUCAGGACGUUACGAUAUCCUUGCUUCCAACUCGAGUGGCACCACCAAGUCAUUUGUCAACAUUGUGGUUCUGGACAGGCCUAGUGUUCCACUGGGACCCGUGGAGCUGUUUGACAUCACAGAGGAUAGCGUGAGCCUGAAGUGGCUCCCGCCGGCUUAUGAUGGUGGCAGCCCCAUCACAAACUACAUAAUCCAGAAGAGGGAGACGACCACGGCCAGCUGGAUGGAUGUCUCCUCUGCUGUGGCUCGCUGCACCAUCAAGAUUCAGAAGCUUACAACUGGCCUGCAGUACCAAUUCAGGAUCAGAGCUGAGAACAGAUAUGGAAUCAGCGAGCACAUUGACUCGCCAAUUGUCGCUGUCAGCCUUCCUUACACCUUGCCUGAAGCACCCUCGACUCCAGAGAUCACUGCCGUGACCAGGGAGACCAUCACCGUGGCCUGGAAGGAGCCCAAGUCAGAUGGAGGCAGCCACGUCUUUGGCUACCAUCUUCAGAUGAAAGAUAGGAACAGCAUCCUGUGGCAAAAAGUCAACAGAAUGAUAAUCCGGGCCACACACUUUAAGGUCACAAGCAUCCAUGCCGGACUCAUUUAUGAGUUCAAGGUGGCAGCAGAGAACGCUGCUGGGAUCAGUGAGUUCAGCAAGGUUUCUGAUGCAGUGCUGGCAAUUGACGCCUGUGAACCACCCACUAAUCUGCGGAUCAGUGACAUCACCAAGAACUCAAUCAGCCUAGCCUGGCAGGUGCCUAACUAUGAUGGGGGAUCUCAGAUUACAGGCUACUUGGUAGAGAAGAGAGAAGGAGUCAACUGCAAAUGGUCCAAGGCAAACCUAACAAAUAUCAAAGACACACGUUACACUGUGACUAGCCUGACUCAGGAUCAGACCUACGAGUUCAGAGUAAUGGCUAAGAACGCAGUAGGGUCAGUGAGCAAUCCUUCUAUGACAGCCGGACCUGCCACAUGCGUUGACACUUUUGGUGCGCCAGUGAUUGAAAUACCUGCUGAGUACUUGAACGAGGUGAAACACAGGUCAAGCUCAGAUGUUGAACUCAAGUUUAACAUCAUUGGCAAGCCUGCUCCCACCGUUGAGUGGCUGAAGGAUGAAAGAGAACUCAAACCCAGUGCCCAACUCUCCUUUAAACAUACCUUUGAGUCCACAAGUUUGUUCCUGAGGGAAACAACACGCCUGAACUCUGGUACCUAUGAGGUCAAGGUGAAGAACUCCCUGGGAUCAGCCUGUGCAGUUGUCAGAUUGCUCAUCCAAGACAGGCCAGGCCCCCCUGCCGGCGAGAUCCAGUUUAAGAAGGUUACCGCUAACAACAUCACCAUCAUGUGGUCUCCUCCUUCUGACGAGGGCGGUGCUAUGGUCACACACUACAUCGUGGAAAAGAGGGAGACCAGCAGAGUCAUGUGGUCCAUCAUCUCAGAGAAACUCAUCGACUGCAUCGUUAACGUGCCCAGACUCAUCCAUGGCAAUGAAUACAUCUUCAGAGUCCGAGGUAUCAACAAGUAUGGCAUCGGCGACCCUCUGGAGUCGGAGCCAAUUAUCGCCAAGAACGCUUUUGUUCCUCCUAGCGAGCCAUCGAAGCCUCAAGUUUCCAUGAUCACCAAGUCAACCAUGACAGUGAUUUGGGAGAGACCAGCUCUGGAUGGAGGCAGCGACAUUGAUGGUUAUUACCUGGAGAAGAGGGAAAAGAAGAGUCUACAGUGGUUCAAGGUGGUGAAAGGCACAAUAAGAGACACGAGGCAGAAGGUCACCAGCCUUGUGGAGAACAACGAGUACCAGUACCGAGUAUGUGCUGUCAACAAGGCUGGAGCAGGAAACUACUCUGAGGCCUCGGAAUUGUACAAGGCCUAUGAUCCUAUUGAUCUUCCUGGGGAACCGACCAAAUUGCAUGUGGUGGACUCCACAAAGACCUCCAUCACUCUUGGAUGGGAGAAACCUGUAUAUGAUGGUGGCAGCAAGAUCACACACUAUCUCCUUGAGCAAAUGAACACAGAAGAGCGAGAAUGGGCAACGGUAAACCCGCAGGUUAAGACCUGCGAGUAUGUGGUCUCUCACCUCAAACCAGCAACCUACUACUUCUUCAGAGUCUCCGCUAUCAACUGCAAAGGCAAAGGAGAGGAUAUCAAGAUGUACCAGCCUGUGCAAGCCAAGGAUAUAUUGGAGGAGGCCGACUUGGACCUGGACGUUCCCAUGGCCACCCAUUAUACUGCCCGGUCGGGGCGUGAUGUGGAGGUGUUUAUUCCCCUGAAGGGCCGUCCAACCCCCGGCGUCACCUGGCGCCGUGGUGACCGCAACAUUGCCGCCGACACCCGCUACACCAUCACCAGCACCGAGCGUGCCACCAAUCUUUUCAUCCCCAAGGUCACCCGCGACGAUUGCGGAAAGUACCUGCUGGAGAUUGAAAAUGGUGUGGGAGAGCCCAAAAUCGUAACUGUUUCCCUGAAGGUUCUGGACAGUCCCUCCACCUGCCAAAAUUUGAUGAUUAAGAAUGUGACCAGAGGAAAAUUGACACUGAGUUGGGAGGCUCCUCUUAUUGAUGGCGGUUCCCCAGUCACUAAAUACAUUGUUGAGAAGAAGGGUUCCACCAUGAAAGCAUACCAGAUGAUCACAGAUGAGUGCACCAAUACAAGCUACAAGGUGUCAGGCCUGGAGGAGGACAUCGCUUACUUCUUCCGCGUGUCUGCUGAAAAUGAGUUUGGUGUGGGGGACACCUGCGAGACCUCGGAGCCUGUCAGAGCCACAGAGACACCCGGAGCAGUUAAAGACCUAGUCAUGCUUGACUCGACAAAGACGUCUGUCACCCUUCAGUGGACCAAACCCGACCAUGACGGCGGCAGCCACAUCUCUGAGUACGUCAUUGAGAAGAGAAAUGAAAACAACGUUAGCUGGACUUUUGCUACAACUUGUAGGCGCUGCACAUGUGAGGUAACGGGGCUGCAGGAGGAUUCUGAGAUGAACUUCAGAGUCUAUGCAAAAAAUGAGAAGGGCAUCAGUGACUUCUCUGAGAUUGGCCCAAUCACGGUGAUUGACUUCAUCAUCUCACCCGAGGCCUGCCUAAGUGAUUACCCUAACGGAGAGCUGGCUGUUCGUGUCGGUCAGAACAUCCAUAUCGAGCUCCCCUUCAAGGGAAAACCCAGGCCUGCCAUCAGUUGGCUGAAAGACAAUUUGCCUCUUAAGGAAAGCGAGAAGAUCCGCUUCAGGACCACUGACAACAAGACAGCAGUAACAGUCAGAGGUGCCAAGAAGGAGCAUGCAGGCCAGUACACCUUGGUUCUGGAUAACAGAGCUGUAAAGAACUACUUUGACAUUGAUGUGAUGAUUCUCGGCCCCCCCUCUAUGCCCACUGGCCCCAUCCGCUUUGAUGAGAUCAAAGCCCAGCAUAUUAUAAUCUCUUGGAAUGAGCCCAAAGAGAAUGGCGGCGGCGAGAUUACCUGCUACAGUGUGGAGAAGCGGGAGACUUCCCAGGCCAACUGGAAGAUGGUCUGCUCCAGCGUGGUCAGAACAUCCUUCAAGAUACCUAACUUGGUCAAGGGAACUGUUUACCAGUUCAGAGUCCGUGCAGAGAACAAGUAUGGGGUCAGUGAACCACUCAACUCUACAGAAAUCCUUGCACAGCAUCAGUACAAACCUCCAGGUGCUCCUGGAAAGCCAGUGGCCUACAACGUCACCAGUGAUGGAAUGACCAUUCGGUGGGAAGCUCCAGGUUUUGAUGGAGGAUCAACAAUUCUUGGCUACCACAUUGAGAAAAAGGACAGGAAUAGUCUCCUGUGGCAGAAAGUAAACUCCACCAUCAUCUCUAACAAAGAGUACAGGAUCAUCGGUCUCUUAGAGGGUCUAGAGUACUCUUUCAGAGUCUCUGCAGAAAACAACGCCGGACUCAGCCCUGUUAGCGAACAGAGCAAACACGCACUCGCUAUCUCCCCUGUUGAUCCACCUGGCACCCCCGUCUGCAUCGAUGUGACGAGAGACUCUGUCACUUUGAGAUGGGACAUCCCCAAGCGGGACGGAGGUAGCAAGAUUGUGGCCUAUAGUGUGGAGAGACGCCAAGGCAGAGGGAAAUGGCUGCGCUGCAACUUCACUGACAUCAGUGAGACCCAGUUUACUGUGACUGGUCUGUCCGCCGGAGACAGAUUUGAGUUUAGAGUGAUCGCCCGGAAUGCUGUGGGAACUGUCAGCCCCCCGUCCAACUCCUCUGGAUACAUAAUGACCAAGGAUGAGAGCAUCUCUCCUGAGAUCGAAUGGUCCCCAGACCAGGUGCUGACGCUGAGAGCUGGAGAGAAUGUCCAGCUUAGCUGCAACAUCACCGGUCGUCCAGUACCGCAAGUUACAUGGUACAAGGACGGAAACGAGAUCGACAAGAGGACCAUGAUGGACAUCGAGAUCACAGCAGGUAUUGGUACAAGCAGCCUGUUCAUUUGCGAUGCAAACAGGAACCACCGGGGCAUCUACACGGUGGAGGCCAAGAACAGCUCUGGUGCCAAGAAAGCUGACGUCAAUGUCAGAGUACAAGAUACUCCUGGACCGGUCAAGGGUCCCAUCCGUUUUACCGGGAUCACGGCUGAAAAGUGCUCAGUGUGGUGGAACCCACCGGAGAAUGACGGUUGCGCCGCCAUCACCCACUAUGUUGUGGAGAAGAGGGAGACGUCUAGGCUUUCCUGGGCUUUGGUCACCUCCAAGUGUGAAGCCUGCUCAUUCAGUGCCACCAACCUCAUCAAGGGCAAUGAGUACCAGUUCAGAAUCUCUGCUGUCAACAAGUUUGGUGAUGGCAAACCACUGGACUCUGUUCCCGUCAUUGCACAGAUGCAAUACACUGUGCCGGAGGCCCCUGGUACCCCUGAUUCUACACAUGUGACCGGCAACAGCAUCACCCUGUGCUGGAGCAGGCCGAGGUCAGACGGCGGGAACGAGAUCAAGCACUACAUCUUGGAGAGACGUGAGAAGAAGAGUCUGCGCUGGGUGAAGGUCUCUGCAAAGAGGCCUAUCACAGAGCUCAGGCACAGAGUCACCAACCUGACCGAGGGCAAUGAGUAUGAGUUCCGUGUCAUGGCGGAGAACGGCGCUGGUGUCGGACCAGCUAGUGGCACUUCGAGGCUCUUCAAAUGCAGAGAGCCAACCAGUGCUCCCAGUGUCCCCACAGUAAUCAAGGUUAUUGACUCCACCAAAUCCUCUGUCACCCUGGAAUGGACCAAGCCAGUCUUUGACGGCGGCCUACCGAUCAUUGGCUACAAUAUCGAUAUGUGCAAGGCCAAUCUUGAAGAGUGGCAUAGAGUAAAUAGCCAGAUUUGCAUCCACACCCGGUACACUGUCAAGGCCCUGGUUCCCGGUGAGCUCUACAAGUUUAGGGUCAGCGCUGUGAACGGGUCUGGGGAAGGGGAAUCCACAGUGAUCCCCAAUGCCGUGCAGGCUCUAGAUAGGCUAACAUCUCCCGAGUUCGACAUUGAUGCCAACUUCAAGCAGACACAUACCGUGAAAAAUGGCGGCACCGUCUCCCUUUACGUGGCCUUCCGAGGCAAACCAACUCCUCUGGCCACCUGGUCCCGAGUAGACAGUGAGCUGCCGGUGAUGGCCGAUAUUAACAGCACAGAUUCCAACUCAACUCUGACCAUCGAGGGCUGCACGCGCUAUGAGGCUGGCAAGUACACACUCUCCCUGGAAAACAACAGCGGACGCAAGUCCAUUACAUUUACCGUCAAAGUGCUGGACACACCCGGACCUCCAGGCGCCUUCACCUUCAAGGACGUCACACGUGGAGCAUUAACCAUGAUGUGGGAUGCCCCGAGCAAUGACGGAGGAUCACGGAUCCAACACUAUAUCGUGGACAAGCGCGAGGCCAGCCGCCUGACGUGGCAAGAAGUCACCACCAAGUGCUCUCGCCAGAUGAUCAGAGUAACCGGCCUGGACAUCGGUGUGUCUUAUCUCUUCAGAGUGAUUGCUGUUAACCAGUACGGCAAGGGAGAGCCUCACGAGAUGACAGACCCCAUCAUGGCGACAGAAGAACCCGCUCCACCUAAGAGAGUAGAUGUUGUUGACACCAGCAGUUCCACAGCCUCGCUGGUCUGGCUUAAGCCUGAACAUGACGGUGGCAGCCACAUCAGAGGGUACACAGUGGAGUUCAGAGCUGAGGACAAACAGUUCUGGUCUGUCGCUGGGGAGACCAAGUCCCUAAAGAUGCUGGUGGAGGGUCUGAUUGAGAACACAGAGUAUGAAUUCAGAGUCAAGGCCAAGAACGACGCUGGCAUCAGCGAGCCUCAGGCCACUUUAACCUCUGUGCUUAUCAAAGAGCCUCGCAUUGAACCCACCGCCGACCUCAGCAGCAUCACCAACCAGCUCAUAAUCUGCAAGACUUCAAAUACCUUCACGAUUGACAUCCCCAUUAGCGGCAGGCCAGCACCAAAAGUCACCUGGAAGCUGGAAGAGAUGAAAUUAAAGGAGACGGACAGAGUUUCCAUCAAGACCACCACAGAGCGAACCACUCUGAUAGUGAAAGACAGCAAGAGAAGCGACAGUGGAAAAUACUACCUGAGCCUAGAUAAUGCUGCUGGAGUUAAAACCUUCACCGUGACUGUGAUGGUGCUUGGAAGACCCAGCCCUCCCAGAGGACCCAUAGAUGUCUCAGGUGUCUCCUCUGACUCCUGCUCACUAUCCUGGUUUGAGCCAUCUGACGACGGCGGCACCGAAAUCAGCAAUUAUAUUGUUGAGAAGCGCGAGUCUGGCUCGGCCUCCUGGCAAGUGGUCAACUCCAGUGUGAAGAGAACUACCAUCAAGGUUACUCAUCUGACCAAGUAUAUGGAGUACACGUUCAGAGUGUGCGCCGAGAACAAGUUUGGAGUCAGCAAGUCCAUCGAGUCCGCUCCUGUGGUUAUUGAACAUCCUUUUGUUCCUCCAAGUCCUCCAAGCCGUCCAGAUGUGGUGAACGUGUCUGCCAAUUCCAUCAGCAUCAAAUGGGAUGUUCCCUAUGCUGAUGGUGGCAGCAUGGUGACUGGUUACUGGAUUGAGAAGAAAGAGCGCAAUACAAUUCUCUGGGUAAGGGAGAACAAACUGCCCUGUCUGGACUGUCACUACAAGGUGUCCAGCCUGAUUGAGGGACUGGAGUACCAGUUUAGAGUCUACGCCAUGAAUGUCGCCGGAAUUAGCAAGGCCAGUGAGGCCUCUAGACCAGUGGUGGCGCUCAACCCCGUCGAUCCUCCCGGUCACCCUCAGGUGACAGACAUCACUCGCUCCUCCGUGUCGUUGUGCUGGACUGUGCCAGUCAAUGACGGCGGCAGCAAGAUAGUUGGCUACGUGGUGGAGAGAAAAGUCUACAGUACUGACGAGUGGGAUGACAACCGGUGGCUGAAGUGCAACUACACCACCAUCACGGAGAACUACUUCACUGUCACCAACCUCGGGGAGGGAGAAACCUUCGAAUAUCACAUCAUUGCCAAGAAUGCUGCCGGGGUCCACAGUGCGCCUUCCGUAUCCACCGGGCCUGUGACCUGCAAGGAUGAAUACUCUCCUCCCAGAGCAGAGUUGGACAGCAAACUAAUUGGUGAGACCAUUAUUGUCACCGCCGGCUCUGACCUUGUCCUGGAUGGUGCAGUGGGAGGCAAACCAGAACCCACCGUUUACUGGUCCAAGGCCGAAAAGAUUCUAGAGCUGGGCGAGAAGUACUCACUGACCUACACGAGUACAAGAGCAAUGGCUGUCAUCAAGAACUGUGACAGAUUUGACACCGGCAGAUACAUCCUGACCGUCAAGAACAUCAAUGGAAUCAAGACAGCUACCGUCAGCGUUAAAGUCCUAGACACUCCUGGGCCUCCAGCUGAUAAGAUCGUGAUUAGCAGAGUGACAGAGGAGAAGUGCACGGUGUCCUGGAAGAUCCCCCUGGAGGACGGUGGCGACAUAGUCAGCCAUUAUAUCGUGGAGCGCCGUGAGACCAGUCGCCUCAACUGGAUCAUUAUGGAGACCGAGUGCAAGAGCUUGUCGUGUGUCAUUACCCGGCUGAUCAAGGGCAAUGAGUACAUCUUCCGAGUGCGGGGAGUCAACAAGUAUGGACCUGGUGUUCCACUGGAAUCUGAUCCGGUCAUCGCCAGGAACGCUUAUACCUUGCCGUCCCCACCGGGCGCACCAGAGGUCACAGCAGUGGGCAAGGAACACGUCAUCAUCGAGUGGUUGAAGCCAGAAAGUGACGGAGGCAGCGAGAUCAAAACCUACUUUGUAGACAAACGUGAGAAGAAUAGCACCAGGUGGACACGGGUCAAUAAGACAUACACCAUCUAUGACACACGUCUGAAGAUCACAGGCCUGCUGGAAGGAAGCGAAUAUCAAUUCAGAGUGACAGCCGUCAAUGCGGCAGGAGACAGUCAGCCCAGUGAUGCCUCACCAUAUAUCCUCCUCAAAGAUCCCACCUACACCCCAGCUCCCCCGUCAGUGCCUCGCAUCACAGACACAACCAAGCACAGCAUUAGUAUGACUUGGACCAGGCCCAUGUAUGACGGCGGCUCAGAUGUCACCGGCUACGUGGUGGAAAUACUGGAGGAUGGUUCUGACCAGUGGUAUCGCGCCACCACCAAGGCUCUCAAGACUAACGAGUACCUGGCCGGCGGCCUGGUCGCCAAUAAAAAAUACAGAUUCAGGGUGGCAGCUGUCAACAACAACGGCACUGGAGAGUUCAGCGAACCCAGCGCUGAGAUCGAGCCCCUGGAGAGAAUUGAAAUGCCCGACCUGGAACUGGACGACGACCUGAAGAAGACUGUUUGUCUUCGUGCUGGAGGAACCUUGCGACUCUUUGUCACCGUUGGUGGACGCCCGACGCCAGUGGUGUCCUGGAGGAAAACAGAGGUGGAACUGCAGAGUCGCGGUUUCAUCGAGACCACCGACAGCUACACCAUGCUGAUUGUGGAGAAGGUUGACCGUUAUGACUCUGGAAAAUAUGUUGUGGAGGCGGAGAACCCGUCAGGCAAGAAGUCUGCAACCAUCCUGGUCAAAGUCUAUGACACUCCUGGUCCUCCAGGAUCUGUGAAAGUGAAGGACUAUACCAAGGAAUCUGUUGUCAUCACCUGGGACGUCCCGAGUAUUGAUGGGGGCGCCCAUGUCUGCAACUACAUCGUGGAGAAACGUGAAGCCAGCAUGAAGUCUUACAAGACUGUCACCACAGAGUGUAGAAAGACCCUGUUCAGGAUCACUGGCCUGGAGGAGGGUGCGCACUACUUCUUUAGAGUUCUGCCGGAGAACAUCUAUGGUGUUGGUGAGCCCUGCGAGACAGCUGAGGCUGUGCUGGUGUGCGAAGUACCAUCAGUGCCUCUGAGCCUCCAGAUUGUCGAUGUCACAAAGUCCUCAGUCACUCUGCGCUGGGAGAAACCUAUGUAUGAAGGCGGUAGCAGGCUGACGGGCUUCAUUAUUGAAGCCUGCAGGGUGUCUACAGACAGGUGGACCACCGUGGCCACUGUCAAGGCCUCAAUUUACCAGUACACCAUCCAGUUUCUGACAGAGUACGACCAGUACUUUUUCAGGAUCCGAGCCUGUAACAGCAGAGGAACCAGUGAGACCAUGGACAUCAUCAACCCUGUCACCAUCCAGGAAAUUAAAGUGAUGCCAAAGAUCGACAUAACCAGCAUUCCUCAGAAGAUCGUCCAUGUCCCCCGCGGUAAACCCAUUGACCUCAACUUGCCAAUUAUGGCCAAACCACCGCCCAUCUGCUCCUGGUUCUUUGGCGGUGUCCAGCUGAAGGACAGCCUUGAGCGCAUCAAAAUCGAAAGCAAUGGCAAUUACAGCCAUCUCGUAAUCCGCGAGACCACCAUUAACGACACAGGAGACUACAUGCUAGAGGUCAAAAACGCCAUUGGUGUGGCAACUGAAGUAUUUAAAAUCAUCAUACUUGACAAACCCGGCAUACCAGUCGGCCCCAUGAAGAUCGUGGAGGUUGACGGCUUAUCAGUGACCGUUAGCUGGGAACCUCCAGAGAAGGAUGGCGGUGCUAACAUCAGCGGCUAUGUAGUUGAACAGCGCGAUGCUCACCGUCCUGGCUGGAUCACCAUCUCAGAAUCGGUGACCCGACCAUGCUUCAAGUUUACCAGACUCUCUGAGGGAACUGAGUAUGUGUUCCGUGUUGCCGCCAUGAACCGCUUCGGUGUUGGUUGCUUCCUACAGUCGGAAGUGGUGGAAUGCAAGAGCGCCGAGAGCAUUCCUGGACCUCCAAGCAGACCAGAUGUGCUUGAUGUCACUCACGAGGGCAUGACCCUGACCUGGCUUCCACCAGAAGACAAUGGUGGCUCUACCAUUGCUGGCUAUAUCAUUGAGCGCAAGGAGCCGCGUUCGGACAGAUGGCUGAGGAUCAACAAGAACCCGGUCACCAUGACCAGGUAUCGCUCUUCUGGUCUGAUUGAAGGCCUGGAGUACGAAUACCGCAUCACUGCCAUUAACUCCAGAGGAACAGGAAAACCGAGCGAGACCUCUGCCAUCACUGUUGCCAUUGACCCCAUAGCGCCACCAGGUCCUCCGGUUAAGCCCAAAGUCAUAGACACUACCAGAACCUCUGUGUCUCUGGCCUGGUUGCCUCCUGAAGAGGAAGGCGGCUCCGUGGUCAGCGGUUACCUGGUUGAGAUGCAGAAGGUGGACCAGGUGGAGUGGACCUUGUGCAACACCACACCCACCAAAAUGCGCGAGUACACCCUCACUCACAUGCCCCAGGGUGCUGAGUACAAGUUCAGAGUCAUCGCCUGCAAUGCUGGUGGCACUGGAGAGCCGGCAGAGAUUCCUGGGGUGGUCAAAGUCCAGGAGAUGCUCAAUUAUCCUGAAUACAAGCUAGAUAGUAGAUAUGAGGAGGGCUACGUUGUGCGGCAAGGAGGAGUCAUUUGCCUGUCCGUCCGUAUCAGUGGUAAACCCAUCCCUACAUGCAAGUGGACCAAAGAUGGACGUGACAUCUCCCACCGGGCAAUGAUCGCCACCAAUGAUGACAUAACAGAGCUCGUCAUCAAAGAGGCUCACAAGGACGACACGGGUACUUAUGACUUGGUGUUGGAGAACAAAUGUGGCAGGAAAGCCGUGUACAUCAAGGUGAAGGUAAUGGGACGUCCCGAUGUCCCGGAGGGCCCUCUGGAGUUUGACGACAUUCAAGCCAGAUCAGUUCGGGUCAGUUGGAGACCUCCGUCCGACGACGGAGGCUCUGACUUACUGGGAUACAUUGUGGAGAGGCGAGAAGUCCCCAAGGCUGCUUGGUACACGGUGGACACCCGGGUCACAGAGAACUCUCUGGUGGUCAAAGGCCUAAAAGAGAAUGUGCAGUACCACUUCAGGAUCUCUGCUGAGAACCAGUUUGGUGUCAGCCGGUCUCUGAAGUCUGAGGAGGCUGUCACAGCAAAGACACCUCUCUGCCCACCAGAACCCCCAAGCAAUCCUCCAGAGAUUAUGGACGUGGCCAAGUCCUCAGUGUCUCUGUCCUGGGCCCGGCCCCGGGACGACGGCGGCUCCCGUGUGACAGGAUACUUUGUUGAGAGGAGGGAGGUUUCCACAGAGAAGUGGGUCCGCCACAACAAGACUCACAUCACGACCACCAUGUACAACAUCACCGGCCUCAUCCCCGAUGCAGAGUAUAUGUUCAGAAUUGUGGCUCAAAAUGAUGUCGGACAGAGUGAACCGGGCCCCGUCUCCGAGUCGGUGGUCUGCAAAGAGCCAUUCGACAAACCAAGCCAACCGGGAGAGAUCGACAUCAUAUCUGUCACCAAAGACUGCAUAACCAUUCACUGGUUGCGGCCCGACUUUGAUGGGGGCAAGGAGAUCUUGGGUUACUGGAUUGAGUUUAGGCAGGCUGGUGAAAGUGCCUGGAAGAAGUGCAACAAAGAGCGUUCCAAGGACCGUCAGCUCACCAUGGGUGGCCUGAUAGAGGCCACAGAGUAUGAGUUCAGAGUCUUAGCUGAGAACGAAGCCGGACUCAGCAGGCCUAGGCGCACCCCCAUGGGCAUCAAGACCAAGUUGAGCGUUGGCGAGGCUCCGGCUUUGAAGGAAGACAUCCAAGAUGUCACAAUCAAGCUUGGAGAAUCAGGCACGCUUUCCUGCGGCAUCAUCGGCAGACCUCUGCCUGAGAUCAAGUGGUACCGCUAUGGCAAAGAACUGAUCCAGAGUCGGAAGUACAAGAUGAGCUCGGAUGGCCGCAACCACUCCCUCAGCAUCCUGACAGACGACCAGGAGGACGAGGGUCUGUACACCUGCAGGGCCAUCAACGAAGCUGGGGAGAUCGAGACCAGUGGUAAACUGCGGCUAGAGGCAGCACCUCAGCUGCACCCCGGCUUCCCUCUAAAGGAGAAGUAUUACGCCGGAGCUGGCACCAGCCUCCGCCUCCACGUGGUCUACAUCGGACGUCCCAUUCCACAGAUUAUGUGGUUCUAUGACAAGAAGCCUCUGAACUCGUCCGAGAAAGUUAUUAUUGAGAACACAGAGAGCUAUACCCACCUGGUGGUGAGGAAUGUCCAGAGGAAGACCAACGCUGGCCGUUACAAGGUGCAGCUGAGCAACAAGUUUGGAACCGUCGACACUGUUUUGCGGGUUGAGAUCCAAGAUAAGCCAUGUAUCCCAGAGGGCCCAGUGGUGGUUGAAGCUCUGUUGAAGAGCUCUGUCAUUAUCAGCUGGAAGGCUCCCAAAGACGACGGCGGCUCCAUGAUCACAAACUACAUUGUGGAGAAACGCAUGGCCAAAGAGGGAGAAGUGUGGAACCUCGUGUCCUCUUCUAUCUCUGGCACCACGUGUCGUGUACCCAACCUCGUGGAGAGUGCCGGAUAUUACUUCCAAGUUUCUGCUCAGAAUCAGUAUGGUGUCAGCGAGCCUCUUGAGAUCCCCUCAGUGGUGAUCAUCAAGAGUCCAUUCGAAAAACCUGGCAUACCACAGCAGCCUUUCAUUGUCAGCUCCUCCAAGGACUCAUGUGUUGUCUGCUGGAAGCCACCAAGCAGUGACGGUGGAGCUAAAGUCUCCGCCUACUAUCUGGAGAAACGCGAGAAGAAGCAGAACAAGUGGAUGUCAGUCACCAGUAAGAAGAUUGUGGAGACCAGCUACGAGGUCACAGGCCUAAUUGAGGGCUUUGAGUACGAGUUCCGUGUCAAGUGUGAGAAUGUGGGCGGAGAGAGCGACUGGAGCGAAAUCUCAGAGCCCAUCGUGCCCAAGUCCGACCAGUCUCUGCGUGCUCCUGGAUUCAGGGAGGAGAUCAGGGCCAUAACUGUCAAAUACCAUGCCAAUGCUACCUUUGUUACCAAGGUGGUGGGACAUCCCAAGCCUGUGGUGAAAUGGUACAGAAGUGGAAAGGAGAUCCAGGCCGACGGAACCAAGAUUAAAGUCCAGGAGUUCAAGGGUGGUUACUACCAGCUGGUCAUUACUGCUGCUGAUGAGACUGACGCCACAGUCUAUCAAGUUAGAGCGACCAACUCUGGAGGAUCCAUCUCCACCACUGCAAACCUGGAAGUGGAAGUUCCUGCCAAGAUUCACUUGCCAAAGGAUCUCCAGGGGAUGGGAGCAGUCCACGCUGUUCGGGGUGACCAUAUCACCAUCAAGAUCCCCAUCUCUGGCAAGCCCGAACCAGCAAUUACCUGGCAGAAGGGUCAGGAGAUCCUCUCCAACUCUGCUUAUCACCAGAUUAUCACCACUCGCUCUUUCACAUCACUGGUCUUCCAGAAGGGAGUACAGCAAAAGGACACAGGCUACUACAGCAUCACUGCCAAAAACAGGUUCGGAAUGGACAAACAGACCAUUGAGGUGAGCAUAGCUGACAUUCCUGAAGCUCCCAAAGGACUGGUGGUCAGCGACAUCUCCCGUGAUUCCAUUACCCUGACCUGGGAGCCCCCUGCCAGGGAUGGCGGAAGUGAAAUCAUCAGCUAUAUUGUGGAGAAAUGCCCCACCUCGGCUGACAGGUGGAUUCGUGCUGGACAGACUACCGACUGCAGCCUCACCAUCCUCAACAUCUUUGGCCAGGCAAAAUAUCAGUUCCGCAUUAUUGCAGAGAACCAGUUUGGCCUGAGUCCUCCCUCUGCACCAACGGAACCCAUCACAACAAAGGUGGACAAGUCCGUGAUUAGGAACUAUGAUGAGGAAGUAGAUGAGACCAGAGAGAUCACCAAAGGAGAGGCACAGUCCUUAAAGAUCAAGGAUCUGUACUCCAAGUACACUAUUUCUGAAGAGCUUGCUCGUUGUCAAUUUGGAGUGGUCCACCGUUGUGUGGAGAUCGCUACCAAGAAGACCUUCAUGGCCAAGUUCAUCAAGGUCAAAGGAACUGACCGUGAACUGGUUCUUAGGGAAAUCGAGGCCUUGAACAUAGCAAGGCAUAAGAACAUUAUAUACCUACACGAAUAUUUUGAAAGUAUGGAGGAGAUCAUCCUCAUCUUUGAGUUUAUUUCUGGAGUUGACAUCUUUGAGCGCCUUGGAACAAGCAACUUUGAGCUCACGGAGAGGGAGAUUGUCCUCUAUCUCAGACAGGUCUGCUCAGCACUCAAGUUUUUACAUAGCAACAACUUUGCCCACUUUGACAUCCGCUCAGACAACAUCGUUUACACCACAAGGAGAAGCUAUCUCGUCAAGAUUAUAGACAUGGGUCAGGCUCGGUUGCUGGUACCGGGUGAAAACAUCAGAAUGCUCUUCUCAGCUCCAGAGUAUUGCGCCCCUGAGGUCCACCGCCAUGACUUGGUCACAACAGCCACCGAUAUGUGGUCUGUGGGUGUUCUGGCCUACGUCCUGCUGAGUGGUGUCAAUCCGUUUGCUGCAGAAUCCAUGACACAAAUGAUCGAGAACAUCUCCGCCUGUGAGUAUGUCUUUGACGGCGAAGCAUUUAGGGACAUCAGUCUGGAGGCUAUGGACUUUGUGGACAGACUUCUUGUCAAGGACAGGAAGCUUCGUAUGACAGCCCAUGAAGCAUUGGAGCAUCCUUGGCUGAAGAUGAAGAUCGAGCAUGUCAGCAACAAAAUCAUUCGGACGCUGAGACACAGAAGGUACUACCACUCUGUGGUAAAGCGGACCGAUACAAUUGUCUCAGCAGCUCGUGUUGCCUACGGUGGCGCCUUUAGGAACCAGAGAGGAUUGGCUGUGGGCAAAGUGAAGAUCGGUACCGAGUACCAGGGUCUACGUGCUGGCCCAGUCAUGCAUGCCUAUGCUGAGGAAGGUGGCCAUGUUAGGUUCACUUGUAGUAUUGCCAGCUUUGACCAGAGUACGCAGGUAACAUGGUACUUCGGUAGCCGCCAGUUACACUCAAGUUCCAAGUACGAGAUCACAUACAGCAAUGGUUUUGCCAGCAUAUAUGUGAAGGACAUUGAAGAGACUGACGAUGGCGUCUACAGGUGCAAGGUGUUAAGCGAUGACGGUGAAGAUAGCACAUAUGGCGAACUCUUUGUUGAGACAGUGAGAAGCAUCAGGGAGUACUAUGUAUGUCGUUCCAUCAAGAAACUUAGAAAGAGGGUUGACAAAACCAAAAUCCUGUACAGGCCACCGGAGUUCACGCUGCCUCUGUACAAUCGCACAGCCUACAUCGGUGAAGAUGUGCGCUUUGGCGUCACCAUUACCGUGCAUCCCGAUCCUCAUGUUACGUGGUUGAAGAACGGAGAAGUAAUCAAACCUGGAGACGAUGACGCCAAGUACACUUUCAUGAGUGACAAGGGCCUCUACCAGCUGAUUAUCCACAACCUUGACAUGAGCGACGAUGCUGAAUACACUGUCAAGGCCCACAACAAAUUUGGAGAAGACAGCUGCAAGGCCCGUCUCACCGUGACACCACACCCCGUGACGGAGGAAACUAUGAAGCCCACAUUCAAGCGUCUGCUGACCAACGUUGAGUGCACAGAAGGAGACAGUGUCCGCUUUGAUAUCAGAGUGUCUGGAAUCCCAACUCCUUCACUGAAAUGGGAAAAGGACGGACAUUCUCUCCAGUUGGGUCCAAAGAUAAUCGUCAUCCAAGAGGAUGCUGACCACCAUGUUCUGUACAUCAGGGAGACACUGCUUGAGGACUCUGGUGUCUACAAAGUGACCGCAACCAACUGUGCUGGCUCAAUGAGUUGCCAAGCUACGCUGAAUGUGGACCGCCUCACAUACACCAGAAGAGAGUACAAGAGCGAGGAGGAGAAACAGAGACACGUUCAGAUGCAGAUUGAAAAGACCAACAAGAUGGCUCAGAAGAUUGUCGCCACAGAGGAGAUAGUUCCUCUCAACCCAACAGCCCAAGAGGCUCUGAAAUUUGCUGCAGAGAUGUACAAGCCUGCUAUCAGCACCAAGAACGUCGAGGGCGAAUUUGAUAUCAGGGCGGUGAAAUCAGAGACCAAGAAACUAGAAGAGCGAAGGAUUUUCAUGCCAUAUGAAAUCCCCAAACCUGUAGUUCAUGACCGCCAAGCUCUGGGUGAGGACAAAGUUAUUAAGCAAUUUGUUGCUCUCUCUGACAUGAAAUGGUACCGCAAAUUGAAAGACCAGUAUCUGGUUCCAGAGAGAAUGGAGAGGUUUGUGCAAAAGCGACAAAGGCGAAUUCGCCUGUCCAGGUGGGAGCAGUUCUACGUCAUGCCGCUCCCCAGAAUCACUGACCAGUAUAGGCCAAGAUGGCGAAUUCCAAAAAUGUCUUUAGAUGAUCUGGAGAUUGUCAGACCUGCCUGCCGCUCACCAUCUCUUGAGUCCGAGAUAUCGUUAAGAUCUAGGAGAAGAUCUUUGGGUGAUUUGAGUGACGAGCAGCUGUUGAUGACCGCGGAUGACUAUCUGUCCUCCAGGAGGACUGAGCAGGAGAAGAUGAUGCUGGAGGAUGAACUGGAGCUUGGCUUCUCUGCUUCCCCUGCGAUCAGUCCGGUUCGCAUUGAACGACAUGCAGUGCAGCGUGAAGAGAGGUCUCAGGAGGUCCGGCAGAAAGGUUUGGAGGUCACAGAGACAAAGAAAAAGCGUACUGUUUCUCAGUUCAUGAGAAGGAGGCGCUCACUGUCCCCCACAUACAUUGAGCUGAUGCGUCCAGUCGCCGAGCUGAUCAGACCUGCUCGCAGGAGGCUGGCGGUGGAGACAGAGACCGAGACAGUAGAGAGGAGAUCCCCCACUCCAGAGAGAACUCGUCCCCGCUCCCCGAGUCCCAUCAGGUCUCUUGAGAGGUCCUCCCGUUCCUCCUCACGGUUUGAGCGCUCUGCCCGCUUUGACAUCAUGUCCCGCUACGAGGCCAGAAAGGCAGCUCUGAAGUCUGAGAGGACAUAUCAGGUGGUUAGUCAGUCACCGUUCAGCCUGGAUCAUGGGCCCCGUGUGACUGUCAGGAUGCGCUCUCACCGCGUGCCACUUGGUCAGGACACCAAAUUCACCCUGAAUAUCCAAGCCAAGCCAGAGGCCGAGGUCAAGUGGUUCCACAACGGAAAUGAGAUCGGUGAAACCAGCAGUAAAUACGUCUUUAGCAACAUGAGUGGAGUUUUGACCAUCACCAUCCUGGACUGCCAAGAAGAGGACAGUGGCACAUACCGCUGCUUCUGCUCCAACACCAGGGGAGAAGCCUCAGACUAUGCCACCCUGGAUGUGGCAGGCGGCACCUACACCACCUUCUGUUCUCGGCGCAAGGACGAGGAAGUUCCUAAAACGUUUGUUCCUGAAAUGACUCGAAUUGAUCACUACCACUCGUCCCGUUUCAAAACUGGCUAUGAAUCUCAGAGCCACUUUGAAGUGGAAGAAAGCAAGACUAAGCUAUCAGAGACACAUGUAGGUGUCACUCGGGAAAGAUACGGGGCUUCUUCUGAGAGAUACUCAUCAGCUGAACGCUAUGACUCAUCCAUCAAGUACGCCUCUACGGAAUACUCAUCUGCCUCCUCCUACUCUUCUGAAAAGUUAGCUUUUUCUGAAAAGCAUACCACAGCUGAAACUAAGUCAAAAUAUGCCGCUGCGUCCGAGCAGCUUUCUGUCCAAAAAGUGAAACCCUAUGUUGCAGCCAGAUUACUCACCAAGCCCCAGUCUGUGACCGUAGCCGAGGGCGAGAAAGCCUGGUUCACCUGCGAUAUUGAUGGAGAGCCUGCGCCUUCUGUGAUCUGGGUGCACGAGGGGAGAACCAUUAUCUCCUCCCGCCAUGUUCAAGUCACCACCACACAGUACAAGUCCACCCUGGAGAUCUCCUCCAUCACAUCCUCUGACGAGGGCAGUUACACAGUCAUCGUAGAGAACUCCGCAGGCCGGCAGGAGGCUCAGUUCACCUUGACCAUCCGUAGACAUGUUCCAAAAGAGGUUAAGGGCAUCAAGUUCCCAGAACCAAGUGUGAAGUCACCAGAGCCUUCAGUCUCAUCACCACCACCCUCUGUGACUUCCCCUUUUCCCAGUUUGAGGUCACCAGAACCUCGUGUCAAGUCCACUGACCCGAAUGUGAAGUCAUCAGCACCUACCGUCAAGUCCCCUGAACCUAGUGUAAAGUCGCCAGGACCUAGCAUCAAGUCCUCUGAACCUAGUGUGAAGUCACCAGGACCAAGUGUCAAGUCUCCUGUGCCCUUGGUUAAAUCACCAGCACCCAGUGUGAUGUCACCAGGACCCAGCGUCAAGUCCCCUGAACCUAGUAUGAAGUCACCAGAGCCCAGUGUCAAGUCCCCUGAGCCCUCGGUUACGUCGACAACACCCAGAGUAAAGUCACCAGUACCAGGUGUCAAGUCACCAACUCCAGCUGUGAAGACACCAGCUCCUGGUAUCAAGUCCCCUGAACCUGAGGGCUUUAAGUCCCCCAGGGGUAUAAAAUUUCCCGAACCAGGACCUAAGUCACCAACAUCAAUAAAGUCACCUGAAGCUGAGGAACCUAAGACACACCGGGGCAUCAAAUCCCCUGAACCGACAGGAAUUAAAACACUUAAAGGCAUCAAGUCCCCAGAACCUGCUGGCAUCAAAACACCAAGAGGCAUCAAAUCUCCAGAACCAUCUGGCAUCAAGUCACCAAGGGUUGUGAAGUCCCCUGAGCCCGAGGGAGUUAAAUCUCCAAUUAGAAUGAAGUCUCCACCUCCCAUGAUGUCCCCCAAGAGGGUUCUGUCACCACCGACUGUCAAGUCUCCAACCCCCAAACCUCCCAAAGUCAUGAGUCAGCUGGCGGCUAUGGCCUACGAAGACUGUGUGAAGAUGUCUUGUGUUUGUGACAGCAGUGUCAAAGAGGUCUCAUGGUAUUGCAAUGGUAGACGGCUUUCCAAGAGCAGCCGCUUUGAGAUUAAGUACGCCGAAGGUUCCUGUAGUCUCCUGAUCCACGACCUAACUGACAGCGACCAAGGAGAGUACACCUGCGAGAUGACAUCUGAGGGAGGCGUCUCAAAGUCCUCCUUCUCCUUUACUGGACAGGUGUACCAGUCGAUGCGCAUGAAGAUCACCGCUUAUUGUGAAAAGCAACUUGCACUUAAAGCAGGCUCCACCACGAUGACAAGUGUGAAGGAGUCGUCCUUAACCAGCUCCACGACCGCAAUGAAGAGAGAAAUUUGCACUAUGGAGGAGUCGUCGUCUUCCUUCUCGUCGUCAUCAUCCUCCGCCCAGCGAGUCAUGAUGUCCUCCAUGAUGGAGUCCAGCUCCUUUGACAGCCCGGCCGCUGAAAUGAAGUUUGAGACCAUGUCCAUGUCCAGCGUGUCCUCCAUGGCUUCCGAGUCGUAUGCCAUGAGCUCUAGCAGUGUCAUGGGAAUGAGGUCGCACCUGACCGGAUCCUCCUUCAGGGCCAUCGGUUCUGCUCCCAGAAUUGAGGCGGUGCCCGAGGACAUCAGCAUCGAGCCCGGCAAGGUCCUGACGGUGGCCUGCGCCUUCUCGGGUGAUGCCACGCACGUGGAAUGGUCUCGUGGCGGCAAGAAGAUCGAGUUGUUGUCGGGGGGCCGCUUCCACAUUGAGACCAGCGAGGACCUGACCACCCUCAUUAUCACGGGCGUGCGAGAGGAAGAUGCCGGAACGUACACCCUCAAACUGUCAAACGAGCUGGGAUGUGACACGGCCACCGUUCACAUCAGCAUUCGAGCCGUGUAAAAAAACAAAAACAAGCAAAUAUACUGCGCGUCCCCUUUUCCCAUUUUUGUCAUCUUUUUAUUUAGUAUGCGACUCGACUUGUAAAUAGGAACUAUUUUUGUACCAAACAUGACAAACUCAAGUAUCUCCACUUGUUUGAAAAUGUGACAUGUACAUAAUGUAUAUAGCCGGAUGUGACGGUUAUGAGGAAUGUAUGCAUCGUUAUUUAUGACAAUUAAUAUGAAGUGAAACAAAGAAACCAAAAGAAGCUUUAACAGGAGAAAGUGCCACGUGGAACGAAUACCCUGCUAAAUGCAGAAACUCAAAACUGUGCCUCAACGUUAAGUUGACGUCUAAGAUUUCCUCAGCAGGUAGAGCGUCUCCCUGUUGAAGUUUACUCAACACUAGACUAAAAAAAACUAAAAAAAUAACCACGAGCGCGAGGUCCCGAGCGCUGUUUGCCUCUACCCUCACGUAAGCAGCACGAAGGGACCUGGCGCUGCGACGGAUGAUGUCGUACCACCGUUUUCAAAGACACGCUCACAGUGCGAGCGGCCUGCACUGCCUGAGCACGUGUUUGUUUUUUUGUUUUUUUAAACGCCCAAUGUUUGGUAACCGGCGCCUGUCCGGCAGCCACCACCCUCACCGGGGCCCUGGUCAGCGCCGGUUGCCAAAGACGGUGGCGCUUCCUCAUGGAGGUCUGCAGUGUGCAUGUGUGUUAGUGUGUAGACGACCAAAUGCCUGUCCGUCUGUCGGCACGCCAUCGUGUGCAGCGGCGGACUCCGAGCGAGGGAGGGUUUACCCGCGAGUGAGGACCCUCGUUCACGAGGGGGCACCCUCAUCCGCGGGGAGACUCUCGUUUUCUCGACUUUGGUGUUUGUUUUUUUCCAGCAGCCUCCUCGAGUUUUUCUCCAUUACUGAUUUAAUAAAGUGUGAUUGUCAGCACAGCA